CCCGCCGCUCCCUCGCGGCGCGCCAGGACCGCCCCUCCCCGGAGUAGCCCGCCUCGCCCGCCCGGCUUGAUUCACGUGGCUCUCGGGGUGGAGCGGCAGCCGAAGCGGAGACCGAGGAGGGUGGGGAAAACAAAAGGCAGCUGUCAAAGGAGGAGAGCGGCGCGUUUGGCGGCAGCGGCGGCCCAGCCCGGCAGUAGCAGGUGAGUGACGUGCCGCGUGAGGAGAAGAAGGUGGCGGCGGCGACGGCGGCGGCGCUUCUCUCCCCUCACCUCAGCGCGCGCCUCAGACUUAGUUGCCCGCAGAGCAGCCCGCUGGUAGGUAGCUGGCCGGCUGGCUCCAGGUUGGGUUCGACGUCUGCCUGGUGCGAGGGAACGGGACUCGCUCUUGCCCAGGCUGCCAGGGCGAGGGGGGAAACUCGGGGCUGCCACGCUGGCAGGAGCGACGAGCGGCGCUCUGAGGGGCUUUCCACAGAGCCGGCGAAAGCAGCCGAGGCGCGCGCUUUCCGCGGUGGGCAGGGGCGUCAUUGCGCGGCUGAAGUGAAGCUCGGGAGGAAGGGGAGAGAGGAGUUGUUUUUGGUCUGCGUGGGAAGGAGAGGAAGCGGAGAGGGAGGCUCUCGCCACGAAGCGCCAGGAGAUUGGCAAGAGGCAGCCGAGGUACAAAGAAGCCCUGUUUGCCGAGGAGGGAAGUCGCUGCCAGCCCCAGGAGGAGCCUCUCAAAACAAAGCUGCCAGGGCUGGGGAUGAAACCCGCGGCACUCCACCCCCCCCCCCGCGCGCGCGCCUUGGGCUGCCAACUUGGGGUUUAAAAAAAACCAGGCCAAUGGGCAGAGGCAGGAUGGGCUAGUGGGCGGAGCUCCGUGAAGUUUUGACAGGUCAGGGGCUUUGCUUGGCAGGUUUCAGUGGAGGAGCACAAGGUGGACUAGUGGGCUGGGAGGUGGCCUCAAUAGCAGGAGAAAUGGCACCACCGCUUGAAUCAUCUAAGGCUGCAUUCCUAACACGGCAUCCCUGGAAGGAAGGGAGAAAAGCUGCCAGGAGACAGACUGUGAGCUGUGAGUAAGCUGCCUAAAAACGAAAUUGAGGCUUCAGAGUAGACAUAGUAAACACUUGCUUCCCAAACACUGGCAAGCACACUGGAUAGGCAAGUGUGCAAAUACUUUCUAGACAGCAGCAACCCUACCUGUUCCCUUGGAAAAAGGUGUUUCCUUGUUGGGAGGGGCUGGAUUGCUUGGUGUAGGAAUUGAAGUAGUUCAAGCAUUGAUCUUAAACUUGCCAGACAUUCAACUGAAAUGUUAGCUAUUGAGGGCAUUCUGUGUUUUAACACAGAGCAGUUACUUUCAAACUUUUCAAACUCAAGCUCCAUCAAAAUUUAGCUGACUUUCCUACCCCAGUCCUAGCCAACACACAGGGCCCUCCUACAUACUCACAGCAUUGCUGUGUGCCCAGAGAUCUAUGGGCAAGGGCCCUAAGCCAAUGCUGUACUGGAACUGCUUGUGACAUUGGCUUUAUGUUUAAAUGAGCAAGCUUACUUAAUCUUGUCACUUCUAUAGUGGGGAGGAAAACAGCUGCAGAUGCCCCAUAGAAUCAUAAAACUGGGAGGGGCCACAAUGUGCUCUUGAUUUGGAUCAUGGCCCAACACCAAUUUUCUGCUGCAAACCACUUCUCUGAAAUGAGUACACUUGGGGCCAAAUAGCAGGCAGGCAGGCAGGUAGGUAGGCAGGUGGCCAUUUUCAGCAGAAAACUGGUCUUGGACUCUGACCCUGAUCAGGUGCAUGUUCUGGAUCUGAGGGCCAUCAUUGCUUUUUCUGCAAAGUAAAAACUUCCAGGCGAAGGAUGUUUGUUUAAACGUUGGCCCUCAGACUCCCUCCUAAAGCUGGGGAAGGAGGCUGGAAUGAAAAGUUCUCUGAGGCACUCAUGCUUGGCAUUUUGAUGUCUGUAAUGCUAGAUCAUUGUAGCUGGGGGGGAAUGUGUUCCUGUCCCUGCUUUGGUGCAGGUUUCUAUCCUCCCCUCAAACUUCAAUAUGCACGCAUGCAUGCCACGCACACAGGUGUAUUGCACACACACCCUAUGGGGGACCACUUCAAAGUUUGCAAAUCAAUGCCAUAGAGAGAGUGGUGCAACUUAAACCAUUUGGCCUCUUUCUGUGGGUGGGCAAAGGGAUUCAUGCACACACAAAUAACUCUGGCAAGCUGUGAACCCGGUGUGUAUGUAGAGAAGAGGGUAUUUAAUUUCAUUGGGCAUAGGGAUUUGCUCAUUGGUUAUCUAUUUUAAGACAUGCUCAUCUUGAAGAACAGCUACAUUCAUCAAGGAUGUCUAAAAGGCUAGAUAUGAUCUGGAGGCAGGAAAGAUUCAGUUUCUCACUUCACUUUAAAAAAAAGCAAACUUGGCCUGAUCUGUUCAGUGAUCUCCUUAACAAACCAAGCCCUGUACAAAUUAUGGAUGUUGUACAAAUGAACAGAAUAGCUACAAAAAUAAUAUUUCUGUGCUAGCUAUUCACUCCCCCAACCCCAGCUUUGCAUAGUUCAUAUAGCAUUGUGUAUGGACAGUACUACUGCUAGAUAUGGAAAUAAUAAAUCUUUGGUUGCUUUGAGUUACAGUCACUCUCAGGAUUAUUCUGUCUUAAAAUCAGUAAGGGCUGCUGAUUUAUUUAUGCUAAAUGCUUUAGUUAGGUCUUGCUGUUGAGCUAGAGAGCAAGUGUGUGAGAGAGAGGGGGGAGAGAGAGAGUUUAAUAAAAAAUUCAGUAGAUAAAAUGCACAGCUGUUUGAAUUGAACAUUAACUGGUGUGACCUCAGCAGCUAGUUAACAUCCAAGAUUCCCCUGUGCCCUGAAAUAUUCCAAUAUAUGUGUUAUCUCCAGCUGGUCUCAGGGGCAGUAGGUAUAUAGACUAGGUUUUUCCAGGAAACCUUGUUCUCCAUGCUCAGUUGUAUGAUAGGAAUAGUAGUAGAGUCUAACAAAAACACAGUGGUGUUUUUAACUGAAAGUCUUUUUGACAUUAUUCUUGUUUCACAGUGGAGAAAAGUAAGAUACAGUUUGUUUCCAUGCUGAAUUGAAGGUGCUGGUGUUUACCUUUAAAGCCCAAAAUGGCAUGAGAUCUGAGUAUUUUAAGGACUGGCUUCUUCUUGCAUUCUUCCCUGCAUGCUCUGUUCAUCAGCAGAGGCUCUACUGUACUUCAGACCUUCAACCCUGUGAAGCCCAGUGGGCAGCUGCCAGGGAAAGAGUAUUUUCUGUAGUGGCACCUACCCUACAGAAUGCUCUGCCAACUGAAGUCUGCUAGGCUUUGUCUCUCAGGAGACCUAUAGAAACUUGGUUAUACCAAUGUCCUUGGCAGGCUAUUUUACUGUUUCAUUUGAAAGUUUUGAAAGUUUUAACCACUUCCCCUAUAUAUAUGAAGAUGUUAAUAUACUGAUUUUUAAAAAUUCCUUUUAACUUUUAUUGAUUUGUUAUCCACCUUGGAUACCUUGUUUUGAUUAAAACAAAGUACGUUGUUAAAUAAAUAAACCUUACAGAAAAGCAGGAAGUAUCUUAUAAAGGUGUUGCAGGGCUGUGUGUGUGUGUGUGUGUGUGUGUGUGUGUGUUAUGUGAUGGUUGUUUUUCUCCUCUGCUGAUCCUGCUAGUAUGUUUGAAAUGGGAAUAAAUUUUACAUCUGGCUUGUAGAUGUUUAGCAUAUCAGUGUGACAGGCACUCUCAAAAGCACUAUGAUCUCGGGGUGGGGGGUGCAGGGAAGCAGGCAUCUGAAAGUGCCAUAACAGCCACAGGGGAGGGACAAGGCAUAUUGACUAAUGUCAGGAAUCAUUUGGCUACUAAAUCUUAUUAAAGGCACUUUGUUCCGCUGUUUCUUGCAAGGGAAGGUGGCAUUAAUUGAGAGUGCACAGCUGAUGCUGCCAUGUAGAAAGUAAAUGCAACAACUGUAGGUGGUAGAAAUCCUUCCUGUAAUUAAGCUGUGUUAAAUUAAGCCAUUUAAUACUGAAGUAUAAACUUACUUUUAGCUGGGUUCCCCCCCCCCCUUUGGCUAUACAACUGAUGAAUAGGCUGGAAUGAGGUCCCGUCCUGGUUCAUCUAAAGUUAGCUGUAACCAAAUUCCAUUGAAGCCAAUGGGACAAGUUAACUGAAAACAGUGAGACUUCUGAGUAAAUAUACAUAGGAUUGCACUAGCUAUACACAACUAGCUAUAGAUGGAUUGGGACCGUUGUAUUUAUUUGUCAUUGCAUCAAUACCUUUUGAUUAUGUAAACUAGAAAUCUUUUUGCAGUAGCUGAGUAGUAGUUAACCAGAGCCGCUUUUUCUAUGGACCCUGAGAGACACUAGGAGAAUUUGCUAGAAUUUGGUCUUUAUUGAGAAUAGCAGUGAUAAAAAGGCUAAAACUACAGCAAAACUUCAUGUAAGAUUCUGCAGAAGAACUUAACUUGGAUAAAUUAUUAACUUCACAGUUCUGUUUCCUACACAGGCACAUCUACUGAUUGUUCCAAACAGUGGUAAGCAUUACUUACAUUGCAAUGUUGAGAGGGAUAAUAUACCCUUAAAUCCCAACAGUAUGUGGGAGCAGAGGUGUAUCUAGGGCUUGGUUAGGGCAGCUUAUGCCAAAGGCCUGUGGCUCAGAAUGGCUAGAAGAAGCCUGUUUGCCCAUCCACACGCUUCCUGUGUUGCUCCUCUGCUGCUCUAGGAAGCCGGGCAAAGUGCACAGGUUCCUCUGGCAAGGGCGCAAGGGAUGGAAAGGUGCCAAUACAGCUCAUUGCCAGGGGCACAAGGGAGCCUAGAUAUGCCUCUGUGUGGCAGAUCUGCUUAUUUUGGUAGAAGCACAUUCUGUUGCACUCAGAUGCAUGCUCACUAGUUUGCAGUCAAACAAAGGUAUAUUCUAAAAGUUUAAAAUGGGAUAUGGAUUCCCUUAUUUUAACUGACGUCCAGGGCAUCUUUUAACACCACCUGUCCUAAAGAGGAAUUAGAUGGUGGUCAAAUUUCUUAUGCUCAAACAAAUAUCCUGUUUGUUAAAAGCAUGGCUCAUUCAAAAGUUUGGCAAACAUUACUUUCUAAUGGCAACAAAUACCCAUUUUGAGGGGGUAAGAUAUUAUUGAACUACAUCCAUGCAUGUUUGAGACAGUUUCCUUUUGGGUGCAAAGGAUGUACAGUGGUACCUCGGGUUACAGACACUUCAGGUUACAGACUCCGCUAACCCAGAAAUAGUACCUUGGGUUAAGAACUUUGCUUCAGGAUGAGAACAGAAAUCACGCUAUGGCGGCGCGGUGGCAGCAGGAGGCCCCAUUAGCUAAAGGAGAUUCUUCAGGUUAAUAACAGUUUCAGGUUAAGAAUGGACCUCUGGAAUGAAUUAAGUUCUUAACCCGGGGUACCACUGUAUACCUUUAGAGAUAAAAGGCCAAGACAUUUCUAUUUAACAUCUCAUACUUUACAUAUUCUUUACAUAAAAUAUUUAUAUGUCUAUAUGUUCUCUUUUAAAAGUCUGUUUAUGAAUAACUUUGCAAAUUAGGCCAAGCCUUAUUUCAGAAUGAAGAGUAUGCAAGUCAGAUUGCAGGUGAUCAAAUGCUACAUAGUCUGGACCCAUUUCUGUGCAGGUGCCUGUAUGUCUUUCAUAGCCACCGCUCCUUUUGUUUGCAUUGUGCCUCACCAUAUCAAUUAGGACUAGAGAAAUAUGGAACAACAUUGUUAAAGCAAUCAGCACUUAGGUAUUCAUUGUCAAACACUGUAAACUCUUGAGUGAAACUGACAAGGAGCUGAUGUGGUAGGGAGUGCUUGGGGUGUGGUGGAAGUGCAUUUGCCACCACAUUCACUGCGUUAUGAGGCAUGUUUCUGAGGCAGAUAAUUGUGCAUUCAAACCACCUCCACCCUAUUAGUAGUGCAAUCCUAUACACACCUACUCAUAAGUAUGUCCAACUUAGUUCAGUGGGGCUUUCUCCCAGGAAAGUGAGCACAUGACGGCAAUUUUAGAAUAUAUGUCUGUCUGCACCUUGAGAAGAAGCAAUUCUUUGGUGAACAAGAAUUAUGUCAGCCACUCUAAUGUGCCUUGUACAUGAUGUGUCAGAAUGCAACUCGCAGUGGGCCUGUCAAAGGAGAAGAGUAUCUGCCCUUAUGCUUCUUCUGUCAACAGCAAGCCUGGAAUCUACAUUUUAUUGUUCCAAGGGAAUACUUUAGGACAGGAUUCAGACAUGACGAUUUGUUGACCCCUUGUUGAAGCCUAUGAUUUGUGACAGUGUUUAAUCCUACUGAGUCAUAUGGGGGGAGGUCACUGGAGGUCUACUGAAAGAAUAAUAUAAGCAGGGUGGAAAAGCAGUCACUGAAAUUUUUAUCCUGACCCCUUCCCCCCUCAAAAUACAAUGUUUUUAGAAUCUAUCCUCUUCUAGGACCUUCCUCUAAAUAGGGUUGAAUGACGUUAGGGACUGAACUGUUUGUUAUCACAGUGGAAAGUCAAAUAGUUUGCAGCAGAAGUAGGCAACAAAUUACUCACAGGCUACACCCAACACUGAGUAUGAUUCAGAAUUAUGGGGAUCCUGCUUUGAACUUGCUCCGCUUCAUGGGCUUAUGUCAGGAGUUAAUUUGCUCGUAUGGUGGGCAGCUCUUAUCUGCUAGCUGCAUAAGUACUUUGCUUUUAAAUAUGAGUAAGACUGAAGUCUGGGUUUAAAAAUAGUUUUUUGGGCAAUCAGCCACCAGUCUGUUGCUUGUGUUAUUCAAGGUUAGAUUAUUAUUAGUAACCCACCAACAAUGUGUGCUGGACAUUGUACAGCACGCAGAACUGAGGGGGUCACUUGAGCUGUGGGUUUUUUACGCUAAAUGAGAUGAACACAAUUUCAGAGAAAAGGAUCUGUGUUUUAUAGUAAAGUUAAGGGAGUUAGAUGGUAGCAGACAGUGAGCACAGAAUGAAUAAAUUUGGGCAAAGUCCAAAUAAGCUUUGAGGAAAGACUUAAAGGGAGGGAUGGAAGGCAAAUCCACACUAUACUUUUAGAACAUGUCCAACACACAUUUAAAAGACAUGCCUUGCCCCUACAAUUCCCAGCCACGUUAGCAAACUACAGUACCCAGGAUCAUUAGUCUAUCUUGUGGGGCAGAACAAAAGAAAACACAUCUGCAGUGGAAACCAGUGCUAGCCUUGUGUUGUCAAGCAGGUCUGGUGAGCAAGGACUUGGUUACUUCUAAGUUCUGUACAACUCUGGGCACCCUGAUGGCACUAUGUAGACAUAGAAUACUAAAAAUAGUAGAUGCUCUGAACAAGAGAAUAGAAAUGGGAGAAAGGGGAAAUCAUGGAAGAGUAUUUGGGGACACGGGCAGACAACUUUAGAGGUAAGGACCAUGAACUUAAAGUAAUGUGCAAAAUUAAGGAGAGAAAUGAAUGGACAACAGAAAUUAUGGGAAAUCAUUUAGUAUAGGAUUCCUGUGUUAUUUACUCCUAAAAUACACACCUAAAGUUUGUGAAUUACGGUCCUCACUACUGAUUUUGCUUCAUAUGGCAUCUAGGACAGAAGCUGGCUAACAUUUUUGCAUCGUUGAUUGUUCUUUCAACCCUUAACAUUUUUGUAACUUAAGCUAGCUUCCCAUGCUCUUUUAAUCAUCCUGUUCUAUGAUUAAAUAUGUCAAGAGAUAUAAACAACUCAGUUUGUGGCUUCAGAGUAAGGGCAGAGCUGGUGCUCCACCCAGUAUACCCAAGCGUGGGGGAAAUGCUGCAGAAUAAAUUAUGCAUGAAUGACUCUGCUUUUGGAGCCCUUAACAAAACAUCAGAAAAACAGGUUAAGAGAGGUGCUGUAAUAUAUGUGGUGUUUAACUAGGAAUGACAGCUAAGUCUUAAAAACUAGGGGACACUGUUGGGACUCAAUGCUCUGGUGGGAGUGAGGACUUGCUAGUCAGUAGACAUGCACAAUACUGCAUUGUUCUUGAAAGAGACAGUGGUGAAGGAACUGCCCAGAAGAAUUUUGGCAGGGGAUUUUAUUCUGCUGCUAUUGUCUCUCCUUUAGUUGUUCUUCUUCCAUUUCCGCAUGGAUUACAAACUGACUUAAAAUUCAAAGGCACAAACAAAUUCAAAGGCUCAAACAAAUUCUAAGGCUGAAAGCCACCUUUAUUCUGAAUAGCACUCACAGCAGAUUAGCCACAAGGACCUACUGACUGCACAAUGCUUGGAAGUUGACCUAUUGCAAUGGAAAGGCCACAUAAUAUUGGUAAACUACUGUGAAAUAGGAUUCUGAAGGUUGAAAAGGUAAGGAGAAUCAGUUGCACUGUGGGUGAUUAGAGUUGGAGUUUAGGAGAGGGGGACUAUCCUAGUAAAUCCAUUUGUGGAUAUAGCCCUGAAAUAAAAUAUUCUGAGAAAUAUGCCUCUUUGAGAAUUCAGCACCAUUAAAAGGUGAACACUGCAGGGGACUUUGAGCUUUGGUGGUUUCUGCAGUUCUCACUUGAUAACAUGUAAAUGUGGCAGCAUCUCUUUCAAUGUAAGGAGUCAGUUUGGAUCCCUGGUUCCUCUUUCAAAAAAAAUCUUCCAAAAGCAGCCCAGCUGUAAGAGAAACCUGAGCCUGAGGUGUUUCACACGCUACAUCUGAAUACAUAAACUUGGAUCAGGGGAGAUGUUGUCAAAAUAUACCACAGGACAUGUUUCACUUUCAAGUUGCAUUUCUCUCUCUUUGAAAUACCCUUAGCCACUACAGAUAUUGGCCACUUUGGAAAUGAACUUUCCCUUGCUCAGUUAUUUAAUUUGAGAAGGAACAGAUAUGAGUUUGACAAAUGGGCCUUGCAGAACGCCUGAAACUAUCCUGCAAGCCUUAUUUGCACCUGGCCAUUCUCACUCUAAAGACCUUUCUGACCUUCCAACCAUUUCCCCCACUCUCUUAUCAGCAUUUGAAACAACUUGUGCAUCCAUUUUAACUGCAAUGGAAAUAUUAUUUUUAGAAUCACUGUUCCACCAGGGGCGCUGUCCUGUGCCAAAUAAUACAUUUGUACAACAUACCCAAAAUACCAGAGCAGGACAGUACUACUACCAUUUGCAUCCCAAGGCGGUGUUUGACUCCAGUAGUACAGGAACUAGACUGAGAUCUUGUACAGUGAACCCAAAGCUGUUGCCAUAGCAGAAUGGAAUUGCAGGACUUUGCAAUUAACUGUGGAUAACAGUAAACAGGAUUUCUGCCAAUAUGACAGUGUGCUUUUGUAGGAAAUUUUGCAGCGUUUGAAUUACAGGGGGAAGCCCCCUUAACAGCAUGGGGACCAUAAUGACUAAAAUGGAUAUGGGGGAGAAUCUGGGGCUUCUGGAUUUCAUUAAUGCCUCCCUAAUUAAAAUACUGAAGUUUUUACCUUUUAGUCUAUCUAAGCAAAUAAAGCUUGUCUGUAGUGCAGCUUACUACAGCCCUAGACUUUUGCCCUAGACUUCAGUAAAUGAGAUAUUAAAUGAUAAUUGCUAAAAUAUAAACAACUAUUUUCAGUUAAUUUCAUCUUUAUCAAAGAUGAUAGAAAUAUGACUCAGCUCAUAUCAUAUACGUCUUCUAUCAAACUGCGAAGUUGCAUUUAAUUUUAGAGUAACCUUUCUUGCAGUUAUAAUGGCACUUAUUCUCUGAGUUGUAACAGCUUUGUAACUUGGAAUCAUAGAAUAGUAGAGUUGGAAGGGACCCCGAGGGUUAUCUAGUCCAACCCUCUGCAGUGCAGAAAUCUUUUGCCCAACAUGGGGCUCAAACCCACGACCCUAAGAUUAAGAGCCUCAUGCUCUACCAACUGAGCUACUCCAACUUGUAGCUGAUCUCUUUCUUUUUAUUAGAUUAACAUCAGAAAAAGAUUCCUUCUUUUACAUCUAAGUUUAAUACUUAGUUUCACAAUCUGGUAUGACAAAGCAAAGCUAAGGCCACCUAGCAAAUGAAAUGCUUAAGGGAGGAAGUUAAUGACUUGGGAAAGAAGAACAGGACAUGCUUGCUAUUACUUUCUGUAUGCAGCUAGACCUAGGGAAAUUUUUAAUAAUACACAUUCCAUUACUUUCACAUACAACAUCUCAAGUUCCCUAUGGGAUCCUCACUAAAAUGGUGAAGACAUCUUGAAAUUAACAAGUAUUGAAGGACAACAUUAAACUUCGUUAGAUGGAUUUUAAACCACAUUUUCCUUAUACUGUAUGCUAUGGUACAUGAGUCAUUAAAUCUGUUCAAAGAAAUUGUGAAUCAUAGUGCCAAACAAACAAACUUUGAGUUGAAGCUAUUUAUAAUCAAUGGUAUUUCCCAGGAGUACAAUUUUUAAAACUAGCUAAACCAAAGCUUUUUUCUAUAAAAUUGCAGAGGGGUAAAAAGAAAGCAGGAGACAGCUCUAUCCCCUUCUUUCUGAAUGCCCCAGGUGGGGCAGAUCCACACCAUACAUUUAAAGCUUAUUCAACACAUAUUCAAAACACAUGACUCCAGCCCCCAAAGAAUCCUGGGAAGUGUAGUUUAAGAGUGCUGGUAAUUGAAGCUCUGUGGGGGGGAAACUACACUUCCUAGGAUUCUGUGAGGAAGUCAUGUGUUCUAUAGUGCAUUGAAUAACCUUUAAAUGCAUGGUGCUGUUAGUUACAGUGUGCUCCUUAGCCAUGGCAUAAGUUACAUUGAAUCCAGUGGGGCUUACUCCCAGGUAAGCAGAACUGCAAGCAUAGUUACUUCCUUCCCUGUCUCUCCUAAGCUGUUUUCUUCUUUCUUUUCUCUCUUCUAACCAACUCCUAAUAUCAUCCAGCUUGACUCCCAAGGCUACUAGUUAAAGUCUAGUUAAAAAUCGAGGCAAGAAGUAGUUAGUUUGUGAUGCUGAAAAUAUGGAUAUUGAUUUAUCUAGCAGUAAAGACCUAUCAAUUUUACUUCUAAAUUCAUCCCUCUGUGUUUAAUAGAACUUACUCCAAAGUAGUUAUUAAAAGGUUGCAGUCUAAAUAAUACUUUCAAACUGUCUCUUACUUUCUUACUUUCUUCCAAAGCUAGAUAAAGAUAUCAAAAAGGGAAAGUGUUUGUGUUAGUAAAUGAGGGGCUUCAGAAUAAAGUCCUUGCUUGCUAAUUCACUUCAGGAAGGAAAGCCCUGUCAUCAGGCUUAAACAAAGGAAGUGGUUAAGGUAGUAGUUGGUGGGCUGUUGCUUGUGCAGUUCUUGUUAGGAAAUGCAUAGCCUGUGAAAGUAUAUGAGACAACUGUAAAAUGUUAGGGACGUGGCUAGAUGUUGGAACACCACCAGAUAGCUCAUAUGUGGAUUCCACUCCAGAAGGCCUACAGAUAGUAUUCUAUUCUCAGUGAUGACAUAACAGAUGAAAAGUCAGAAUUACUUCCCCAUUCUGGAUAGGAACUAAUGAGAUAUAAAACAACUUUGGCUAUGACAGAGAUGUGGGCAAACCAAGAAAGUGUGAAAAAUCACUGGGCUUUUUUCUUUUCUUUUUAAAGCAAACUAACAUUGCUUUAGAAAUUACCUUCUGUCAGACUUCUCAUGUUUUUUUAAUACAGCAUUGAAAUAAUGAACAGCAAUGGAUUGCAGUACUCCCAGAUAUACACCAUUUAGCUGGGCUAGGAGUGAUGCCUAUUGAACUCAAUGGGACUUAUUUCUGAGUAAAUGUGUCGCUGUGCACCAGGUCACAUGUAGAUCAUAAAUUAUAAAACAACUUCUGUACAUUGGUUGUGUAGUGUGGGCUACUCUUUCUCCAUACCCUUUAAACUGAUACACAAAACCUGUUUGUCACUCCACCAGUACAGUGGUACCUUGGGUUAAGAAUUUAAUUCGUUCCGGAGGUCCGUUCUUAACCUGAAACUGUUCUUAACCUGAAGCACCACUUUAGCUAAUGGGGCCUCCUGCUGCCGCCGUGCCACCGGAGAUGAUUUCUGUUCUCAUCCUGAAGCAAAGUUCUUAACCUGUGGUACUAUUUCUGGGUUAGUGGAGUCUGUAACCUGAAGCGUCUGUAACCCAAAGCGUAUGUAACCCAAGGUACCACUGUAAACAAAACCUGAUUGGGAUGAUUGUGCUGGCUGGAGCAGAUGGGGACCUCUGGAAGGCAUGAGGUUGGGGAAGACUAUUCUAUGCUAACUCUAGGCAAAGUUAGGAAAGGUGAAAAUGUGAAUCUCUACCCCAUGAGCAGGCUUAGAAAAGAUGCUUCUCUGGGUGGCUUGCUGUAUUUUAAAGAAAGCUUUAAAGCACUGUAUUCAUCCUUAUAAUUGUACUGUGGUUUGCUUAUUGCCUGAUUUUGUGGUUCCCAUGCCAAGGCACUUCAAAAUCUUCACUUUAGGGAAUAGCUCUUUAAACGCCUCUUAUGCUGAAUAAUGCAAGGUAAGCAACGGAGUUAGUUUUUUAUAUCCAUCUUUGCAGAAUGUAAUGGACUCUCUAGGAUUUAGAAACACUGCAAAACUGAGUAUAGAAGUAGAUGCCAUUAUUUUCUUGUGCAUCCCAUGUAAGAAAGUAUUAAUACUAUCCUUUCCACGUGGAACUCAUAGGGGCUGCCCUGCAUCUAAUUGCAUGUUUGCUGUAGCUUAGAGUCCUUUGAUCCUAACUGGUGUCAUAGUGCCUUCUACUGUAAUACCUUUUGAUUUUCUGAUGUCCUACACCAGCACAUGCUGGUUGGGGUUGUUGAUGGGAGUUGUAGUGCAAAACAUUAAGAGGGUACCCUUUUGGGCAAAAGCUGCCCUACGCUAUGCAAUGGUUUCAGAGCAUCCAAGAUACAUCUUAACCUGUUUAUGUUAAGUGUGCCUGCAUUUACAGUAAAUGGAGUUUGUGCAUUGUAGCAAAAGGUCAUCAACUGUCUUGAAGAAUCAGUUCUCUGGACUGAUUCUCCCUUUCUAUCAGCAACUUUUCUCACUGCAGCUCCUCCUCUGUUGUUGCUGCUACUUCCUGUAUGGGUUCUGCAAUGAUUGCUGCUCUUUCUUAGUCGGUAUUAGAACACAUGUCUUUCUUACUCUGGGCUUUAGGGCAUUUUCCAUAUAAAGCAUGGACUAGAAGAGAGUUUAUACAAAGCUGUUUGUUAUGGAGGUGUACUACAUUUUGUUGGUUGUAGCAGUGAUAAAGGAAACUGAAGCUAUGGGAACAUGAGCAAAAAGAGCAACAGCAAUGCAGCUGAAUCUUGAAUCCUUGCCUUGGCACAGCUCUGAUUUGUCCUAGGCGAAUAAGAAAUUGCACGGCUAAUUAUUAUUUUUGUCUUGCUUGCAAUUUGCUUCAAAUUUAGAUUUCAGUUUAGGUUAUGAAUGUUAUACAAUAUCUAUGGGAGCGAGGUAAAUGUUCAGAGACCCAUCAUAUCAAGGAUUGAGUAUACAGUACUAAAAUUCAAAAAUUAGGCAGAACUUGGCUCUCUAAAAUUACAGUAUAUUUAGCUAGAGAAAGUGUGGCUAACAGAGAGAUCAGUUAUGUUAUCUGGGACUGUAAGGCACUGGAGUCUGGAGGACGGAACAGUGUCACAUCUGGUAACUUUGCAGGCCAAACAGAGAAAUUGCAAAACUUAAAUUUUAAAAGGCCUGGGUGAAUAGUAAGGUUGCUGAAAAGAAGACCAGGCAAUGCCCUUUAUUCAGUGGAUCUUUCUCAUAGAGAUGUGUGCAUAGCAUUGCAACAUUGAGCACAUGGCUGUAUACAUACCAUACAUUUAAAGCACAUCUGCACCCCCCUCAGAAAAGGCUCUUGGGAGCUGUAAUUUACCUCUCACAGAGCUACAGUUCCCAGCACCCACAAUUCCCAUGACCUGGUGUGGGUGGGUGCUUUGUAUUGUGUGUAUGCAGCCACAGAAUGACAAACCCUUAUCAAAUGAAAUCCUUAAAUUUCUAAUACCCUCCUGUCCUUUCAUGUCACAUGAUCAAUGCUGCCUUGAUCUCCAUUGAGUUCCUCAGUGCAGAGCCACUAGAUAUGCAUACGUCAAAUAAUGCUAUCAGUGGUUGUAAUCCCAGGUACAGAUACGGCUGCUAACCAGGAGACAUCUCCUGUUGUUAGAUUGUCACCUCGUGGUUCAUUGCUCUGCAGUCUAGCUGGCAGCUGUUGUCUCCUAAAGGAUUUGGGUUGAAGAAGAAAUGAGUGUGGUCUGACUUUUGUAGCAGAGAGCAGAAACUGCAGAACCUAGAUACACAUAGCUGAAGUUCAGUUUGCAGUUACAGUAUCUGAAACAUUUUUACACUGCUUUUCAAUUUUGUAAGCACACUAAAAUAAACUUUACCACUAAGGUGUUUGACAGUCUUUUUUGGUCCAGUCAGGUGACUGUAGGUUGAAACUGUUCUUUGUGCUCAGUAUUGCAUACUGUGUAGAUUUACACACAAAAAAUUACUCUGCAACAGUCUACUGCAAUUUAGUAAUAAUAUUUAUAGUCAUUUUGUGUCAUUUACAGCAUUGUGUUUGAGUUUAUUUAAAUAGCAUAGUGACAUUUGUCCUCUUCUGAUAACCGGAUAAGUUGUUUGUGAUAACUAUUAUGUGCUAUUUGUACUUUUACUUCAAAGUUUCAAUAACUAAUGUUUAUAAUAUCUGAGUAACUGUAUAAUAUUUAAUUACAGGUCUGUGCUUAAAUCAGAUUUCCUUAUCUAAGUGAAGUUUUCUGAAACUAUUAACUUUUGUUGCAUAAGAUGUAAUUGUCAAAAAGAUUACACAUUUGAGGUUUCUAAUAAGCCUGCAUUUUAUGGUUUGAUUCAUGUGUUUUGCAGAGGUUGUUUUAUGCGGAGUUUGUUCUGGGCUUCAGCUGGCAAACAAAUGUGAUGGAAAAGGAAACAGAAUACUUUGAUAAGGUUGCAAAGUGAUAGGACCUAAAACACUGAUGAUUUCUUGGCAGCCAGACAUCUUCCUGAAUGGGGGCAUAGAUAUUGUUUUCUUCUACUUGAAAAGAGCUACUGGUUACUGGCACUGCUUUUGUUCCUUGAAAUGAAUCACACUCAGUUGGAUGGAGCCGUUAAUCCAUUUCCCUUUCAACUGACCUAUUAGAAAGCAACCCUUCUUUGUUCCUGGCAUUGCUGAUCAUCUGUUGAACAUCACUACAAAAUACAAUUCCUUACUGCAUUUCUACAUAGAACAGAUCCCUGGCUUGUUUGGUGUUAUUGUUGUUGUUUUUUAAAAAGUAACAACUCUAUCCUUUUUGGAAUAGGGAUACUUUGAGAGCGGUAGUCACGUAAUCUGGGGAACCGGGUUCGCGUCUCCGAUCCUCCACAUGCAGCUGCUGGGUGACCUUGGGCCAGUCACACUUCUCUGAAGUCUCUCAGCCCCGCUCACCUCACAGAGUGUUUGUUGUGGGGGAGGAAGGAAAGGAGAAUGUUAGCCGCUUUGAGACUCCUUAAAGGGAGUGAAAGGCGGGAUAUCAAAUCCAAACUCUUCUUCUUCUUUUUUACAUACUGGCUUUCUUACUCCAGUGGGCUUCUGUCCCCUGUAACUAAGUCACAAGUCAGAGCUAGUAAAAUCAACAAGUAAGAUUCCAGACUUCCCAUCUGCAAGCAAAGGGAUGGUGUCUGAUCUCAGCCAUGAAUAAAUGGUUUAAAUCAGGGCAGGUUCGGUGUUGAGGGUAGCAACAUAUAUCACUCUGUCCUCCAAUUCUUCCUACUGAUCAUACUCGUAGUCUUGCUGUUAGAGAUCUGAUCAUAGCUACAGUUGCUUUUAUAAAAUAACAUUUUUAAUGCUGGCUGUAAGUGUAGCUAGCUCCUUUUAAAAGUCUCAGUAUGUCUUUGGGUUAUUGUUUCUACUUCACAGUAAAGAAACUGGAAUAGUCCAGAUACUUUUAAAGGUUUCAUGUAACUUUAGACAGGAAAUUUGCCACCAUUGUGGUUAAGCAUCAGCGGCAUAUGUGCCCUCUAGGCAACCUUGCCCACAAUGCUUCUCUCUGUGGAAUGACCCCUUUGUGCAAGACAUGGAAUGUCUGCACUGCUGCCACUUUGUUGGCAGCAUGGGGGAGUAGCAGCAGCACUGGAGGAAGAGAAGGAAGAUGGAAGAGGUGGCAGCGGGGAAAAUGAGGAGAAGGUGGUGGCAACACCAUCCCAUCUUGAGAUGGUGGAAUGUCUUGCACUUGUCCUGCCUGGGCAUGAUGUUUGUUGGGAGACUUCAAAGUCUGUUGUGUGUAAUAGUGUUAAGGUGGAUUUCAGGGGAUGGUAGGAAUACUUAAUUACAAUAGUCUCUGCCAGAUGCAGAAUAAUUUCAGGAUGCACUGAUGGUUGCUGAGAAGGAAUCGGCAAUGGCUGUUUCCCCAUGUUUUGAAGAACCUUUCUAAAGAUUCUCGGCCUUUUUCCUUUAGCAUUUUAAAACGCAGGAAACGCACUCUGGAAUGGUGCUUGGAUUAAUAUAGUGGUGCAUAAAUGUCAUCUUAUACAGAUGCUUUAUACUUAGCCAGACUGUUUGUCCAUCUAGAACUGUCUGCUUUGGCAAUAGCUCUCCAAAGUCUUGGGAAUAAAUCUUUCUCAGCCCCCCAUGAUACUUUUAAUUGGAAUAGCCACAAUUUUAACCUAGGACAUUUUGUAUGCAUUUAUGGACACUCAAAGGUUAUCCUGAAGGAAAAAGAAAGAAUGAUUUUGGGCAGUGCUUUAAAUAUACCAUAGAACUGAUUCACAAAAGCAGGCAGUGCUUUAUCUUCUCCAUGCGAGCAUAUAUUCAGGAACCAUAACUUCUAGACCAAUAACAGAAAUUGCUGUGUAUGCAGCUGAGUCCCACUUAACUUUUUUCCAUGUGAAUGUGUGCCUCAGUGCAUGAUCACUUGCUGCUAGGAUCUGGGCCUUGGAGCAAUGGUUGGACUGGGAAUAGAAAUGCAGAGUAAAGGCUAACUUUGAAACAGGUUGCCUCUUUUGAUUUACAGAACUGUCUCUGGACAAAAGCAAAUGGAGCAGGGCCUUUUCAUGUUAUUAUAUCAGUCAGUUAACCUGGUGUUCACUUUAAUAACCCCUGAUUCCUUGAUACUUCAGAAAGUCAAGUUCCUGGGGCUGAAAUACCACAAGAGUGUUCUGAUAAGAUAUUUGUGAGCAAAACUACAUAGCUGGGAGCCAAACUCGACAUGGUGUUAGAUGUGUGAAGGCAUCUGUCUCUUUCUCUCCCUUUGGCUGAAAGUAGCCGUUAAGGGCCUUCCGCCCUCCUGACACAAUCUGAUCCAACGCUUAUAGCCGCAUCUCACCGAUAUGCCUUCAUUAGAGCCAGGUUCAAUGUUUUCCCAACAAACGUGCUGAGACAUAGAUUCACUAAGGGCCAAGUCCCUUCAAUGUGUGCUUGUGAAAUGAAAACAUCUGAAUCUUUACAUCAUGUUAUGUUUAUCUGCCCUAUGUACAGUUUAGCUCGCGCUAGUAUACUAAACUCCAUAAUCCAGCCUAUGGCUGACAAACCAGUAGACCUACAGCUUGCCUGGGUUCUUCAAGAUGUAGAUCCUUAUAUUACUCUACAGGUUGCUAAAUUCCUAACAGCCGUUCUCUCGUACAAGAGACGGAAUGGAAUGUUAACUGAUUAUUGAUACUUAUAAGAAUUUUUGAUAUUGACAUCAGAAAUUGAUUUAGCGUAGUGCCCAAAUUUUUAACUUUAAUCUUAAAUUUCUGUUUUGAUUUGCCAAUAUUUGUCCUUGUGAGCUGUGAAUUGUGUUAUAUUACUUGUGGCUUGUUCGAGACCGCUGUUUUAUUUGAUUUGUUUUGUGUGUUGUGCUUUAUGAUGGGCGUAAAGCCGAAUAAACAUUUUGGUUGGAAUCUGAUCCAACUUUGAAUGCCCAGUGGCUACAAUUAGCAAAAAGACUGAGAGAGCAAAGAGACAUUGGAAUUGUAUUAAUGCAUCACUGAUGUCCUACUUAAUUUGACUGUGAGAUAGAUAGCUUUUGUUCAGUAAAGUUCAGCACAAGAAACUACAUCAACUAGUGUUCUAAUCUGGAAGCAGUUUGGAUAGCUUUGCAUAGGCUUACUUACAAUUACAAAAGGCCACCAUGUAUGUCAACAUACUUGUUCUACUUGUUCUGGUGUCCAUGGUUUAAUAGUAACCAAUAAAAUAUUUAUGACUGUAUUCCUAUGGAUAUGAUCACUUGCCUAUGAAAAUUUUGAAGACAUCUUUAGACAGCAUGAUGGAGAACUUCGACAGUUCUGCCUGUGGCCUUGAGCGAAUUCUAUAGAUCUUGUUAUGGAAUGUCAGGUGCUGCAAGCUCUUAACUCACUGUGAAAUCAAUUGAGCACCAGAGGGCUCAAGUGAGAGUUGUUCAGAUGAAUGCUUGUCAGGCUCAUUGAUAAUGAAAAGUGGUAUCCUUGGCCCUGAAGAUUAGGGGACAUAAUGUUGGUAAGAGCUUUAAAGUGCAUUUAUUGCAGAGACUUUAAUGGCACUAAAAAUAAUCUCACAUAUUGUUUUCUACAGUGAAAAGUUUCUCGUGUUGCUGCUUCUGUGUGUGUCUACUGGGCAUUUAAGUGGAUGAUUAUCAAGUUCUGAAACUAACAAUCCAGUCUUAAACAAGUUUGUUUGGAAUGAAGUCCUACUAAGUUCCAUGGAACUGAUUUCAUAAUGCAUGUUUAGGAUUGCUGCCUAAACCAGCCCAGUAGCACCGUCUUUAUAUUUGCAUAAGUCAUUAUUUGACCAUCAGCACUGGAGUAACAAUCUAGCAGUACCGGACUGGAUCUAGACACAUCAAAAAAAUGUUUCGGGAAAACGUGUUGUAAACCUCAUGCAGUGGACCCUCGGGUUGCUAAUGUGAUCUGUGUGGGAGGCACAUUCGAAACUCGCAGUGUUCACAACCCACAGUGCCACGUCUGCGCGUGCGGGUUGUGAUUCGAUGCUUCUGCACAAAGCACGAUUUAGCACUUCUGUGCAUGCGUGAGCACCAAAACCCAGAAGUAACCCGUUCUGGUACUUUCGGGUUCAGCGCAGUGCACAACCCAAAAUCGCGUAACCUGAGGCGUCUGUAACCCAAGGUACCACUGUAAUGGGAAAGCACAUUGGUGAAAGAUGGAACUCCACAGCACCAUCUGGUGUCCCAGUGUUAUAAUGCAUUUAAAACACUAUUUCUUUACUAAUGUAGCUAUGUCCCUGGUGUCUUUGAUGUGACAUUAGCAGAGUUCUGAGUCCUUUACUUACCUGUACAGACUGGUCUGGAAUGUCUCUGCAGUUCUAUCAUUCCCUCUAAUAGGCACCCCAGCCCCUGAGUGUGGAAGUGAAUAUCCUGUAUAUGUGGACUGAUAACAUGAAAGCUUGUUACUCUAAAGAAUUUAUGGACUUUGGCUAUUGUUGGGGUGGGGAAAACAUAUACAUUGCAUGCGUCCUGAGCAAUAGAAGAUCUAGAACAUCUUCACAUCAUCUGGGUGGAUCCCCCCCCCCAAUGCUUCAGACUUUUUGCUCUUAUGUUCUGCCCUUUUGUUCUUAUAUUACAAGAGCUUAGUGGUUACUUCUCUUUGAGGGCCCCAUACCACAUAGAAACCACAUGGAAGGAUCUCACUGCAAGAGCCAUGGUAAUCCUCCACACUCUGAUGCCAGCAUCAUUUUUUCCAUACAAUCAUGUCCUUCCCUCCCAUGUUGUUCCCUACAUUCUUAUGUUGCUAUGGGGAGUGUGGGGUGGAGUAAGAAGGGAGUGGCAGCCAUGUGGCUCCUAUAAUGAAAGAACUGGCUCAUAGGCUGGGGCAAAUAAUAAUGAUGGGAGAGAAUACAGUGGAACAUAAGACGAUUGUUUGUGAUUACUGUGAUAGUUCUAUGCAAUACGUGCAAAAAGCAUUUCCCCCCCAUUUCUCUUCAAAAGUAGAUCUGUGUAGCAGAAGACUCACUGUGGCUUUUAAAUUUUGUGUGUAUGUGAAUCAAUUUUCUAUGGACCUUCCCAGUUCUCUUUGCAUUGGUUUUUGGUGGUAUCUCCAUUUUUUUGUGGUUUUCCACAGAGGUGGAUCAUGAACAGGACUGUAUAGAAAACUGCCAUUGAUCCAACAUCCUAAGAUUAUCAACUUUUUAUCUAAUUCACUCCCCCUUUCUAAAUCAAGUUCAGUAGUACAGUUCUGUAACCUCAGACUCUGAACUUGGUAGUUUAAUCGGGCCUCCCUUCUUUAGAUGGCUGUAUUGCUUCAUUCACUUCAAAUUGUGGUAAGCCAACCCUGAUGAGUUUGGGGGAACCUCAUUCUGCUGAGUGAGGCUCUGGAUACCUGCCCCAAAGUCCUGCCCUGAUGGUACCACUGGCAAAUUAGCCUUCCAAGUCUAUAAGUAUGCUAUGCCUGGAGAACGGUCAGCAACCAAAGCAAGGCAGUACAGGUGGCAGGGGUGGCAAAUGGGUAGAAUUUUUAGUGGUCUGGAAGUGAUGCUUCAGUGCCUUUCAUUGCUUUUUGCACCUCAUCAUGAUUUCUCAAAGCAAAACAACUGACAUAAUAUGUCAUACCUUCAGCCUUGUAAUAUGUCAGAUUCCCUGAACACAGAAGAAAAAUGUGACCUGCUUGAUGUCCCAAAUUGAGUUGAGGCAGAGGAGUUGCCGCUGGGCAGAAUUGAUUUGACCAGAGAUUGGCAGAGGAAACCUCUGAUGACAAGAAGAGAGGGAGGCAUCCAACUGCCAACUCAUUGAGGCAAAAAUAGUCAACAUGAUUCCAUGCAGACCUUCUUGAGCUACAACUCCCACCAUCCCUGAUCUCUGACCAUGCUGACUGGAACUGGUGGAUAUUGGAGUCCAAAACAUCUGGAGGGUACCACACUGCCUGUCCCAACCAAAAUGAAAGAACUAAUAGAUUUGUGAAUAAAAGCAUAAGUUAGAAAGCCUUUAUCUUCCCUCUUCAAUUGGUGCUAGGUAUGUACGCGCGCACACACACACACACACACACACACACACACACACACACACAAGCAUACAAAAACAGAGCCCCUCGUGCUAUCCUACUUGUGCACACACACAAACUAGGUUGACAAGCCAGAAGGUUACCAUGUAUCAGUCAAGGAACCUGGUAUAGUCCAGAAGUUAGUGAUCCCCCUUAUCUUGCAGAGCUUUUGUGCCUGGCUUAUAAUACAUUUUCAUUUGUUGUAAUGGAACACUUAGCAGUGUGUGCUUCUAAGAUUGGAGAACUGAGGUGAGCUAAUAGCUUAAGGGAGUUUCUCUUCAGAGAAUGAUCCUCUACCUAAAUCAGGGCUGAGAAUCCUUUUUCAGCCUGGGGACUCCAUUCCUUGCUGAGCAAUCUUCUGAGGGGCACACACCAGUGGUGGAUGAAGCCAGAGGCAAAAGCAAGCAGAGCAAUGGGUGUGAAUUUUAUCUUUGUACACUAGGCCAGCUUCUGCACAGACUUUCACACCGCUCCCUACCAUCCACUACACUAUAGCUCAAGGACAUGUUCCAGCCACGCAAAUAUAUAUGUGGCGCAGGGUCAGCAAUAGUUGAUGGGCUAUGGCUUCCAUUGUCUCUGACCAUUGUUGACUGGCACUGAUAGGAGUUGUAGUCCCAACAACACCUGGAGGGCACCACGUUGGCUGCAUUGGACAAUACUCAGUGAGAUGGAGCAAUGAUCUGACUCAGCUUUUUGUCCUGCUUCCUUAAGUAGCUUCCUAUUCCAUGCAUCAUUUAAUGAAUAUUAAUCAUUGAAAUCACUUGGUUUAGCACUCCAUAUAACUGGGAAAUUUAAAUUUGCACCUUUCUGUCAUGUGCAUGAAAGUGUUGGAAAGGAAAUGUGGCAAGGUCUUGGUGCUCGGGGGUAAGAGUUUCAGGGGAACUGACAGCUUGUACUUGGAAGAUAUCAAGUGAUAUGCUGAAGCGAAUGGAAGCUGUUAAGAACUGGAAAGUAAAUGAAGGGUAAUAUCAGUUCACUUGACGCAUUUUCGAAUGUUGCCAUUCAAGAGGGGAAAGUAUUGCUUCACUAUGAAUCUGAAGGAUCUCUGUGUCCUGAGAGGCAAUCUGUUUGGAGGGUGCAAGGAGAACAAAUCUUACCUAACCAUAGCAACUAGAAGAUGGCUGUGAGGUGGCUAAGUAUUUAGCUACCCCAGAUAGCUCACACACAGUGUUACAUGACUGAACGUUGCAAACAAAUAGUGCUUUUCCAUGUGUACAGAUACCAAAAGAAGAACAAGGUGAGAUAUUACUGCUGCAUGGGAAUCGUCCCACCAACCUCAGUCUGCCCUCAGCCCACCCUGCACCUGCCUGCUUUCUUACCUACAACCAAUCCAGAGAGCCACACUGCUUCUCUGCCAUAUCCUUCAUUUUAUAUUACAGGCCUAAGUUUCAGUAUUUUCACAUUUAGGCUAUCAACCAGUCUUUUAUUCUGGAGAAGACAUAUAAAGCACUUUUUGUUUUUUGCUUAGGUUCAAACAUCUCUGAACAGUUUCUCUCUGUGUGUGUUUUUUAUCUUGGAGAUAAACACCUUUGUACUGCAGCAUGAUGUAACAUUCAUACAGAUAUCCUGAUGUGUCCUAUGGGUAUUCGCACUCUAACUAUUUAUAUAAAUAAUUGUGUAAGGAUUGCACCAUGUUGAAUUCCCAGGGCUUAGUGGGGCCUGCUCAUUAGAAUGAAGAAGUGAUUACAGUCUGUCUUUCCAAUUACCUUUUGUGUUUUUUCAGAUUUCAGGCAUGUGUUAUGCCUAGAUCAAGGAAACAUCACAAUAUAGGAGAUGCAUCUUGUUAACAGUAGCUCUAUGUUUGAUAGUGUGCACUGUAAUGAAUAUUUUCUCAUCUUUCUAUGGCUAUAUGACUGUGCCUCUGUAAAAACAAAUGUCUUAGGUUGCUGCUUCUGAUUUUCUUGUUGAGCUAAACAAUGCUUUAUUUUCUUUUUCAGAACUGAAUUGCUGCAAAGAAUCAUUUCAUUCUAGCAAUUGGGGAAGGUGCAUGAAUGCACAAAGUAAGUUUUGUGUUUUUGUUGCAUUACUAAGACAGAUAUUGACUGAAUUUCAUAUUUAUGACCUUCUUUUUCUUCCUACAGGAAGCCUAAAGUGGCUGGCAGUACAUGUAAAACAAUUCAAAAACAUUGCAAUCAGUAUUUCUAAACAAUAAAGCCAUUCAGUGGCAUACCAUAUUUAUAAUGACAAAUGACUGAGAAUUUUAUUGGAUUUUUAAAAUAUUAGUUUAAGUAUCUCACUUAACUAACUGAUCCAGUAACUAAUCCAAUAUAUGCAGCAAGCUGUAUAAAACAUGAAAAGCAAUGUGAUGUGAAGACUGGAGAACAAUAAUACAGUUAGGUGAUAUAUCCACAAGGUGGCAAUGUGUAGAAAGUCUUUCUAAAAUAGAAGCGUGAAAUAAGAAGAUGCUGUGGCAGAAUGUACUAUUCUAAAAAUGCUUUUUAAAAAAACUAACGCUUCUUUUAUGUGCCCUGGAUUUUAAAUGCAAGAGAAAUCUAUAGCAUGGAAUUUGGUUUAAGUAUGUAGUAUGUAUGUAAGUAUGCAUGCUUUCUGUUGUACUUGGCAGCCUGUCAUCUCAAGGUAGACUUGAACGAAGCAUCAAUUCCAAUCUGGUUUCAAGCUUGGUUGUGGGAUGAAACAGUUUUGUUGCCUUGACAGAUGACUUGAGCAAGAUAACCUAUGUGGGGAACGCUACCCUACUAGUUUUUCUGGACCUCUCAUUGGUUUCAGUACCAUCAACCAUGGUAUCUUUCUGGAUCUCUUGGGCUGGGCUUAGGAGGCAUUGUUUUGGUUGUUUCCAUAAGGUGAUACUGCAGGACUUAGCUCCAUUCCCUGGCCUUUGGCCAAAGGGGUUCCACAGAAUCGAUAUUGUACCUCCUGAUCUUAAACAUCUAUCAUGAUAAUGCUGGGGAAAGUCAUCUGGAAGUUUAAGCUAUAGUUUUGUUGGUAUGUUUCUGAGUUUCCAGCUCUCACCUCCCCUUUUUUUUUAAAUCUCAGAGCCUGUGGAAAUUCAAACUAGUGCAGUUUGGGGAUGGAUGAGGGAAACAAGCUGAUGUUAAAUUCAAGCAAGACAGAGGUGCUGCCUGUUCGGAUGGUUCAAGAAACAUGUAGCCUGUCAUGCCACUAAUGCCCAAUACACACUUAACAUGAAAGCAAACCAUGGCUUAGCUUGAAUGAGCCAACAUGUGGGUUCCCAUUGAGAACAUUGCAGCUGCUGUGCUCCUCCUAGUUUUGCUGCUGCCACACUGCUUUGAGCUUCACUGUGAUUUGGCUUAGCAUUGCAGCCAAACCUGGGCUCAUGGUUUAUUUUGCUCCAGACAAACCAUAAGAUGCAGUCAAUACUUGUUCUAUGAUGCAUUGCUUGUGGCUUGUUUGGAAGAGAUAAACCAUGAGCCCAGGUUAGGAUGUAACAGUAAGCCAAAUGACAGAUUCGCCCACAGUUACGAUACAGAAGCAAAGCAACCACAAUCUUCUCACUGGAAGCUUGUACAUUUGCUCAGUCACGCUAAGGCAUGCUUUGGCUUUGGACAGGGCUGGGGAACCUAUGGCCCUCUAGAUGUUACUGAUCUCCAACUUAUUUCAGCCCCAGCCAGCAUGGUCUGCAGUCAGGGAUAGUGGGAGUUUGAGUCCAGCUACAUUAGGUCCACAGCUUUCCCAGCAUUGGCUUAGAGUUACAGGCAAAGCAGGUCUAAGUCUAGCUGCUACUUGUGAGUAUCUGCUUCUUGCUAGUGCUCUUAAAACAAAUUCUGACAACCUACACUACACUACGCUAGUGUAUCAAAACUGGCAGUGUUAUAACUUACAAGUGGAAUGAAUGUUAAAUACCACUGAGGGACUACAGAAGCCCACUUAGAACAGUGCCAUAGAUAAUAAAAACUGAUCUUGGAAGCCAUAUGUUUCCGGGAGUGUCUCUUCCCUAGAUCAACAGUCAGUUUCCUAAAUAAUUCCCCAUUGAAUUCUGCCUGCCACGUAAUAUUUCCCCCCCAAAGGGAUGCCAUCAUCUAUUGCAAUAUAUUUUAUAGCAUAAUAAGCUGCAUUGCAACUUCACAGUACAUGGCUUCAUCAUGAUGUUGUAGAAGUAGCAAGUUUUGUUCAGAAGCUUUUAAUUGGUUCUUGUCUGGGGCUUGUAAAAUCAAUUACAAUUUUCAUAUGCAGCUAUAUUUAUCCCACGGCCUGAAAUAUUUUACCAGUUUAGGUUGAACAUACAGUGGUGCCUCGCAAGACGAAAUUAAUUCGUUCCGCAAGUUUUGUCGUCUUGCGAUUUUUUUCGUCUUGCAAAGCACGGUGUCGGGAAAGUUUUGGAAAAGCUUCAAAAAUCACCAAAGUCUUUAAAAACCUCAAAAAAGGCUACCACACCGCGGUCUAUGAGUUGCUCCCCGAAGUCAAGUCGCAACUGUAGUAACGGUGUUAAGCAAAAGGAAACAAACUUGCAAGACGUGUCCGUCUUGCAAAGCAAGCCCAUAGGGAAAAUCGUCUUGCGAAGCAGCUCAAAAAACGAAAAACCCUUUCGUCUAGCGAGUUUUUUGUCUUGCGAGGCAUUCGUCUUGCGAGGUACCACUGUAUUGUUUGCUAUAUAUUUAUAUUUAUAGAAGUAUUUAUAUGCUGCUCUCUCAUAAAAUAUAAGUGCAGUGUACAACAAUAUAAAAAGAUAAGCCAUUAAAAAUAGCACAGUACCAUUAUUGAAAUGACUGGCUACUCAAGAAAAUUCAAAACAACUGUAUGGGCCCUGUCAGCAUGAAAAUGUCUUCAAGAGUCAAAAGGCAAAAGCAAGGAUGCCUGCUGAGUCUCUGUUUGGAAGGGUUUUCUGCAGCAUGGAACCAGUGGCACUAAAUGCACAGCUUCUGGUUGGCCUCUGGAACAUGGGGGACAACUAACAACACUCUUUCAGAUAACAACCACUGUCAGCAUACUGGGUUGAAGUCUAUGGAGAGAAACAGAGCCAUUAACUUUAUGUUUGCAUUCUAGCAUGGGCUUUUUUUAAGGGAAACAGAUUGUUACUCAACCCAAGACCUUGGAAAGGGUAGGUGAUAAAUCUAAAGACAACAAGAGAGUAAGAGAAGAGGGAGCACAAAGAAACAAUAAGACAGCAGGGGGUCAGUGGAAUAGCAGGUCCCUUUUAGAAAGAAGAUACUAUUCUGCAGCACACAGAAGCCAGCAGAGGAAAAAUGCAAAGCUUAAAGGAUGUAUGGUGGGGUUACUAGAAUCUAUCAUCUUGAUCAUUUGACAAAGGUAAAAGGAAAUCGCCAUGUGUGCUUGAUCUCCAAGAUAACCAACAUUUGAAGGAGAAUAAUUUUUUUGCUGCAAGAUGCUUGCUAAACUCUGGGUUCCAACUGGAACCUAUAUCUAACAGAAACACAUUCCCAAAAUCACACAUAAAGGAUUCUUUAGUGAGAUUUUGUUAAUUCAGAAUUAAUUGCAAAUGUUCAUCCUUAAUUUUAUAUUACUUGUUUGAAUGAAUCCAACUGUGCUGUCUAGGAGGCAGGUUUAUUACUAGUCAGUUAGUAUAACUCCCAAGGGAUAAUAUCCAGUAAUAGAAUGGGGGGGGCUGUAUAAAAAAAUUCAGAUCGUUUUUAAACAGGUCCUUACAAGGGCACUGAGCCUAGCUUACCAUUACUAAAAUAAACAAGCAAUCUAGAAGUAUAAACAAACAUUCCAUUUAAGUUAACAUUUCCCCAUCAAGGGGAAAGUAUCAAUGUCUUCCCAUGCUUAAGGAAAAACAAUAACAAACCCCUAAAAACAGUAGAUUUGAAAUAAAGGAAUAUGAGGCUGACUCUGCAACUAUUCAUGGGGUGUAGAGUUGCCAGAAAUUAUAUGAUGCACUCAUUAUUUAUUUUUGUAUCUAUAUGCCAUCCUUCUGCUAGAGCAGGUUACAAACUAGGCAUGAAAAAUAGUUGUUGAAAUCACUGAACACAGUAACAGAAUGAGGUAUUAAAAGCCUUUUUGAAUAAAAAUAAUUUAAAUAUCUAUAUGAAAGAUAACUGGUAAGAGCUAGGCAAAUCUCCACAAUAGCAGUAGGGAAUCUUAUUUCAGCCUAAAUGUGGACAAUUUAGGCUUUUGGGAACCAGAAGUAAAAGUGGGUGUGGUCAGUUGUGAAAAGUGGGUGAAAAGAGAUGCAACUCUUUCAUUUGCACAUUAGCUCUGCAUUCCAGCCAUGCAAAAACCAGAAAUUUUUACACACGGCCACACCUCUCCACUCUCUACCCUCUAUUCAGGCAAGCAAGAAGUACAGUAUUCAGUUCACAGAAACAAUCCCGCCAGGCAAAAGCACUGGGUGGUUGAGAGACUGUUUGGUUGUAGAGCAGCAUCAGUGAAAAACAUGGCCUGGAGAGGGUCCCAAGGGCUAGAUAGAGAGGGGCUUGGAGCGUUGUGUUUGGUCACCAAACCUAAGAUUCCCCACCCUUGCGCUACAAUGAUUCAUAUUGGUGUGACCACAAAGAAGAUUCCAUCUUCCAACUUCAUCAAAGUUUCUUAGAGCUUUAUAGGCUAAGACAGGGGUAGGCAACCUAAGGCCCAUGGGACAGAUGUGGCCCAAUCGCCUUCUGAAUCUGGCCCCCAGAUGGUCCGGGAAUAAGCAUGUUUUUACAUGAGUAGAAUGUGUCCUUUUAUUUAAAAUGCAUCCGUGGGUUAUUUGUGGGGCAUAGGAAUUUGUUCAUUCCCCCCCCCCAAAAAAAUAGUCUGGCUCACCACAUGGUGUGAGGGACGGUGGACCAGCCCACUGCUGAAAAAGGUUGCUGACCCCUGGGCUAAGACUAGCAUUUUAAACUGAGUCCAGAAAUAAAUAGGAACAUACCACCUCCCAGCAAAUUACUCUGGUUACUGGGUUCAGGGCUGUUCCUCCAGUGAGCCAAAGCAAGUCUCAUGACUCAGGCAGUGGACCAAGGCUAGGUAGAAAGGUGGUGGAGUGGCAGUGCACGGCCACCUGCUCCUUGCCAUCCACAGCUGAAGGCAAAGGUUUGUCCACCUUUGGUCCCACCCUGCACUCAGCUCUCACCUGUGGCUCUUAGAAGCUGCUAGCAUGCAACAAAAGCCAUAUCUCAGGAAUGGCUUCAACUGGCUGGCUUAUCAAGGUGAGGGUAGCCAAUGAGUCUCUCUGUGUGUUAGGGACUUCCCCUGCAUGUGAAGACAGGAUCUAGUAAUAUUUACAGCUCAUGUUCUAUGAAGCCCAUCUGUAAUAUAUUUAGGAAAACUUGAUAAAAAAUACAGAGAACGCACAACACAUUUUUUAUGUGAUACCUCAUAAAAAAAUUCUAGUGUUCAGAUGUAUAUUUCAGAUAUACAUUUCAAAUAAAUGAAAGCCAACACAAAGUGCACUGAAUUUGAACUUGCAUGAAAUUCAGACAUAGAGUUGGGAUAGUUUCACCCCCUUUUAAUACCCAGUGUACACAAUCCCCAGUUACACUGUAAACUGCCCUGUUCCUCAGAUAGAGGGCAGUAUAGAAAUGUAAUAAAUAUUGAUAACAAAUAAGAGAAACGUGAAAAUGUAACACCUAAAUUUAAGUUUUUAAAAUAUAAAUAUGUGGGAUUUUAUUAGCACAGAGGAAUAGUGGCAUGUUUCUUUCUUUCUGCUGUGAUAAAUGUGUGACACAACUCCAGAACACUUUUCUAGUGUUUUUAUAUUUUCAUUCAGCUUUCCAUACUGCCCUUCCUUACCACAGGCCUUUGCUAUGGUCUAUACUGUUGCACAAUGUAAGGAAGGCCAAACCAGCAAUAAACUACUUUGGUUGUGUCUGAAUGUGUCACUGCGGAACAGAAGGAAAGUAGUCUUGACUCUGGUAAGGAUUAGGCAUGCAGUCGCUAUCCAUAAGUAUCUAUUGAAGGGAAAGGCUUCACCUACAUGCAUCCCUUUGUAGUGCUUCCUUCACUAUUAAAACAUGUCCUUUUGGCACUCUACAGUUCUCAAAGGCACAAAGAAGUCAUUUUUCAGACCCGGUUCCCUACUCCAACUUAGCCUCAGUUUUGGGUAAUGAUACUGACCUACAAACAGGUCCCUGAGCUCUAUUGACUGGCUUUCUUUUUCCUUUUUGAAGACUGUGUUAAUUAUUGGGAACAAAUCAGUUCUUUUGCAUUUGCAACAAGCCUAGUAUGUAGCACAAUAUGGCCUAGUUUCCUGCUGUGCCAUAAACUUCAGCAUACUUGCCUAUUUCCAUCUAUAUAAUUCAUUACCGUCAUCUCUCUUUCCUGCCAGAUCAGUUUGGCUUUUGUGACUAUCCCAAAAAAACUUAUGGCUGAGGCUACCAAUAAUAAAAGAUAUAGUGAUGGAACUCUGCCAACGCUACCUUUCCCUCCUCCUGUUUUUGUGUGGCUCCCCUGACCCACUCACCAUGAUGCUAUCUGCAAUGGUAGUACUAAAUUAAGCAACAAGUUGGAUGUUUUUUUUAUGGUGGUGGUGGGGCUUCUCUUAAAGGAAGUGACUCCUUUGUUCUACAUCGAUGUCGAUCCCUUUCAUGUGGGGGAUACAUGUUUGUGGGCCCUUUCUGUGAGUAACAAAAUCGGGUACCAGGAAAUGGCAGUAUUGUAUCAUAAAAGAAUAGGAAGGCUUGCUCUUUAUAUACAGGAAGUGUGGAAGGAAGUUUGUAGUGUCUUUACUAUUCUGUUCUUAAAGAUAUGUAAUUUGUAAAGUCACUACUGAAAUUACCUGAAAUGUUUAUCAAACUGAUAGUAAAGUCCCGAGAUAAGAUUUAUUAUAACAUUUAGAUAUUCUCAGUGGGCUAACCAGUGUGGUUACAAUAGCCUAUGGUAAGCAAACGAAAUAUGUACUCUUCCUGCAAAACCUUAGUAUAAAUGCUUUAUACUGUGUCUGAUCUGAUGUGCUCAAGAUGGUUGUUAGCUGCUACUUGUUAGUCUAGCAUAUGCAUGUGAUAAUGCAAAAUAGCAAUACAUUAUUGGUUCUUAUAAUGUGCCAUGAAUUUAUGUACCAUAAAUAAGCUGCUUAAUUACAUCUGCCUAUUGAGCAAUUGCUAAAUGACAUUUUGUUGCCCAGCUUCCUGGCACAAUAAAGUUCUCAUUGAAUAAAUAUAAACCUGACCAUAGAAAUAAUAUACGUAUUUUAAAGGAAAACACUGUUGGGAUGAGAUUGAAAAAGCAGAUCAUCAAAGCUCUGGGCACACUGUACCGUUGAGUGGAUUCAAAACUGGUUGUAAAUUCAUACUCAAAGAGUACCAGUGGUUUCUCAUCAAACUUUUGAGGGAGGUUACAAGUUGGGUGCCUCAGGACUCUGUCCUGGACCAAACAAUCUUCAAUGACUUGAGGUGGAGAGGAUCCUUAGAUUUGCAGAUAACACACAACUAGGAGGGAUUGCAAACACCUCAUCAAAGAGGAAUAAAAUAUCUAUCUAGUUUUUAGCUCUAAUAUGCACCACCUUGAGUAUGCAGUGUGAAAAUGAGCUCCUGCCCAAGGAAGGGAAUAGUGCUGGGAAGUUUGUAUGUAUGUCUGUGCUGACUCUUAAAAUUCAUUAGAAAUACCAUGCACUGGUAAACAUACCCUAUCUAAGUUUGCACUAGUAUAACCCUAUGGUGGCUUUUUUUGAGUAGAAAAAAAGAAGGUAGGGUUGCCAUAUUGAUCCAGAAAUGGCUUAGGUUCUUUGAGUUUAUUUAUCUAUUUAUUACACUUACAUCCUACCUUCCUUCCAAGGAGCUCAAGAUGGCAUAUAUAGUAAGGUUACCAGACGUCCCCAUUUCCCAGGGACAGUCCCUGGAUUUACAAAUCAGUCCCCAUACAAAAUCCAUUGAAGUUGAAAAGUGUCCCCAGAUUCAUUGAAAAAAAUCUGGUAACCUUAAUAUGGCUCUCCGUCACAUAUUUUAUCCAUAAGACAACUUAAUGUGGCUGUUUAGACUAAGGAGGAGUCACUGAAGUGAUCUUCACUGCUGACUAGGGAAUUUAACUUGGGUAUCCAAAGUUAUAGUCCGGUACUCUUUCCAUUACUGGGAUGAUGAGAUAAAAUCUCAUUUUUAAAAUUUGUUUUUGGUCACCCCAAGUACUUGGGCAGUUUAACUGCUCAACCACUUUUCUAUUCUCAGAAAAUUAAAGCUUUGCUGUGCUGCAUCUGGAUAGCUGGACAAGUGCCUUGACAGCUUAGCACUGAAGGCGUAGGAGAGCAGUCAUUGUUCACAAAACAUUCUUAGGGUAAAAUCUCCUUUGAGUCUCUCUUCUGCUAAUAAUGUGAACAUAUCAAUAUGAAUGCGAUAGAAAAAGUGGUUGUAGUGUGGAAGAGCAUUCUAACCAACACAGAUAUUGCAUUUUUAUUACACAUGUUGAAAAAGCUCUUUCUUUUUCCUGGAUCAGUCUCCAAGUCUGUGUUGACAUCAUUUGUGUGGAAUAGGAUGCUCAUCUGUACACAAUCUAGACAACCUUAUAAAAAAAAUUGGCCUGUACACUAGUUUGGGAGAGGACAUAAUCAAUAAAGAAAUUGUGAAAAUAAAGCACUUCCCUGAAAUGCUGCUUGUCGGCUUUCCAAAAUGUAGAUUACUACAAAUGUAGAUUACCAGAUUAUUUUCAUAUUCUAGUAAGAAUUGGUCAAAUUGAGUAUUUGCAUUAUUGACUGAAAAUAUUGUUGGAAUUUCCUGAAAGUGCUCCUUUUGAAUGAAAUCUCAUAUGAAAAGGAAGGGAAUUUCGGAGACAGAAGCCAUAGAAGAAGCAGACUGUCCAUUAAAAAAGAGGUUUCUCCUAUUAUUCACUGAAGUAACAUUUGAUAAGAAAUCUUUGGCUUUCGUUAGCAUUACACCCACUUCGGCUGUAAACCUCCAACACUCCAAACUGUUGUUCCUUCUAUUUACUUAAAGGAACUCUCUAGAGACUGGAAUUGCAUUCUAACAACUGGCUUGUGGUCUACAUUUUAUGUCAGUUGGUCUGCUGCUUAUUGGAAUUGUUCUGCACACAGCUAUGAAUGUGGGAGGAGGAAACCUACAAGAUGAUUUACUGUAUAUGUAGUGGUUUGCAGUAAGGACCAAAUUAACUACAUCUGUAAUAUGUGCAUUGUUUCAAAAUGUUGAAAUGUCAGCUAGGCCAAAAGGUAUGUCAUCCAUAUGGAACCCAUAUUAUUCCUCCCCUCUGUUCUCAGUAUUGCAUUGGCAGGGUUGUAGCUGUAAAGGGAAAGAAGACUUUUCAGAUAAAGCUUCCCCUCCCCUCUCUGUGCUUGCACCAUAAUUUUAAGAGACACAGUGAGAAGAAAAGAGCAUUUAAGGGGUUCAGAUCUGCCAGGAAAAGUAGUAAAUGUGCUGCACCUACAUUAACAACAACAAAAAAAUGCUGCCGUUUCAUACUCUUAGUUUGAUAUGUGUGUGUGUCUCCCCCCCCCCCCCCCGUCCCACCCAAAGUAGUGAGAAUGAGCAGACAUUUCAUUUACUAUAUUGUUCUCCCAGACCCUCCAAGUGUCCCUAUUUUCCAGAGACAUCCUAGUUUCGGAUUUGAUCCCAGAAUGUCCCGCUUUUCCUAAGAUGUCCCUAUUUUCACUGGAGAUAUGUGGGAGGAAAUGGAGUUUUCCGACCCCAGAGCCAUCUGAAGGCAAUCCUGUAUGGGGAAGGGUUUUUUAAAUGUUUUAUUAUGUUUUUUAUAUGUUGGAAGCUGCCCAGAGUGCUGGGGCAAUCCAGUAAGAUGUGUGGGAUAUAAAUAGUAAAAUUAUCAUUAUGGAAUGGGACAUCCCUAUUUUCAUCAAAGAACGGCAAAUCUUCAUGUUCUAGGACAUUUGGAGGCUAUCCAGUUCUCAUCUCUACACUGAGAUGAGUUCUCAUCCAACCAGUAUCUAUUUGCCUACCUGUCAAUUACUUUUUGUGGUUGUUGUCAUUGGUCUUUUAAAUGCACAAACAUGUGUCAAAGCUCAUCCUUCAUUCCUCACUUCUGGCAAGCCAUGGGAAACCUUAUGUGCCAUUUUAUCAUUAUCAUUUAUAUACUGUCAUCAUCCUCAAUGAUGCUUUUAGAAGAACAGAGAUCCCUUUCCUGAGGAGCUUACAAUUAGAAUUGAACAAAGAGGCAAUCGAAGGGGACAGAAGUAAGGAAAGGCUAACAGGGAAGAAAUAUUAUGUUGGUUACAUGUGCUUAAGCUAAGUUACAGGAGAGCACCCUUUUGGCCAGAGGGUGGGAACCAGAAGUGGCCAACCUUCUGUAAGCCACAUUGGGUGGAUUGACUGGCAGGUGGCCACACCCAUCAACUAGCAUAUGAUGUCAGGCAUGGGAGGGGGGGAACCUAUCAGGCAUGCACAGCUUAGAGUAUGCUCCUGAUUAUUCCUUUGCAGCCAUGACUUCCAUUUGGUGCCAGAUUUAAACAGUGCUGAAUGCAAACCACAUCUGCAAAGGAACAACUGGUGACAGGUUAACAUCAUGCAAGUGUUCUAGGAGGCAGUUCCAAGCAUAUGGGGGAGAAAGGCCAAAGUCUUUUGAGGGAGCAGGACACCUUUGGGUGGUUGAGGGUAAUAUAACUGGAGGAGUGAAGAUCACAAGAAAGUAUUGAGAUAUAACAGUAGCGAGAAUAAGGGAGCAAGAACAUGGAUAGAUGUAAAGGUAAGGACAAGGACCUUCUGUAGGAUUGGGGAGUAUAUAGGAAGGAUGUAGGGUGCCAUGUGGUCAGAUCUCUUAUAGAGAUAAAAUAUUUGACAGCACAGUCAUGGAUAGAUGUAAGGGAACUCUGGUGAGACAAGGGGAGACCAGAGGAGAAGACAGUAGGGUAUAGCUGAGAAAUGGCCAAACAUGACCAGAAUUUCUGUUGAUGGGGGCAGGGAGAAAUGACCUGACCUGACCUGCCUUCAAACUGUCCAAAUCUUGCAGGAGAGAGCCAAGCACAUAUCAGAACUUUAGGUUUGUGCUGUUAAAGUGCUCUGUUGCUCUGGCACAACAAAUCUACUUAUAAACAAAUGGAUAUUUUGUGGUUUGGAAAGUCAUAGACAAAUGCAUUGGAAAGCAUGAGGUAAAUGAAUGACUAAUGGAAAGAUGUGUAGACACCCUGCAAACAAAUUGGGAUGAAUGUUCAUUUUCAUGUAAUUCCUCCAUAAAUAAAUCAGAAUGGAUUCUCAGUAAAGACCAGACAUAGUCUAACCUACAUGUAAGCUUUGUGCAAGCAAAAUGAAUAGGUCAUUUGGAGGACCCCAUGGACUAAAUAUGGGAGAUGAAGAUGAAAAAGCAAUUGAGUUAAGUCUAUGUGCCUGUUCAACAGGCUUUGUCCCAUUAUGUUGACAAUUGUUCAGUGAGUUUGUCACCAAAGCAGGCUUGUGAAAAAAUGAUCAAAGUUGAUGUUUGUGAACGGAAAUUUUAUUUUUUAUUUUUGCUGAUUUGAUAUUUGUCAUCUUCUUGGCAUCAUUUUGCAGUUUAGGGUGCCAACACAUAUUUGGAGUGUGGUGCCUCUUAUUCGAAAAUGAGAAUUGUUGAGACUGUGACUGGAACUUCUCUAAUCCAUGCUAAGUGAGAGCAAAAUGUGAGGGAAAUGUGUACCCUUCAGUCUCUCUAUGUUGUUUUACAUGUUUUAGAGCUCGGCCCCUAAAGCACUUUUGGAGUCUGCAUGAGUUUAUAUAGGUUUUGGUGGAAACUGGCUCAGAUUAUGCCCUGAAAGAACGCCACAAUGUGGUAAAGCUGAAAUAAAGCUCAGGAAGCAUGCUUUGCUUAAGCAAUAUAGUUUGUUGCCUUAAUACAAAGAUACAGUACAACAAAGCAGGCAAAGCAUACUGUGUUUGUGGGGUGGGUGGAGAUUUCCUUAGCUACUGAAUAGGUGGAGUGCUGGGUGGGCUGUGUCAGAGAGAGGGGCUAUCCUAGGCUGGCAGAAGAAGUUGGGAUGGCUUCCUAAAGGCUUUCCUUUCUAGUCAAGUAGAUAGUUUGAUACCCUUUCUGUUGAAUGGUAAAGGUGCAAGGCCUAGCUGCAAGAUAGGCUGGAGGUGUGAAUUUUGGUUGGUAAAGUCCUUACCUAGGCAACUAACUCAUUUGGAUAAUUAUGGCAGGUUAUGAGGUCCCUUCCUCUGGGAUUCCUUAGUUUCUCUGAGAUUUGUUAGUUUUGUUAGGUAUGCACAAUGCUUCUCUGUUAAAGUUCUCUCUCCACAAGUUCCAUCCCUUACUGCAGCUGAUUUCUGCCUCUGCUUCUGUGCUAUGCAUCUCUCUUACCACACUCUUCAUCCCCCAGAAAUCCCUCUGGAGGCAGGUGGGCAGGCAUCUUUCAACCCCGUCACAAUUCAUUUGGGAACAUGGAUUGACCAUACAGCUGAGUUAAGUGUGGUGUUGUGAUUUUGGAGUGUUUGCUAAGGACCAGGAGGGUUUAUGUUCAGAUCUCCACUCAGCCUGUGAAUCUCAUUGUGUGACCUAGGACCAGUUGCAGUCUCUCACCUACACCUCAUAUCUUGUAGUAAGUAUAACAUUCAGAAAGAACCAUGUACACUAGCUAUCCAGUGCUCCUUUGGAGGAAAGAUAACUUACAUAUUUAGUAGAACGAUGAUUAAACACAGAAAAAGAAAAUGAGAGAGUCUUGUAGCACCUUAAUUUUUUUGUGGCACGUUAGCUUUUGAAAUGAAUGUGCUUUUUUUGUGGCAACAGACUAACACAACUAUCAUCUCUAGCUAUAUCUUAAGAUAUUGAAGACUUUUGCUUUCUCAUCUGAACUGACAUAGCAGAAGUUGUACUGAAUAUCCCAUUGUCUGACAGAAAGAAUGGCAAUACAGUAGUAUAAUUUUUGUUACCCCAUAGCCUUUGACUCUGUUGAAUAUAGUUUCCUGAUAUUUAAAAUAGUUUUCAAGAUCAAAGGUUUGUUUACCACCAUAUGCUAAUCCAGCAAGAACUGUUGCCAUGCAGAGACACUGGAGACCAAGGAGUCUGUCUGAUACUAUGAUGCUAUCAGGAGCAGCCGAAACAAAAGGAAGAUACUUAACAUGUCUAUUUUAAAGAUCCUUUAACAAAGUGUUAAUGCAAGUAGAUUCUUGCAAAUGUACUUCUAUCCCACCCCCUCUUCAUGCAAGCAUAUUCAAAAGGAAGAAAGCCAUCAAUGGCUUCAGUAUAUGGCCUGAGGCUGUUAAAUGCAUUUGAACUUUUCAAGGUGAUUUCAGCAGUCUUUGUCUAAGGAAAGAGUUCUUAGACACCCUUUCCUGCCAGUGGUUUGUAACAGAAUGUUGAAAAACAUUUUGUUAGGAAUAUGAGCAGUUAUUAAAAUAUUUUGUAAAAAUCCAGCCGCUGUUUCUCAUUCAGGUUUUUUAUUACCAAUAAAUAAGGGGGGGGGAUCAUUAUGCAUUCGAAGGAAGAAGCAAUUUUUGAAAUAGCAAGGAUCAGAAUAUACUACAUGCUCUUUUAAUCUGUAAGGAAAACUAGAGAUUGUGUGCCCUGUUGCUGAUGUUUGGAUUAUUGCUGCCAUCUGGGUUUAGUACAUGAGAGUCUGGUUUUGAUACUAAUUCCAGUAGCUUGAGACCAAAAAUAACCUGGAAUUAUCCAGGGAAUAGAUGAUGAUGGAUUAUGAGGCUUUGAGGGGGAAAGCUUGGGUUUUUAUUUUGUUUUGUUUGUGUCUCUUAAAUGUAGGACAAAAAAUAAAUGACUUGAGUGCUUAAGAGCAAGGGAUUGUUGGGGGAGGAGGGAUGCUGUGUCUUUUCUGUCUCUGUGCUUAUCUUGGCGGAAGAACGUGCAUUUUGCUAUGCAGCCCUUCCCCUGAAAUUCUCUUAAAUGCUCCUUAAAAUAAGAAGAGGUUAAUAGCCUUGUAAAUAUACUUGUGGAAAGCUGCCAUCCCGCCCCCUUGCUUUAGCCAUUGAGAACUCGUGUUGUGCUUCAUCCAAGCUUCCGAGGGUGAUGAUUACAAAAUGCUCAUUUUGAGAGACCCCCAUAAUUUUAAACCUGAGGCUUUCCACGCGUUUUGUCGCAUGUUUUGCCUACGCCCAUCAGCCCCCGCUUACAUUGGGACUAGCGUGGUUGCAACUGAACCUUAUUUUCUGAUACGUGCAGGAAGGUUUCCGCAUCGCAUUGUUGCAUGGCUAAUAUUAUUUUUUUAAGGGUGGGUGGGUAGUGUUGGCCUUUUUAAGCCCCCGAUCCCUUCUUUAAAAAGGAAAGAAAAGAGCGGCUGGCUCUUUGUAUAUACAGCUGCAUUUACCGAGGGUGAGACUGAAGGGGAAGCCGAAGAGGAAGAGAGGGAGGGCGCCUGGCUUGGUGUUUUUACGUGCCAGAUGUUAGGCCUGCCCCGUGCGCCUGUUUGGCUGCCUGGCUGUGGUCAUGCUCGAGCCCUGUGUGAAUUGGGGAGAUCUGAUGAGUUAGCUGGUUGCUAUGGCGAGGAGCCGUGUCACGUGGCCCGGGCGCUGCUCCCGGCGGUUUGACGUCACCGGCCAGGGAGGAAAGGGGAGGGGGCCGGCGGCGCAGAGAGAGACGGAGCGAGUCAGUAGCGAAGGAGUCGACGCGCGCACGGCGAGCCCGCCCGCCCCAGCUUCUCCGCACACAGGCACCCGGGUGAGGGCUGCUUGCCUUUGGGAGCGCUCCAAUGCCUGGACCUACCCAAGCGCUGUCCCCAAAUGGAGAGAACAACAACGACAUCAUCCAAGAUAACGGCACCACCAUCAUCCCUUUCAGGAAGCACACAGUGCGAGGGGAGCGUUCCUACAGGUAAGCCGCUCUCUUUCUCUCUGUGUGUGUUGGGCGUGCGCGUACGUGUGCGUGGACGGACGGACGGACGGACACACACACACACACACACACACACACACACACACACGGGGAACUGCUGCAGCAGAGCCGGGUGGAGGGGAGGAGGAGGAGCGGGGGUUGCAGCGUAUUGCAUAACAAAAACAGCGGCGCUUUAAACCUAAUCUGGCGUGUCUCCUCUCCUAAGCGUGCAGCGUGGUCUAGCUCUGUUUAAACGGGCGCUUUGCAUUGUCCAAAUGGAAAACAUCUUGCGAAUACUCCGCCUGUCUUGAUCCCCUCCCCCCCCGCGCUUUUUUGCUUUCUGUUGUGCGUAUUGAUAACGUUUACAAGCCGCCUGGCGUGGGAGGGAGGUGCGCGCAAAUAAAUAAAUAAUAGCCGUAAUACCAAUGUCCUCUUGGUCUGUGUGUCUGUCAGAGGAGACAUUUCGGGGACAGGGAAAGGGAAGGCUGGGGGAGAGAAGAAAGAACACAGGGUCUUGUGAUGGUGGUGGUGGUGGUGCACUGCCUUGGUUGUGUGGAAGGGAAAAUGGAAUCCUCUAGAUUAAACUGCAGUCUGUGAUGUUAAACCACCAGAUUGAUGGAGCUUUGUAAGAACUGCACACCCUGAUUGGUGGAAAGCUUGACAGCAGAGGUCAGGGUGUCAGGAAUACACUAAAAAAAAUUCCUCCUGCAAAUAUUGGGUUUUGAACUGAGGUGGGUUGUGCAUAGGCUUCUAAAAGCAAGUGGCACCUCGCCUAUGUGCUGUAUCAUCAUGCUUGCUUAUGGGGACACUGACCUUCCUGCUUAGUGUUAUUUUGUGUGUGUGUGUGUGUGUGUGAUACAUUUUCAUUGUGUUCCUUGCUUGAAAAGGAGGAUGGUGCCUAUUUUCUUUGUCACAGUCCUCAGCAUUUCUGAUUAAUGGCUUGGCAUGUUGCACCUUUUGGCAGCAGGGUGGGUUUUUUUCUUUUUUGCAUUAACAUAUCUGACAAUAUGUUCCUCUAGAUAAGCUCAUUAAGAUUGCUUCAGCAAGUAUAACACUAUAGCAAAUAAUGCAACUAGUUUUGAGGGGCUUUUAUCAGUGUGUGCACUCUGAAAGGUUAGAAUAGUAGAAGAGAUACAGCCAGGCAUAUCUAAGUGAAUUUCCUUCCUGCCCUUUCCCCUCUCCCCACCCCAGAAUCAUGCUUGGGGUUGUGUUGUGAUGUGUUGUUGUUGUUUGCUUGCUUAAAAAAAAAAGAAAAGAGUUCAUGCCAUUGAGCAAGCUACAGGAAAUGAAACUGUCCCUGAAACCGUUAUAAAAAUAUUUGGCUAAGCUACAGUGUGUAGUGAAAUGUAGAACUGGAACAAAAAGUGUGUGUGUUUGCUCAGCUGAGUAUUGGAUAGCCUGUGAAUAUUGUGUAGAAAUGGCUUUGAUCUGUUUGCCACCAGCUCAGUGAAAACUAAAGACCCUUCCUUUCCUACUUGAGUAGGUAAGGUCACAACAAUGUUUUUAAGACUUAAGGUGCUGAAUUAUUUGUGGAAUCCAAGUGCUUCUCCACCCCCUGCCCCCCUUUAACACAUGCAUUCAGCCGGCACUUCUUCAAAAACACAGUGGCUUCUUAAGACUGUGCAGAUACUUUUAAGUAUAUUCAGUAAGAGAAUAAAAAGGUGCUGAGCCAUUUGAAAAUUGAAAUAUAGAAUGGGAAUUUGGUGCCUACUGUUCUGUCAAUUUUUAAAAUUUUAGCUUUUAAAAAGCCUUAACUGAUAAUAAACUGAAACCCUCAUUUCCUCUGUUCACAUUUCUUAAUUCUUCUGAACAGCUUCCUGUUAAGAGAAAUGGACAUAAUUUGGCCUAUUUCCCCCCUCCCCACAAAAAUGUGAAAACUGGUAACUGCUUCAUUUUAAUUACAUCAGUAUGUCUUGAACGAAAAGAGUGCUUUGUGUAUGUUUAUAAACUGCUAAGCGAAAAGAAUACCAUGUCCCAUAGGACUGCUUAAAUUAUUGCUUAAUCAUACAUGCAGAUUCUUUUAAAAAAGAAUGCUUCAGCCAGUUACAAUGGGAAUUUUUCAUCUGGAUAAAAAUAGGGGUUUCGUUCAUAAAAGCCUAAUCCAAGAUGUUCCAAAAACUACAUUCUGUGGAAUUGGCUUGAUGAUCGAUGUGGGAUCCAAUGUAGGAUAUGACUUUGGGGAUAACUGCAGAUAGUCUUUUUAGGAAUCUGAUAAUACAUGCCCUGACCUUCUAUCAUUUGCUAGUGUGGGAUUACUUUAUCACCGCAUUACUCAGUUUAUAAAGCUUUUGGCUUGUUCUUUCCCUCAUCUUUCCUGGAUAUUUGUGUAAGGGAUUUUGGAGCUGAUUUAAUGUUGCCUCCAGUACACUAAUUGGAACUGGACGAUGGACUCUGUGUUCUUGACUCUGACACCUACUAACUGUAUGACUCGUUGUGCAACUCAUAGCGCUUGUGUUUCUCUAUAUAUAUUUAAGACAAAAACUGAACAAAAUAAAAACUCUCAAAACCCAAAUCCAUGAAUAAUCUGAAGACUGGGUUCUGAAAGUGGUAGAUCAGGCAGUUCGAAUUUCAACAGGGUGCAUUCUUAGCAGCCACCAUGAAAUUGUCAUUACCUCAGUUGGUCUGGUUCUCUGAAGUAUGCCAAGAUCAACUUGAGAUGGGAGCCUUUAUAUGAAAGUGAACAAAUAUAGCAGCAAUUUGUGAUGCAGCGGGAUGCCAGCUAGCAUUAUACUGUAUUAUUCCUUCUGUACUGACUUCCAGAAGGAAAUCUGUACAUGGAUCUGUUUAUACAACUAUGAUGCAAGUCUUGCUUUUAUUUUCAAUGGAAUCCUGUGCAUGCCUACAUAGAAAUGAAUUCCACUGCGUUCAGUGAUGAAGACUCUCAGAUACAUCAGAUUAAGCUGGUGAAAACAAGACGCUCUAAUAGUCACACCUAAAGAUGGUUCAAGCAAGGCAUCCUCCUGAAAAAAGCCAGUUAUUUAAAUCUAAAUCUUUAUUAUGUAGCUGAAGGCCAGUUAUUUAAAUCAAGAUAGAUAAUGUUUCCAAUUGUCUAAUUAAUAUCCUGUCGUUUAAUUCACAUAAUUCCUGAAAAAACGUGCACACUAACUGGCUGCAUUAGCAAAGCAUAUCUGUUUGCAACUAAAUAGAUACUUCAUUGUAUCUAGGAGCAUAAUAAUAAAAAAGUCAUGCAGCUCACAUGCUUUAUGAAUUACAGAAUUUGGUUAGCCAAACAGAAACUUGUUAGAACAGGCCUUCUGGAUCAAGCCAAAAGCCCAUCUAGGCCAGCAUUCUGUCCUCACAGUGGUCAAGCAGAUGCCCAUGGGAAGCCCAAAAGCAGAACCUGAGUGCAGCAACAUUUUCCCAUUCUGCAGUUUCCCCAAAACUGGUAUUCAGAGACAUAUGUCCAACAGUAGACACAGAGCGUAGCCAUUGUGGCUAGUAGACAUUGAUAGUAAGAAGAUAACGUAAGAAGCUUAAUUUUGAAGUUGUUUUCCUUUCAAAGUAUGCAUGCAAGGACAUUAGUAAGGCUCAAUCCAGGUGACCUGCGGCCUCAAAGGCUAUAUAUACAUGGGUACAGUGACACCCUUGCAGACAUCCUCAGGUGGCCAUGAGUCUUCUGAGACCUCUCUCCCCGCUUCACUGUCAUGUGGUGUCAAGGGUGCUGUCUGCCCCUCCCCUUUUUGGAAAGUACAGAAAACUGAAGGAGGAAAUGGGAGAGAACAACUCUCUUUUCCUUUUCUUUUUUCAGCUCUAUGUGUUUCUCAAAACUCUUAUCAGCAGCUGAACAGGCAAUGAAGUGACGGAGGCGACAGGGAGAUAUCUGGUCGAUUGUGGGGGUGGGAAAAUAGCGAUGUAGGGAGGCAGCAAGAAGAAAUAUGAUUGACACAGGAGUUGAGAGGUGAAAGAGAAAAUGGAGUGCCAGAGAGAGGGAAAAGAUGUAUGUGAGUUUGAAUUUGCAUACACACACCCCUACACACAUGUCUCCAUUGACUGAAAGGGGAAAAUCCGAAACCUGGUGCUGUUUUGGCUGAGAAUCCAAGGCAUGGAUUCUUCUAUAUUUUAUCUAUUCCUGGUAUAUUUCUAGAAGGAAUCCCUUCUAGAACAGCCAUCAAAUCAUAGAUCACCUCUGUGUACACAGAUUUGUUCCAUGAUUUCCUCGUGGUAUUGCCAUCUUGUGUAAAACUCAUGAGGAUCCAUGCCUUGGAUCUAGCAAGCACCAGAUCUGUGAUUUUUAAUGUGCACUCUACCAAAAUAAGCUUUUAUUUGAUGCUGCUAUUGGUAGACCCUGUGUCAGGCAAAUUCAGGAGGAUCUGUUUUAUUCUACAGAGCCUAACUUUGACCCAAACCCCUUGAAAAAGCAAAUAUGUGCAUGAGGGGGACACGACUAAACGACUAAACAACAACAAAUGGCUUGAGGGUUGUCUGAAUUUAGCCUAAGAGCUCUUACUUAUAGAGAUAAGUGCCCAGAACUUUCCAGAAUUGGUUGCCAUUCUUUGUUACUGGCAUUGUAGCAAAUAACACUGGUGUAAAAUGAGGUGAAAACUCAUCAGGAAAUGCAGAAAUAGACAAACGAAGUCUGCAAAGGCAAAGUAUUUCAGUCUUAUUCUUCAUAGCAAUCACCCAGUUAAUGUAUUUUCUAAAGCUGUGUACUAACAAAAUGGGUUUGUGAGUGCUAUUUAUAUUUGCCAGUAACUGAAUGAUACAUUUUCAUCAACACAUUUCUGGUGUCCUGCAUUCAGAAACAGCUCCUUCCUAAUAAUCAACUGCCUGCUUCCUGUGGGCCCUGCAAAAUAGAAGUGCUAACUGAAAAAUGGAUUGCGUUUAAUGAGGCAACUACUCUUCAACUUAGUCUCCACCUUGACCAGAGAUGGUGGACAAAGGAUGUCUUAAUGAGCCCAUAAAUUUGACUGGCCAGUAAACCAAGCCAUUAUUUGUUCUUGGCACAAACCCACUCUUCCUAGUUCUGUUGCAGUUGCAGGGAGCAAUGUGAAGAACCCUGCACAAAUGAGACAAGACAGCACCUCUCUUUGAGGCCAGUUCUGGGACCACUGUUUUCAAGUCCCCAGUUUGAUGGAUGUUUUGAAGUUUUAAGAUUUGAAUACUUCAUUAGAUGCAUGGAAGUUUUCCUUGAGGAUUUGGGACUCAUGUAAAUUGAAUGGAAGUUUAGAUGUGGCUACUUGGAACAUAAUCUAUCGUACAUUGAGAUACAGCCUGGGUGCUGCUGUGCCAUACAAUCACCACACUCACCGUCUGCUAUGGGACUUGGGAGUUAGCUUUACAUUGCAUUCCAGCUUAGGACAGGCCACAGCUGAGAAUAGCAAGCCCACACCAUAUAAUGCCUACUAUUAUGGGAAAUAUAGCAUAAUUACAGGCACACAUUUCUCCACAAGAGCACAUAUUACUGCUGCUGUUGCAGAAUCGGGGUCAGGUCAUGCCUCUGCUUUUUAAUAUGCAUUAAAAUGUAGUACAGCCAAGCACUGGACUGCCUGCAUCAUCCUGUGUUUACCAUAGGUUCUCAAUCCUACGAGGUAGGUGAGAAAUGUUAUUUAACAAGUAAAUUUGGCACAGUGAGAUUAAGGCAACUCGGAUUCAUGUUUCCAUUCAUUUAUGAAGAUUGCUCUGUUGCUUUUUGAGCAAGUACAUUCUCUUGGCUUACCCAUACCUAACUGUAUUGUUGUGAAAAUAAAUGCUUCUGCUAGUUCCUUAGAGAGAAGAACAGGAUACGAAUGUAACAAUUUGGCAUUGGUUUUCAGCCUGUCUGCAUAGCUGUUAUGGAUACCAAACCUUCUGUGCAGCCGGGGUUAAAUCCCAGCUGUGAUUCUACAGUUGUUUUUAGACUGAGACAGAGUGUGUGUUAACAAUCUAGAUCACCUAGAUUCCUGCAUAAAAAAGUCUUUACUGCACUAGAAGGCUACAUAUUAGGUCUUAUUUUGAUUACACUAUCGCAGCUAAUCUGCCGCUUUGGUUGACAGAUAUUUGAAUAAGUUUAAUUCAUUGGCGAUGUAAUAAGAAAACCUUUUGAAAAUAAGAAUAUAUGGAGGUCAAAGAGCCUGCUGCACUGUUAUAUUUGGUUGGAUUUUGAAAGGGGGAUUUGCAGAUGAGGAUGCUGGAAACCCUGGACAGAGGAACAUUUGGUUCAGUCCCAAGGCAGUUCCGCUGCUUUGUGUUUCCUUUGUUUUGCAGUUUACAGUAUAGGCUUCUAGGGCCAAAUCCAGUUUUUAUUUAAAAAUACUGAAAAAUGACCAGUCUUCAUGAUUGCAACUAUUUUGGGAUACACAAGAGCAGUGUACUUUUUAAAGUGCUGUAGCCAGAAUACAAAUAGGAGCCCCAUAUCUACCUUCCUAUCUAAUAUUAUUUCAAGUGUAUUAAUGAGGAUUUCUGUAUAUCUGGUUUUAGCAAUGCCAGAUGUACUAGUGAUUUCAUUUGGUUAUUCAAAUGAGAUGAGACUUUCACACAAUUACUUUUAAUUGUGUCAAUAGAAAUAAAACACAUUUAAUUGUGGCUUUUGUGAAAUGCUUGGAAUGCAAUUCUUGACACUGUAAAAGUUGACUUCUGAAUAAGACUUAGUCUCAUAUUUUCUCCAUAGCCCAUUUCUGUUAUGAGAUGGGAAAGUGGGAUGUUUCGUAAAUGGAACUUUCUAGACCAAGAACGGAGAACCUGUGAUCCUCCAGAUGUUGUUGGACUUCAGAUCCCAUCAGCCACAGCCAAUAUAGCCAGUGGUCAGGAGUGAUGGGGGUUGUAGAUAUAUAUGGUCCAAGUCCCUUUAAUCAAAGAAAGGGUUUCAGUCAGCUCAUUGGCUUUUGCUGAUUAAAGGUUUUCCUAGCCAGAAUCAUUGCCAGGCCUCCAGCCUGCAAAUCUGCUCCUUCUGGCUGAGUGUGACCACCAUCCAGAACAGAGAAAUAUACCUUGCAAUUUCUUCUUCUUCCAGAGUCGUGUUUUCCAAUCCAUUGUCAGCUUUCUCAUUCUCUUCUAGAGAAUAUGGAACUGAUGACAUCAUAUGAAUAAUUAGGAAGGAGAUAUAUCACUCAUUCAUAGUAAUAAGAAUAUAAAUACAUCAAAGAGGGGCAUACAAAACUGACCUCAAAAUUAAGAACUUCUAAAUUUCUGAGAACAGCUUUUUAGUCUGACAGAAGCAAACUACAGGCAAUGACCGAUUUACACACGUCCAAUUGGCGGCCAACUGCACACAUGCACAUUGCGGCAACCUGGAAGUGGCUGGAAAAGGGGGUGGAGUGGGCUUUUGUGUCCUCUGCUGUCACAUGUGAUGACUCACGAGUUGCCUGUUGUAUUCUGUCCACUUCAGUGGCUGGUGUCUAAACUAUUUUCACUGCACCUUUGAAUGCUACAUCUGCCUACUCCAGUAACUGUGGUGGUUUCAGUUCAAUUUGUUUGCUGAAGGUUGCAGUUCUAUGUGCCUGGGAGAAAACAGUGUUGAACUCAUUGGGACUUGAGCAGACACAUAUGGGUCUGUUGAUCUAUAAGAGUACUUUUGGGCAAUGUUUAAUAUAUUCAUCAGAACACAAAGCAUGUGGAAUCCUAAAUAAAAUUUGGCUUUCGAGUGAUUGCCCUUGACCCAUUUAAUGUUCUCACGUGUAACGUCUAGCAUUCUUAGUGGGAACAGGAUGUAGUAGGAUUUCUUUUUCCUACUGUACUUUUGAAAAUACUUCUCUUCAUCACAAGGAAAUGUAAACAUUAAUCAGUGAGAGGAAGAUUAAGGACGUAGCAUUUAUCGGAAAUCCUUCAGUAGUGGCAGGCUGCUUAGAAGAAUGUCUUAUUUAGGUUGCAAGGCCCAAUUCUAAGCUUGCUUUUGUCAAAAUAUUCAUAAUUGCAUAUUAUGGCAAACGAAACCUACAAAAAUAAAAUUAGCAUAGAAGUAGACUUUACAAUUGAUGAUGUUUGAAACAAUAAAAGCACUUUAGCUUUUAUCAUUUUCAAUUUCAACUUUUAAACAUGGCUAAUGCCCCAAUCCUAAGCAGGUUCAUAUAACCAUAGCAAACAUCAUUUUUUUUCUGCUCCCCACUCCUGCACUAGACUGAAAGGGUGGAGGAAGUCUGUCUACUGUCCUCAUGUGGGUACAGUUAAAUUGCUCAAGUUAAGGGUUAACUAAUUGCAUUAUGUGGUCAUUAAUAUGCAGCCUUGGAAAAGAUGAUUGGGUCCCUUUGAACUUGUUAAAGUUGCUAAUAAACUUUUGGAACCAAUUUGAGAAUACAGCAUGGUGUUGAGUUUUCUGUUCUAAAAAUGCACCCGCAAUCCCUAUGUUGUUCAAAGUUGGAACCAAGGAUGGAUAGACUAACAUAAAGUUCAAAAUGCUUAGGUUUAUUGAUUUUCUUUUGCACUUCCAGGAAAUGUCUUCCUUUCUCUACUUCUAUCUAUGCUUCUUUCUUCUGUCUGCAAGUAUUCCCUUGGAUGUAUUAGUAGUCUGUCUGAAGUUAAGAACUAUUAACUUUGGGAAUGCAUCAUGAAUAGAGUUGUUCAGAGUGUAAGCACAUACUGUAAGCCAGAGAACCUUAAAAGGAAAGGGGUACCUGUUCAUUAGCACUGAUAUCUAAGACUAUCCCCUCUCAUUUCCCCUUGCUGAGCAACAGCUUUGAUCUGCUAAUCCAACUCUCCCUUUCUUUAUACCGUGUGACACCUGUCAAAGUGAACAAGCAGCAAAAAAUAAAAUACUGCCAGUUCUAACUUUCCUUUAUUUAAACUGUAUGAAUACUAGAUCUCUGACUGUGUAGAACUUUAUUUUAUUAUCUGUUAUUGUUAAUUUAUUAACCACCGUCUAUACAACCAUCUUAAGGCACUGUUCAAUACAAUCAAUAAAAAAACAGUUUAAAAUACAAUACAACAGUAAAUUCAUUUAAAGCUAAACUAGCACCAUACAAAAUAGAUACUCAUGGCAAAGACCUAUUUUUUCCAGCUGGGAAAGCCUUUUGAAACAAAAAUGUCUUCAGUUGUUUCCGGAAAGUACAGAUCGUUGGCACCUGUCAUAUCUCUACAGGAAUGCCAUUCCACAGAACUGGUACAGCCACACUAAAAGCCCUGCUCCUAGUUACUUCUGAGAUCUUUGGAACAUUCAGAAGAAGCUCUCACAGACUGCAGCCAUUGACUGUGUAUAUAAGGAACAAGAUGAUCAUUCAAAUAACCUGGUCCAUAAAUGUAUGGGAUCAUAAAUAUUUGUACCAGCACCUGGAACUUGACUUGAUAGCAGAUUGGUAGCAUGCAGGUUGUACAGCCUGGAAAAUUUAUAAUCAUAUUUCAGGUGGGUAUUCUUCUUUUAGGUGACUUCUUCCUCUGAAAUCUUGCUAUUACAGUCCAUAGAUGUUGAAAUCUUCAGCUUGCAAAGGCAGUAGAAGGAGCAAAGCUUCAGUUCACCAGUUUGUUGAACCAAGAGUGUUUAUUUUCCAGCUUAAAGUCCCUAGCUAGAGCUGGUGGCCUCUAAACAUGUCAUUUUAUUAGGAAGAGAGGAAACCACUGGAAAAACAUUGAGUAAAGGUUCAGGGUCUUUCUCCCUCUUGGCCAAUGUUAUCUACAGUCAUGCUUCAUCCUUCAUCGUGGUUGUCUGAGAAUUCCAGUCUUUCUUACCAGACAGCAUCCUGACCUGUCUUCCUAUUUUGCAGCUUCCUUUUCUUGAAAAAGAAAAAAGUGAAGCCCCUCACUAAAAGCAGUGGCAUUUCCAUCUAGCUUCUUCAAACAAUCAUUUGUGUAUUGAGAGUAACUUCUGUAUCAGGCACCCUCCUUUUGGAUACACCUUUUUACUUUGAAUUUUUUUGCUCCCCUUUUCUUCAUAAAAUACUAAGUGGCUUUCAGAUCACAUUUUCAAAAUAUUUUCAUGGGUGAGACACACACACACACACACACACACAGAUGCACAAACAUAUCUUUCACAAAAAGCAAAUAGUAAAAAUUAUGUGGCAGCAGUGAACAAAAAUCUAGUUAAUAAUGCAGUGAGUACUGUGUGUGCAGCAAUCUAUCCAGCAUUCGUUUGUGGCUCUCUAAGUUAACUCCACCCUUAAAGCUGAGCCAUUUUGCUUAUUGUUUUCUCCCAACUUGUUGAGACAAUAUGUCUAUUGUUGUUGUUUUUUCCUCUCUCUCAUCUCUGUCUAUCCUGUAAAUAAUUCCUGCAUGAAUAAAGCCUUUGAACCCCCCCCAAAUGCAGUGAGCAAAUGAAAGCAUCUGUAGACUGUGUCAACUAGCCAGAUAAGCCUUCUGUGAAAAAGCCAGGAUUUUACCUGUUGCCUGAAGGUAUAGAGUAUCAGGGAUAGGUGGACUUCCUUUAAGGAAGCAUUCCACAGAGUCUGCAGCACCACUGUAAGAACUUUGAAUCUGAAACAGUUGAAGAAACAAAGAUAUGCAAUGUAGAGUGUUUAAUGUUGGAGUAAUUGAUUAUCCAGUAACAGUUGGCAAUCUGAUGGCAGCCUUUUUGCACAAGCUGAUAUUUCUGGUCACGUUGCAGUAAUGAAGCCACCUGUGAGGGAAGCCCUGGUUUGGGAGCUAUCCAUGCAGGAAAUAAGAUCUGCUACAAUGUGGAAGAAGUUGCUUGUACAGUAGUACCUCAGGUUACAGGCACUUCAGGUUACAGACGCUUCAAGUUACAGACUCCGCUAACCCAGAAAUAGUACCUCGGGUUCAGAACUUUGCUUCAGGAUGAAAACAGAAAUCAUGCAGCGGUGGCGCAGCAGCAGCAGGAGGCCCCAUUAGCUAAAGUGGUACCUCAGGUUAAGAACAGUUUCAGGUUAAGAAUGGACCUCCAGAACGAAUUAAGUUCUUAACCCGAGGUACCACUGUAACAUUAUGGGUGUAGAACUCUCCUUGAGGUAGUCUACUAGAGCCCAGUACUGUUACACUUUGAUCAUAGUUUUAAAAAUACUACAAUAUGUCCCUUAUCUAUCUUUUGGUAUAUAUUAUAUCCUGUUUAUUUUGUGCACGUAUUAUUAAUAGGCAUUGUAAAACUGUUGGUUUGUUAUUGGAAAGAAAGGUGUGGUAUCUAUAAAACUAAAAAUCAAAUUCUAGAAGAGUUUAUCUGUCAUAUUGGCCUAUGUAUUUUGAUAGUCCUAAAGAAGUCUUCCUUAGAUAUCAAGGAUUGUUACAAUUAUUGCAUGGCUGCUAAUAUCUCCUUAUUGGGCAAAGAUACUCAAGCAGAUGAAGGCUGUGCGAUAGUGGUGGGUGAAACUGUUUAUAUGAGCCCAUUAGUGUCUGGUUUCAGGCCUGAUUUUGCAAUGGAUACAGCCUUGGUCACCCUGAUGGGGAAGUGUAACUCUGCUAAUUCUCAUUGAACCAUAGCGUUCUAUACUAUCAAGCACUGUAUCCUCCUGGGUAGAUUCCUUGGACUGGGGGGUUGGAGACAUCAUGGGUCAAAUUCUUACCUGAAGGGGCAGUUCCAGAAGGUGUUGCUCAAGGGCUGCUGCUUAGCUCCAUUCUGCCUAGAACUCUGCAGGACCCCAUUGCAUAUCUUGUCUCACAUGGUUUUUAACAUUUUACAUGAAAUUGCUGGGAGAAGUAAUUCACAGAAUUGAGGGGAUGUGUCAUAAGUGUGCUUAAAUUCAUAAUCUAGGUGUAUCCAGGAUCAGGUAGCUUCUGUGGCAAGUAGUUCCCUUCAAUUGCUUAGACAACACCCAAGUUUGAGUACUAUUAAUGCAUAGUACUUGAGGCUUCCUUUGAGGAUUAUUUGGAAACUGCAGGUUAUGCAAAAUAUACUAUAUUUUUCUGUGUAUAAAACUAGGUUUCCCCACCUAAAAAAUAAUGUCAAAAAUUAGGGAGCGUCUUAUUCAUGGAUAGUGUUCCCCCCAAUUUUCUUAAAUCUGAGUCCCCCAAAAUAGAGGGUGUCUUAUACAUGGGGGCAUCUUAUAGACAGAAAAAUAUGAUAGCUGCUUUGCUUGUUAACUAGUCAAUGGUAACAUAUCUCAAUGGUGUUAGCUUCACUGGAUUUCACUUUUGUUUUCAAGGAGAGUUCAAAUUGUUAGUACCGUACUUACUUUCCAAGCCCUGCAUGGUUUAGGACAGGGGUAGGCAACCUAAGGCCCGUGGGCCAGAUGCGGCCCAAUCGCCUUCUCAAUCCGGCACGUGUGUUUUUACAUGAGUAGAAUGUGUCCUUUUAUUUAAAAUGCAUCUCCAGGUUAUUUUUGGAGCCUGCCUGGUAUUUUUACAUGAGUAGAAUAUGUGCUUUUAUUUAAAAUGCAUCUCUGGGUUAUUUGUGGGGCUUAGGAAUUCGUUCAGUUUUCCCCCCCAAAAUAAUAGUCCGGCCCACCACAUGGUCUGAGGGACGGUGGACCGGCCCAUGGCUGAAAAAGGUUGCUGACCCCUGGUUUAGGACCAAAGAACCAGAAGGAAUAUCUGCCCUUUUACCAGGGCUAGCCAACAAGGUGCCCUACACAUUUUGUUGGGCUACAACUCUCAUCAUCAUUGACCAUUGACUAUUCUGGUAAGCCUUCCCCCUGUGAGAAAGUGCACGGAAACUAGAGAGAGGGCCUUCUCAGUAGUUGUGCCCUUACUGAGCAAAUUUCUCCCUAGAAAGGCCUGGUUGGCACCGACAUUUUACUCCUUUCAUUGCCUGGCAAAGAUAUAUUUAUUCUCUCAGAACUUUAAAUGUCUUUUGUCCUCUUUUAAUAUGUUGGUUGUUAUGUUUGUUUUAUCUUGCUUUUGAAAAACACCCUGGAAACUUGCUGAUGGGAUGGUAUAUAAAUCUUUUAGAUGAUUUUUUUAAAAAAAACUUGAACAACAAAUCUAAUGUGUCUCAAAUUACAACCUUAUUUUAGACUUCUCAUACAGUGGAUUAGGCUGAGUUGCAAUACAGUAUAUGUACAUACAUAUACUUUUCAUCCACAAAAAAGACUAGGGUAUUAUAACUUUUAAUCAUACCAUAGUAUAGAUCAAUUUGUUUUUGUGUACCUGUCUUGUUUUUAUUGCCUGUCUGUGCAAAUAGCCUGAGCAAUAAGAUUUAGAUCUGGACUUGUGAAAGGUAACGCAUGAACUUCAUGACUAAACUAGCUUUUGAAUCUGGGUCUCCUGUUUGAACCUGAUUCCCUGUAGGAACCCAGUUCAUUUGCUGUUGGUCCAGGACCCAGGAAAGAAAUAGGAGACAAAGGACAAAUUUGAACUUUGGCCACUACUUUAUGUAUCUGUAAUGUAAAUAUAACUCAGACAGGAAACGGUCCAGUGCAGAAAAACUACACUCCAACAAAGUCAACCAGACAGGACUGUCAGCAGAGUUAUUUGAGGUGACUAAUGCCCAGUGGCAUGAAAACCUGGAAACCCAUAACAGCCUUAUGUCUCGUUUUCUUAUGGGUUCCCAGAUAUAGUGAAGAUAUCAAAGAAGCCCUGACCAAUAAUAUACACUGUCCCAGUGUGGUUCUCAAAGGCAGGGUGGUAAGCCUGUCCUAGCUUGGUUCAAGUAUUACAAGGGAGGCUGAGCUGAAGCUGCGGCACUUACUGGAGGAGCAGGCUGUUGUUGGAUAGGCUGCCUUGGCCCUUCCCUAUGUAGGAUCAUGAUAGGCAGUGCAGAGCAUGAUCUGUCAAGAUCAUGGACUAUGACAGAUGCUGGCUGGAACUCAUACAAGGAGAACUGUUGUCUCAUUGACAUGCUUAGGCCUUAUGAAGGUUCGCUGGUCUGGAGCUGCGGUUAACCCUGCCCUUCUGAAGAGUAGUCAGUUUUUUAAAAGACCAUUGUUCAAUUUUGCUGGUUCCUAUGGCAUGGUGGUAGUGAGGAGACCAUUGAGAGGAAGGUAUUCUCAGAAUCUGAGGAGCUGGGUAAAGCCAUGUCCUCUGGCCUGACAGGUUGUGCAGUGCGGAGGAUAGCUCUCUGUCUUGUCUCCUCCCUUAUUUCCCUUUGAGACAGUGGGCAUUAAGGCCAGAGAACAUGGCAGCAAUCAGCUGAGCCUUAGGAGGGCAUGUUCACAUUAGUAGCUUGAAACACAGUGAGCUCGUUCCCCCACCCCUGUUUGUUUCAAGCCACAUUGUUCAUAUCAGAGAUGGAGCAGGGAUGUCUUCACCUGAUGUGCAUGACCUUUUUGAUUCCCCCACCUCUGGAGAUCUCUGGGAACUCCUGUUCAUUAAGCUUGUCAUCUGUGCUCUGCAUCCAGUAUUCUAAUCAAACUGAAGCUGGUUUGAGAAAUAAAUGCAUCAAACAGCAGUAUUUGUCAGACUGCAGGAUCAGUAUGGAUUGUGGCUAAUGUGUGAAGGCUGCUUCCAAAAUUAACAUUGGGGAGCACAGAGGAGGCGGUGGCCAAGAUGGCGUCGGAGGGUGAUUUGGGCAGGUAGUGGGACCGGUGCUUGGCUGACUCCACCGUCAAGCUGGGUGCUGGCUUUGGGUUGGGUGUUGUCUUCUCGGUCAUCAUCUUCAAAAGCACGAUGUGGCCCAUCACUCUUGGGUCAGGAAUGGGUUUAAGAAUGGCUUAUUCAAACUGCCAGCAUAACUUCUAGUCUCCUUACCUUCUCCAUGGGCAGUUUGUCAAGGAGCAAUGACGCAGGCCCGACCCACACCUCUCUUUUGUCAGAGGAACAGUUUCACCUUGGCAAUUCCUUGGGAAGGUCGAAGCGUCCCAGCCUUGAGGCAACAGCCUUUGGAAGCGCUUGGCCCGUUGCUCUUUUUUCCUGCGACACCUGGGUCCGAAUAUCUCUUUUCUUUUUUUUUUGUAAUCCCUCUUUUGGAAACGAAAAUGAGAAAGGUGCUGUUCUGGAAAGUAAAAUAAAAACGAGUCUACCCCCUUAAAAAAACAACAACAUUGGGGAGCACACUGGAUGUGGAGUCAGCAGUCAUGUGAACAUGGCCUUAGUCAUGCCAACCUAUGGAAAUAAAAUAUAUCUUAUUACAAGACCCCCACAAGUUGUGAGAAACCGGCAGCUACUCAGACUGUAUCUUGUCACCCUAUGCAGUUGCAGAAAUCCCAUUAGCUCUUGUCACAAAACAACUUGAAGAGACUGGUAUGUACAGACGUAAAACACAGAAGGCAAUAAUCUUGAGGGCAGUCAGGGGAUUGAAAUGUAAAUUCUUUCUCAUUCUCUCCUCCACUCUCCAGGAUGAAUGAUGCUUGUAAUAUGUCAGGCUAAAAGGGUGAGACUCAGCUGAGCUGUGAAUGGGGGGGGGGGGGAGAGAGACACACAGAGUGAGCUGAGAUGACCCAGUUUUUCUCCUGGUGUUAACCCAGACCAUCCGAAAAGCCCACCCAGAUCAAAGCAGCUGAAAAAGGAAAUGGCAAGAGUGUUAGAGGAAGAAAGAAGAGUGACAGGCAGGCAAUCUGAUAUUAGCCUUGAGCCAGUUUAGCUCAUUAAUGGAGCAUAGUGGUGGUGUCAGAAUAUGAAUAUGUUGCUUAAUUGUAAGCAGCGUUUAUUUUUUUAAAACCUGACCAUUUCUUCCAGUAAACCUUGUCUGUAGGGGUGUGUGUGUGCCCGCACACAUGUGCACAUGCUUUUGCAAAAGGUGCUUUAACAGCUUACCUUAUCCAUACACAUAUAUUUAAUGUUUUCAUUCUCUUUAUUCAGGCUACUAACUCCGCUUCACGGGGUCUUGCCCCACAGGCAGAAUCACUGCAUUUUCCUGUGGUAAAUAAAAUAUUAAUCGGUUGCCAGUAAUGUGUGUGCAAGAUUGUGCAGAACACAUGUUUGCUAAUAAAAAUAAUAUAAACAUGAUGUAAAAUCUUGUUAGUUGUUUCCAGCUCAGUUCAAAUGCAUUAUCUUUUAUUUAUUUUAUUUUUUAAAAUCUCCGGUUGGCUAAAUCAAUCAUUUGUUGCUGGGUAUGGUCAUUUGGCACAGGGUGGUAUUCAACUGAUUUUUCCUCCUAGUAGACCUAUUGAAAUUAAUGGACCUAACUUAGGCAUGUUCAUUGAUUUAAAUGGGUCUGCUUUGAGUAAGUUGAAGGCCAAAGGCUGCUCUGCAAAUUUGGGGGCUGAGGAAUUGAUGACAUGAAGAAUAUCUGAAGAGCCAAAUUCCUUUUGUCUCAAGUAUGCAAAGCAUCAGUUUGACUAUGUCCAUAGAUACUACUUGUCACAUGUGAUUUCCCCCCAUCCUUGCCAAGAACUAGAAUGGAGUGGGAAAUACUCCAGUCCUCUGUGCUCAGCCCUCAGGACUACCCCCAACCCUCAACCCCAACAAUGCUCCUCACUAGUCCUGUGCCACAUCUUCCUUCAACUGUUACUCUGUCCUGGAACUAUUAUAAUGGCUCCUGUUUGUCUAGGAGGAGGAUGCAGAGAUGUGUAAAUGGAGGCAAGGGAGAAUGAAGACACCUCUGUCUUUUGCAUAUCCUAUUGUCACAUCCAUUGUUUUGCCCACAACUGGGACUUCGCUCUCAGAGGUUGCCUACAAAAAAAAAAAAGGGCUGAAAAAGUGUCCCCACCCCUGAAGCAUCAUUUGGGCAUUUUGUGUUCUCAUAGCCUUGUUUCUGAUCCCACUAUGUAAUCCUGAUACAGAGUUCUCCUGGAGCAAAAAGCAAAUGCUACCAUGUAGCCACCAUUCAUAGCAUCCUUUUUAAAAAAAUUGUGCUACAACAAGAAAGCUCAUCUACACAUUUAUAAUGCACUAUAUUUACAUACUUUUCAGUGGUGCUUGUCAUCUCACUCCUAAUUUUACGAAUGCUUUCAGAAUUUCAAAAUAUAAGCACAUCUUAGUAAAUCUGUAAGUCCAGUUCCCAAGUAACACAGAUAAUUUACCAAACCAGCUGAUACAGGGGAUAAGUCCCAGUAUAAGAUAAAGAUCUGAAUGCUGUUAAAAACCCAUAUGCACAGUAAGAAAAUGCAUGCUACACCUAUUAAAUGUUGCUUUUUUGGGAGAGAGUUCAGGAUAAGAAUGCAUUGAAAUGCUGUCUCUGGUCAAACACCAAUUACAAAAAGAUGCAACGCCUCAUUUUCCUGUGAAAAAUUGGCGCUGGGAUUGACACAUGUGUUUCAGCUUCCUGAUAAAGCCUUCUUAAGAGAGGGCUGGCUCACUUUUCAUUAGAUGAAUCUUGUUGCAAUUUUAUGUGAUGCAGUGACUUAGCAUUUCCAAGAGAUAAGUGCCUAGAGGCGUAAUAUAUACCCUAAAUGCUAAUUUUCUUAAAAGUGUUUCAGGAUGUGCUAACCAGAAUCUUUACAAUGUUUUUCAAAUAUGAUUUGAUUUUAUAUUUGUAUGCUGUUUCAAUAAUAACAAAAGUUGAGCUUGGAGCUCUUAAGAGGACCUCUAUGACAUGAAGAUUGUAAGGGGAGAAUUACAUUGUUGAUGGCAUGCGCCUCGUAAGAAUUAUAACCAAUCUUAUAUAUCUGCUUAUUUGAUUUUGCAGUUGGGGAAUGGCGGUCAACGUGUAUUCUACCUCUAUAACCCAAGAGACUAUGAGCAGACAUGACAUCAUUGCAUGGGUGAACGAUAUAGUAGCUUUAAACUACACAAAAGUUGAACAACUAUGUUCAGGUAAGAUGCAACUUUUUUUAAAGACUGGUAUUUUAUCAAUAACAUUGUAUCAGUGGUCUGCCUGAAAAGUGGUGUAGACAUACUGUAAAUAAUAAUGAAGAAGAAUAAAAGCUUUCUCGGUAUCAAACACAUAUAUUUGUAUUUUUGCCUGUGUUACGUUGUUUUUUACAUGAUGUUAUUCAUUUUAAAGGAUACACAUUAUUUUUAUUUUUUUAAAAAACCAUUAUUUAGCUCUCUAAAUAUUCAAAUCUAUAGAAUGGACUUGAGUAAAUUACAGAGCUAUUUUGACAUUAGUUGCCAAUUGCUGUUUCGAUCUGAACUUUACUGGUUAAGAACUUUAUGUGUAGUGCUUUUUUACUGUAAUGUGAACAUCGCUGUGAUCCUAAUUAGAUGAAGGGCAGUCUGUAAAUGAAUAUAUAAAUAAUAUAAUAAAUACUGUGUGAAUCACAAAUUCGCACCUUUAUUUGAAAAGUUGAUCUGUGGAAAUCGAAGUAGUAAUGCACUAUACUUUACCUAUACUUUAUCAUUUGUCAAAAUGGGGGAGGGGCAUAGGGGAGAGAACCCCAUCUAUGAGAGAAUGGACAACUAAAAUCUUGGACAUCAUUUGCAUGGUAAAAAUCAUCAGACAAAUGGUUAGAACCAGAGGAGGGUAGACAGCAAGAUAAUGUCUUACAGAGAAAUGGAGUCUCUUUAUAAUGUACUGGAACAAUACAGUACAGGAUAACGUUAAUCCAUUUGUGUUACUUGGAACCUUGUAAUAUUGAAAUGUUACAUUUUAUUUUGGUACAGAAAGUAGGGUGGUUGUCUUGUUGUGUAGAUUGUAGACCUCUCUUUCCAAGGUUUCAAGCAACAAGUUGAGAUGAGGGACUUUUUCCAAGUGAACCUGCAUGUAGCUCUGUUUGAUGUGCAUUCUUUGGCACCUUGGGACAUUGAUCUGCUGCUGAAUCAAAGACUAGCUGGCAGGAAUGUCUAGCAGAAUUGCUUCAGUCUUUGAUAUAUUGUUUAGCUUUGAGCUUGAGUAGUCAUGCUGCAGCCAUGCUUUCAAUCCAACAAGGGUCUGCAUCUUUGGGUUGUGGCAAUGCCAUAUAUCGAUCGAGACUUUCUAGGGCAAAAGGGCUUUGAACAGUGGAAUGGUAAAUGUGGCUCUGCCUGUCUUGGUCACAUGUGAUAAGCAGAUAAUUCUUUUGUGGCGUCUCCUCCAUCAUCUUUUUAAUAAUGAUUUUAGUGCAUGUUACAAGGAAAGUAUAGCCUUACUUCGGUUUCUUGGAAUUCUAGUAAGUUGUCCUUAUUCACCAAUUUCAUAGCUUUCAUUUAUUUAUUUUGCUUUUAUUUCUGACCUGCACACCUGUAACUGUUACUCUCCAUUGUUCUUGUAUUUAGAUAGUGGGGUGUAAAUAUGGAGAAAACCCUAACCGGUUUUAAAGUUGUCUGCUUUCUUACCCUGCUUCACAUAAAAUUUCCUGAUGGAGUGUUUGCACUUAGCAGCUGUAAUGUUGUUCUGUGGUAUCUGAAGACUUUACCAUGCUUGCUGAAGACCACAUAAUGAUUGCAAUAAAAGUAUAAGGUGCUAUUUCAUAAUAUAUGUUAUGCAUUUUUGUGUUUUCAUAUUGUAAGCUGCCCUGUAAUCAUCAGAUGAAGUGUGGUAUAGAAAGUUAAUAAAACAAGCGAACAAGCAAACAAGCAAACCAUUGAUUGUUAAGAGUCGCAUGCCCUAAAAUGUUGGCUUUUAGAACAUGUGAGGGCAACUUGUCCUUAAAGAGCCCAUACUCUGUGUCAAACUUUAGAGCUGUGUUAGAUAUAGAUAGUGAACUACUGAAUAUGGAUGUUAUUAAUGUAGUAUCAUCAUGAUUGUUGCCAAGUUUCAUAUUUAGAUUACCCCCACGUACUCUAAAUCUACAAUAUUAUUAUUAUUAUUAUUAUUAUUAUUAUUAUUAUUAAAACAACUGAAAGCUGGAAUCAAUUCUUGAAGGUGAAAUUAUCUGAAUAUUAUUAUUAAUGGGAGCCCCCUUUUUAUGCCUUCACUGCAUGCGCAAAUCACUCCCUAUGAAUCAUGGGGGACCCAGCUCAAGAAUGCUCAUUCCCUGUCUCUUCCUGGUCUUUUGUGUGUUACCUUCCCCCUGCCUUUUAAUCCCAUGAAAGGGGAAGCACUGGCACUACUGGUGUUAACCUUAGCCAUGAUUAACCUUACGGUUACUGUGUUUUGCCAGGUUCUGAAACCAUGGUAUUGCAUCCUGUUUCUUUUUUAAGUCAUGAGGGUCAGAAACCUUUCCCAAUGAAGGCUAGGAUUCUUGGGAGUUCCAAUGAAAUUCUGCAGUACUGUAUUUCAGGUUGUCUCACUGUUUCUACUUAAGCACAUUUGUAAGCUAGAACAAGACAAAGAAAUGAUUUCAGACGAAUAGCCAGCUGUAUGCGGGUCAUUCAGUAGUACUCUGCAGAUCUUUGAACUGCUAUGCUGAUCUAAUUUGGUCUUUUAUCCUUCUUUCCUUCCUUCCUUCCCCUCCCCCCUUUUAAAAACGAGUGUUCCUUGAAGCGUUUCCAGUCUUCAUGCAGCGUAACAUUAGCCCCCAUAAAAUAUCUGCAUUUACAGGAGACUUCAAAGGGCAAGAGAGAGUGUGGGAAGCACUGCAAUAUUCAGGAGCAUUUCUUAGCAUUAACAGUGAACUUCAGAACAAGCCAGAUAAUUGGAUUGUAUAAAAUGCUUGAAGUGUUGUGGCAUUCUGGAUUUAUAUUUGGGGAAAUACGUUGGCAACUAACCAGAAAGCAACCACCCUGGCAGGUAUGAAGGCCCCUUGUUUUGAAAAAUAUAUGAAAAGUCAGUAAUGCCAUGCCUGUCCAAUUUUUGCUUUUAAAAAAUAUUAGUUUUAUUUAUUUUGCCUUUGCAUUCAUGAUGAACCAGAGGCCAAGCUGUAUGUGUGUGUUGUAGUAAGGAUGCACAAGCAUUUCAAAGAGUUGUCCGCCUGCAAUUGUUCAUGGUUUUGUGACAACUUCCUUCAACUGUUUACAGAAAAAAGUGCUCAGAAAACAAUGCUUGGAAGAACCUGGUGUUCCCAUUGAAAUCAAUGGAGGUGUAAUAUCCCCAUUCAUUUCAAUACACAGAUUUGCCCAAAGCUUCAGGGGUGAGUUGCUUCUGAUGCUACCCUGCAACUAGCCCUUUGAGGGUAUGCAGCAGGUUAAAGUCUCGUAUCUUCCCCCACCCAUCACUUGAAAUCAAUGGCGAUCCCCCUCUGAUUUCUGUAAGCACACUUAAAUCCACUGUACACUUCUAAAAUAGCUGGUAAGUGUAGUAAAAGUGACCCAGCACUGAAGAGCCUUGGGACUAGGGGGUCUUAAGUGGUGAGUUGCUCUUUGCUCCAUGCCAACUCAUUCUUUUGAGCAGGGAUACCUACAUAUUCAAGCACCUCUGCUUUGACUGCUCACCUCAUCCCUAGUUGUGCAGAUGUGAGAAACGACUAUCAAAUACAGUGGUACCUCUACUUACGUUCACCUCUGGUUACAUAUCCUUUGGAAUACGUACGCAGCACACCCGGAAGUAUUUUUCUGGGUUUUGCCAUGCACACAUGCGCAGAAGCGCUUUGCGCACUGUGCACAUGCGCAGAAGCAACAACUCCAGAUACGCACACCUCAGGAUCCAACCGGAGCUCUGGAAUGGAUCCCGAGCACAAGCGGAGGUACCGCUGUACUGCAUCACUCCUAGUGGUUGUCUUCUAUCCUAAGUCACUCCCUCACAAGUGAUAGCAAAAAAGGGAGCCAGAUUAGCAGCCUUGCUCAUUUACUGCUCUGGCCCCCUACAGGAGGCUGAGGUUUGAGCUUGCUGUUAUGGCCAGCCCAGCAACCUUUUCGAGGUAGAGUACCCUUCUGAAUGAACAAGCAGCAACACAGAAAAGGGGCAAGGAAUAAGUAGCAGCAGCUAAAUCAGGAACAAGUUCCUUGAGUGUGGGUGUGUGAGAGAUACUGAGACAGAGGGAGGAAGGGAGUUUGUGUAUCAGAGCAGUGUGAGAAAACACAUCCAUGUGUGUGUCCUUAUUUUUGAAGAGCAGUGUACAGUGGGUAAAUACUUGAUCUGUAUAUUACUUCAUGACCACAUUACACCUUGCAUGUGGUCUUCAUCUGUAAUCUAGCCUGGUUCAUUUUCGUAGGUGAACUCUGCAUGUGAUUUGGGUUCUUGGCCAUGGAUUCAUCUUUGGAUACUCCUUUGCCCUCCUUCAAAGCAUUACAUUUUUAAAAUAGAUUUCUGCAUAGAUGUGUGUUAUACAUCUGGUAUGUGUGUACAUGAAAUAGCUGUGUAGUUAUAUAAACACUCUCAUGCCUGGUGGCCACACCUGUACCACACACAGGUGCUAGAUUUUUGUUUUUCAAGAGCUGGUAAGUCUGCUGGGGUAGGAAGGGAGCUCUAGAAGAAAGAGUGGCACAUUCAGACUUUGGUUUGACUGCAUAGAGCAGGCAUAGGGAAACUCAGCCCUCCAGAUGUUUUGGGACUACAAUUCCCAUUAUCUCUGACCACUGGUCCUGUUAGCUAGGGAUCGUGGGAGUUGUAGUACCAAAACAUCUGGGGGGCUGAGUUUGCCUAUGCCUGGUAUAGAGCAAUCUAAAAUUAAAAGGCAGGAGGAAAUUCAACUUUUGAAUGAAGGGUUAGUUUGUCCGAAUUAUAAAUAACUUAAUAAAAUGCAAGCUAUGGGACUAAUUUAAAAUAAGGGGGGAUCAAAACAUUUGAAAAAAAUCAAAAACAAUGGCAAUACAAAAUAAAAUGUUUGUCCAGUAACAUAUUACUUGAAAUAAUUGAUGGGAUAAAAACUAGAAAUGGAGCAGAAAUUUGUCCAGUUUAAUUUUGAAUGCAAAUCUACCUGACAUGCACUUCUGAAACCAAUAUGCAAACCAAAGCACAGCUAUAUUCAUUUUUUUAAAAUUGUGCUUCUCUGGAUUUUGCAGUGCAGUUCUCCAACCAAAAGUGUGUAUAAAAAUGUAUACAUUGGGGAGGGGUUGUAAAAAAAAAAUCACUAUAAUGAAAAAAAUCGCUCACGAAACUGUGUAUUAGGUGAAAUGCUUAUCUAAAUGUAUAUGAACUUUCCUGAUAUCUGAGCUUGGGAUUAGCAAAAGAAGAAACUGACAGAUUCAUUCAUCCCUUAUGAGAACAAUUAUUUGUCUCUUAAGAUUUUGCAUUCCAUUCUGUGCAUUUGAACAACCCUGUUCAGCUGUAAUUGGAAUACUCUUACUCAGGUUUUCCCAAAAGUGCAUGGAUAUAUACAGGACCCAACCCUAUUGCCUAGGGACAAAAAAAAUCCAUUUCUCAAUGAGAACAUGCACACACCCCGAAUUAAGAAUGUUAGGCCUUUCUAUGCAUGGAAAAGACUUUAGCUUUCAUUUUCACAAAUCAGUGUCAGUAGAUCUGCAUGCUAAAUUUAGAACUGAGGUCAUUUGGCACAUAACUGUUAAGUGGGCUGUCAGAAAGCACAGGGAACCCUGUUCUGCAUUCUGCCUACUUAGCAGAGACAAACACACAACCAAGAAGAAUAGAUAGCCUGUAAGCAGCUUUUCCUUUGCAUGCUUUUACCCUAGGUAUUUUCUUUCAGUGGCAUCUAGGGGCACUCCUUUAAAAGUAUUAAAUGGCAAAAAGAAAAGAUAAAACAAGAUGUGUUUCCAGUUAGCAUGAAACUUGUGGGUGUAAGAAAAUUGCACCUUCGUUUUCAAAAUGGAGUUUUUAAGAUUUACUCCUGGAUAAGCAUGGAUUAUAGAGGAACCCAGGAUACAUCUCUGCAGAGGAUAUGCAACGGCUGGCAGAGAAGACAGAGUGACAAAACUAUUGCCAUUAUUGCAAAUGGCAAAAUGGGAUUCAAGGCAGAGAACAAUACAGAUGUCAUAAUACACAUAUUGCCUAAUUCCUGGUGUGGCUAUUCUUCCUUGAUAUGCAUCCAGAAGUCCUGGUGUUGAAAACAGAUUCUGGAGCUGAGUUCUAGCACAAAUCUAGAUUGCUUCCCAUUUAAUAUUUUAAUUUUGGGUUGUAGUUUACAGUAGGGGUGCUAAUGACAUUCAGAUAAGGCUAAAUUUGGAUUGUAGACUUGAGAUACCACUUAGGUGGAACAGCAAUUGAAAUCGAACCGGCAAAUGCAUGGGCUGCUGGAGAGGAGGUUGUGGUCAUUUUACUCCCCCAUUCUUGCUACUGCCGUGCUGUUCUAAUCUAAGCCAUGGUCUGGUUUAGUGUGUUGUCCAAACCUGGGCUCAUGGUAUGUCCCGGAAGGAGAAAACCACAAGCCCAGAUUUGGAAAACAAACUAAACCAAACCUUAGCUUAACUUAGCAGGAGGGCUGCUGAAGGCUGCCAUCUUGUCUCCAUGAACACUUAAAUUUAGGUGUUCAAACUAAGCCAUGGUUUGGCUUAGUUGAUUUGCAAUGCAUCUUAUUAGAUGACUCAGCACAUAUUUAGCAAGGCCCUGUGAUUGUUUCUGCUCUGAUCCAGAAGCUUUGGCAGAUACUCACUUCAGAAAUCCAGAUUGUCCAGACAUUUCCUUAGCAGAACCCUGCAGUUCUGUUUAUAUGUUGCUUGCUGUAAUUUUACUUCUAUAGUGCCUGUGGUGUCUUUCUAAAGCCUUUCACAUAUUCUUAUUUCUCAAUAGUUAUAGCAGCAGAUCAUCAAAGGUUAAACAACUUGACUGCACUGUUAGCUUUUUUUUUUUUUUUAAGGAUCCAGUUAUGUUCCAGAUUAAAAUUGUAAUGUGAAUUCAUGGAGUGAAAGCAGUAUGUACUUUUAAUUGAAAGAACAUUCUCUCUAUAGCUGUGGAAUGGAGGCUGUGCGAUAUGUUUGGUUAAUUGGUUACACUUUGCUCUCCUGAGUAUUUAGAUCAAGGCAGAGUGAGAUUAAACAGAUCUUGCUUCUUUACGUAGGCUGCAUUGGUUUACAGAUUUUUAAUUAUUUUACUGUAUUGACUUUCUUGUGAUUAUUGCUGCUUAUCUGCAAAUCCUCGAGCCAUACUUCUAUUUCAGUAAAUUUACUUCCUGAAAUUAAUCACAAGAUCUAUAGGGAUGUGGUUAUCUUGCUUUUCAGAUAGGCCUCUACAUUCUGAUCACAUUAGCAAAAUCUAGACAGGUCUGGGGAGCCUUUGGGCUCUCAGCUGUUGUUGAACUGUGACUCCAUCAGCCCCAGAAAGAAUGACCAAUGCCAGUAUGCAGCCUUGCUUAAUUCCCUUCUCAGUUUUAAUUGCUCUAGUAAGAUGACCCCUGGGGAGAAUAUCUUACUUUAAGAGAAGUCCCUUUGUGUAACGUUCAUAUUAGAUAGGGUAACUGUCUGUUGAUCAAAGAUGUACAGUGGUGCCUCGCAAGACAAAAUUAAUUCGUUCCACGAGUUUUUUCGUCUAGCGAAUUUUUCGUCUUGCGAAGCACGAAAUCCCAUAGGAAUGCAUUGAAAUUCAAUUAAUGCGUUCCUAUGGUCAAAAAAAGUCCAAACAAAGCCAAAUUUGGUACAACAAGAGUUUAUUAAGUGCUCUUUAAAGUCACACGUACUGUAAAGAGCAUUUCAAAAAUUGAAGGAACAAUGAAUUAAGUUUCUAAACAUGACAGAAAAACAUUUAAAAAUCAACAAAGUGUACAGUACAUUUUCUAAGACUCUGGGGGACAACUCGAAGAAGGUUCCUCUUCCACUCUUUGCUGCUUGCUGAAGAACCUGUCCAUGGUCUGCUGCUUCAUCCGCCUUUUCAGCACCUCCCUGAAAGGCGACAUGACCCUCAUAUCAAAAGUGUUCACAAGGUCAUGUGCCACGUGCUUGUCAGGGUGGUGCCGCUGUGCAAAAGCCUGCACAUCCUUCCACUUCAGGCGAAUGUCCCUCAGUUCUUUGGAGGACAGCCGUUCCUCAGUUGCUUCCUCUUCUUCCAGCGAGGCCUGCUCCUGCGCAGCUUCUGCCUGCAGUUCGACCAGCUCCUGGGUGGUCAGCUCGUGGUCAUGCUCCUCCACCAGCUCGCUGAUGUCCUCCUCUGUGACCUCCAGGCCCAUGGUCCUCCCCAAGGCAACAAUGUCCUGCACCACUGUUGACUCUGGUGCAUCAGAGUCACUUGGUGACACACAGUCCGGCCACAGGCUGCGCCAAGCGCAAUUCAAAUUUCUCUGGCUGAUCCCGUUCCAGGCCGUGGUGAUCAUCUUCAAGCAGGUGACGAUGUCGAAGUGGUCCUUCCAGAAUUCCCGCAGGGUGAUGGUGGUGCAAUCAGUCACCUCGAAGCAUCGCCCGAAAAGCUCCUUGGUGUAGAGUUUUUUGAAAUUGGCAAUGACCUGCUGAUCCAUCGGCUGGAGCAGUGGCGUGGUGUUUAGGCGGCAGGAACAUGACGCUGAUGAAGCUGAACUCCUCCAACAAGUCCAACUCAAGGCCUUUAGGAUGAGCAGGAGCAUUGUCCAUCAGAAGCAAAGCCUUCAGCGGCAGGUCGUUGUCCAGCAGGUACUGUUUGACAGCAGGGCCAAAAGCAAGAUUGACCCAGUCCACAAACAGCACACGUGUGACCCAAGCCUUACUGUUGGAUCGCCACAUGACACUCAGCUGCUCCUUGUCGACCUUGUGUUUCUUGAAGGCCCGUGGGUUCUCCGAGUGGUACACCAGCAGGGGCUUGAUCUUCAGGUCGCCGCUUGCGUUGGCACAGAAGAGCAGGGUCAGAUGGUCCUUCAUGGGCUUGUGGCCAGGCAACCUGGCCGCCUCCUGUGUGAUGAAAGUCCUUUUGGGCAUCCUCUUCCAAAACAGCCCGGUCUCGUCACAGUUGAAGACCUGCUGUGGAACGUAGCCCUCCGUCUUCACAGCCUCCAGGAACUCCGCUGCAAAGUCUUCAGCCGCAGAAACAUCAGAACUGGCAGCCUCUCCAUGCCUGACCACGCUGUGGAUUCCAGAUCUUGCCUUGAACCGGUCAAACCAACCUCUGCUUGCCUUGAAGACUUCUGGCUCGCCUGAGGUUCCUGGCUGUUCCCGGAUGAGGUCUGCGUGCAAGGCCUUGGCCUUCUCACAAAUGACGGCCUCAGUCACUGUGUCCCCUGCACGCUGCUUCUCUUCUAACCAGAUGAGUAGCAACUUCUCGACCUCCUCCAGAACAGCUGGGCGGUUCUUCACGAUCCUGGUGACUCCCUUGGCUGCAUCAGUCGCAAGGAUCUUCUCCCUCAUCUUCAGGAUGGUCCCGAUGGUCGAUGGAUUCCUCCCGUACUCCCUGGCGAGGUCUGUCACACGCAUUCCACCGUCGUGCUUCCGGAUGAUCUCCUUCUUCAUUUCCAGCGUCACCUUCUCCUUCUUCCUCUCGCCGGCCUCUGCAGCAGCAGUCUUCUUGGGUCCCAUGGCAGCACAGCUCCUACCUUCGCAAACUCAGAAAAAAAAAGAAUCAGUGCUUCACAUCCAAAAAAUUCAAAAGCACCCAGCCACCCACCACACAGAAAUUCAAACCCAGAACCAAGUCCUUGAAUUCCAAACACCCAACCCAAAAUCCAAAAACCCCCCAAAAAGUUUUAAAAGUUUAACUUACCAAAUGGCUGCAAAAGAAGUUUUGGAAAAGCUUUAAAAAUCACCAAAGUCUUCAAAAACCUCAACUGUUCCCCCAGCCACCCACCCACCACACAGAAAUUGCAAACCCCUCCCCAACUGUUCCCCCAGCCAGCCACCACACAGAAAUUCAAACCCAGAAUUUUUUUUUUAAAAAAAACAACAUGGCCCAAUGGUCACAGAAAAUCAUAAAAAUUCAAAAAAAACCACACAAGCUCCCAGAUUCUUGCAAACCCCUCCCCAACACCAAGUCCUUGAAUUCCAAACACCCCAACCCAAAAUCCAAAAACCCAAAAAAAAGUUUUAAAAAUUUAACUUACCAGAUGGCUGCAAAAGAAGUUUUGGAAAAGCUUCAAAAAUCGCCAAAGUCUUCAAAAACCUCAAAAAAGGCUACCACACAGCGUUCUAUGAGUUGCUCCUCGAAGUCAAGUCGCAACUGUAUUAACGGUGUUAAGAAAAAGGAAACAAACUUGCAAGACGUUUUCGUCUUGCGAAGCAAGCCCAUAGGGAAAUUCGUCUUGCGAAGCAGCUUUCGUCUUUCGUCUAGCGAGUUUUUCGUCUUGCGAGGCAUUUAUCUUGCGGGGCAUCACUGUAUCCAGUUUUUCCCACAAGGUGGGUCAGGAUAUAGAGUCAAAGGCUGCUCUAAAGUCCAUAAAGGCAGCAUAUAGAGAGGUUGUAUCACUAGAGCAGCCUUUCUCAACCUGUGGGUCCCCAGAUGUUAUUGAACUACAACUCCCAUCACCCCUAGCUAGCAAGGCCAGAGCUCAGGGAUGAUGGGAGUUGUAGUCCAAUAACAUCUGGGGACCCACAGGUUGAGAACCACUGCACUAGAGGAAUAUUUUCUAAUCAAAUGAUAUAAUAUGAAACACUGAUCGAUAAUAGAUCACUUUUUCCUAAAACCAGCUUUUUUGUCUGCUAUAAUGUUCUCUUGCUCCAGCCAGUCCAAGAGUUUCCUAUGUAAGUGUCUUGCAUAGAACUUACUAAUGGUAUUAUGUAGACAAAUUGGUCUGUAGUUUGCCAGAUCGUUCUUUGACCUUUUUUUGAAAAUGGGAACUAUAACUGCCAAUCUUCAAUCGAAGGGAGCUUGUCCAUAUCGAUUGAUGCAAAUAAAGAGAGAGGCCAGAAUAGGAGCCCAGAAGCCCAAAUUGUUUUUAAUAACUUGUGGUGGGAUUAAAUUCUGCUCUGGGGACUUCCCUGAUUUUAGUUGGGCUACAAGACUAUAAAUUUCAGACACAGAUACAGGCUGCCAUAUUGGGAGAUGGUCCUUAAGAUGGCCAGGAUCUUCUUUUCCAGAAAUAGUAUCUGAAUAUAAGUUUAAAAAAUACAUUUCCCAAUUAGUUGAAGUAAUAAGACAUUCUAACCGCUUUGAGCUUUUAAAUUUUGUAAUUGGUAUUUUUAUCUUGAUACUGGUCAUUGGCCAUAAUAAAACGACUUGAUCUGACUUGACUUGGCAUGGUCAUUGGCCAGGAAUGAUGGGAGUUGUACUUUGGCGACAUCUGGAGAGCCAAAGAUUUCCCAUAUGUAUGUAUAUUUGAUACAGUUUUUUAGCUGUGUGCAGCCUCUGAACUUGGUGAAACUUGUUUUCAUAUGUGUGAGUCGAGUUGGGGGGUGGGGUAGGAAAACCCAUUACACCAACUUGUAAACAACAUACAGUGCUCUUUCUCGAAACUCAUUGUCCAACUAAGUAUCUAGAAAUCAAAACCAAACGUUUAACCCAAAGUAGCUUUCAUAACUAAAAAUGUUAACAAGUUUCUUUCACAAGUUUGGAAUGUUGUCACUGUGAAACAAAUCUGCUUUUGCUCUGCAGCUAUUUCUGUUCUUGCCAAAAAAGUAACAUCAUGCAUACUUUAUUGCAAGAUGCUGCUGUGUGGGUCCCAUCUGUGAAUUUGUAGAGAGCUUGUUCCUCAGCUGCUACCUAGUAGACUCCUAAGAUUCUGAUGUCCAGACCAUUUUAUAUUAUAGUUCUUUUGGGAAAUAGCUUUCUGUAUGCAACUGGUCAUACAUGUGAAGGAGUGGGAUGCAUUAAAGUGAAGGCAGUAACUUUUAUUUCAACAAGAAAGUAUUUGCAAGUUGUGUAUUCAGAUAAGCACAUCUUUUAUAUGGUGAUAUGGGCCUCCAUCCAAAAGUGUUCACACAUAGUUAUGUACUCACUUAAUCCGCAAGGAUAUUCCUGUCUCCACCCAUCAGUCAGCUGGCAAACUAUGUCAGUUCUGACUUCACUGAUUACAUAGAGAACAGAAGGAAGAAGAGCUUAGAUUUCGCCCCUGCCCAGACUGAUGAUCAGCGUUUUGAGCUCUGGCUGCACUUACCAGCAGUGCAAGAGGUGUAGGUGUCAGGAUGCUGUCAGUGGCUGCUGGCUGCUUGCUCAGGAAAGUAUAAAGACAAGGAAAAGAUUCAUACAGUCCUUUUUUUAUUUCAAACUUUACAGAGAGAGGCUGUAGAACCCAGCCUCUUGGAUAAUGGCAGUGUCCUGAGUGAACCUCCUCCCCCCCUCUCUCCCACUUCCUCAUUCAUUGUCAUCAUCAUAAUCAUCUCUACGGGUGCUGCUACAUGCCUUCUGUCUUUGAGUUCUCUGCUCUCCUAUUUUUAAGGCUUGCCAGGUUCUGGGAGAUGGAGGGUCUGGAAUGCUUUCUAAUGACACCAUGUCAGCUGGGUGUAUUUUGGCUCUCCCAUGAUUUCCCAACUUUUCCCUUCAUCUGCCUCUGAGCUAUGACCUCCUUCAAACCCUUGUUGUAAAUCUAUACUGUCUUCCUCCUCCUCCUCCCUGGAAGGGUCAGGAUGGGGAGGCGGCCUCCACUAUUACUCCUCCUCUGCCCAGUCCCUGACAGUAGGAGUACUGGGUGUGCUGUCCCCAGCUUACCAACUAUACCAUGUUCUUGUUUGGAAACUGUGUGUGUGUGUGUGUGCAUGUAUUCUUGAUAGAAAAAUAAUUCGUGCUCAAAAGCCAGUUGUCUGGGAUCUCUUCUGACACACCCACAUACCCACAAAGAUGAACAUGAGAGACACUCAGAGGUCAUAGCAACAUCAGCUGCCAGGUUUUGGCUUUGUUGCAAAGGUGCAACAAACGUGACUCCUAAGCUAACAAGGCCAUGUUGUCUUACUUAAUUGGGCGUAGGGGGAGAACUCCCUCACCAUACCUGAGCUGAAUCUAACAGGGGGAAGAAGCAAUGUGACACUAAAAAUUUUCUGGGCCAUGGGAGUGGUGCUGAAGAGAGAUGUAAGGAAUGAUGUGUCAAGGCCCUUCUCGCGCACACCCCUCCCAUUGCAACCAGCCACAUACAUACAGCAGUUUCCAUGUACAAUUUAGUGAAUCAGAAUAGCAUCAGACAGAUAGAACUCUUAGCAGCGUAACAGAAAGUUUAAUCGAAUCUAGACAGUGUAUAUCAUGUGUUCGGGUAACACAAAUUCUGUGCCAAUCAUGGCUGAAUUCCUCAUCCUGUUUAGAUGGUGCAUGUUAAGCAAAUUUGCACACCCUUAACAUAAUGCAGCAUGCUGAUUCUGUUCUGUUUUUUCUAUUUAUUCUACUCUUACCAGUCAUAGUAAAGUGUUAUAAAGGGAACUGGAGCUUUGCUUCCAGCUUAAUCGUUCUCAGCAACCCUUCUGCCCUUUCUGAUUAUCACCAGGUUUGUUCAUUUGUCUUUUUAAAGAAAGCUGUGUCUUUUGGGAUAAAAACUGAAUUCUGUGCCUGACAAGGAGAGAUACAUAUAUUACCCAACUUUAUAUCUGCCUUCUGUGCCUGAUAGUUUCUAUAGAUUUGUUGGACACCUAGGCCAUAUUCACACCAUACAUUUAAAGCAGUAUGAUAAUAUUUAAACAGUCAUGGCUUCUCCCAAAGAAUCCUGGGAGCUGUAGUUUCGUAAAGGUUCAGAGAAUUGUUAUGAGCCCCCUAUUACCCUUCCAGAGCUACAAUUCCAAGAAUUUCCUGUGAACAGAGAUUGAUUGUUAAACCAAACUUGAAUUAUUCUUUUAUCAGCUUCUGAAGGCUGUACGUAUUAGUGACAGUAUAUACUGUGAAGUUGGUCAAACUGCAGUUAUGUCCCUUUGUUUCUUUCCUUUUUUUAAAAAAAGGAAAAAAAACGAAAACUUCAAAAAUAGCAAUAUUUGGCCUGCUGUUCCGAAUUAGUUAAGGAGUCUUUUUGUGAUGACACUUGAUAGGCCGUGACUCUGUUUUUUUACGUAAACAAACAUGUAAUGGAAGUUAACGAAAAGGAAGGGUUAGUUUGCCAGAUCUGUGUAAUGACUAGCAGUGGUAUAAUCUGCUGUCUGUUGCCUUCUGUUCAGUUCUAGAAGCAGUAUAGAAUUUCUGCAUUCUAAUUGGGUCAAAAAUAAGUUACCACUCAUGCAUGUAGCCAACACAGCCACGUUUGCAAAUACAAUCUGUAACCCAGCCUGCAAAUAUUGAAAACAUUGAUGACUAAAUCAAUACCCCAGAGGAAAUAAAGCACAUUAUGCUAUCAAAGGAAAUACUGGACCACUUUCAGAAAGAUGCCCCCCAAAAAGUAUAUUUAAUGCUGACAGCUCUGGUUAGGGUCCUUUGCAGUGACAACUUUUGGAACAUUUUUAAAAUAGUUGCUUCCUUCUCCAUACCAGUAAUUGUCCAGUACUAACAAAGGAAAGAGUACCUUUUAAUCAUGUGCAGAGUUCUGUGGUUUUCCUACUCUGAAACGUCAGCUGUUCUCUGCACCAUGGGUGUGGUACCUCUAGUUUUCCAGAUGUUGCUUGCCUCCAGCUCUCAUGAACCCUGGCCAUUGCCCAUCCAGCUGGGGCUGAUGGGAGUUAGGGUCCAACAGCAUCUGGAGGGUGAGACGUUCCGGUCUCCACAAUAAUGAUAAGGGUAAUGGCUUCCAUUUGUGGAAAUGACUUCCAGCAUUGAGCCCUGUGCUCUCUCAGCUAGAGAUUUAAUCCACCCUUAUGCCAUAAAUCCUAAAUCAAGUACCUUAAGAACAAAUAACCUCUAUUGCCCAAAACAACAACAACAAAUCCAUUAACUCUUUUAAAACAUUUAGUGAACAACUUCUGAAGCAUUUAGUUUCAAUCUCCCUGAAUCCUACUCUGGCCUUAUUAUGAACCAGAGAUCAUGGUUUAAAACAAAUUCUGGCUGAUUUGAAAACAAGUCAACUUCAACCCAUGGGUUAUGAAGCUGGUUUGUUCAACCAGAAGUUGUUUACAGAUCUCUGGUUUGUAAGUGAGGACAAACUAAGAUGCAUGGAAAGUGAAACUAAAUGCAGCAGAUGUCCAGGUCCUUCUGGCCAUGUAGGAGAAGGAGUGUUCAGUGUGACAUACAUGAGCCUAAACUAGAUAUUGUUCAGACAGCACAAAACAUGUUAGUAUUAUACGUGAGAACACAGUCAUUGUUACUUACCUCUCCUAACAAAAAUAGCAUAUUGAGGAGGGUUGUGCCUGAAGCAAACAUUUGGUUUGUGCAGUUCCUGGUAUGGGCUCAUUUUUGUGGUUCAUAAAAGGUUAGUUUCCAAAGCAGUUAUCUUCUAAUUAUGUUAUUCUUCUUCUGAUUCUCUUGCUUAUGGCUUUUAAUACUAGCUAGGGUUAUUGCUACAUGCCUCUUGAGGGCAUAUCUUCCAAAUCCCAUAACGUGGAUUAGUAUUCUCUUAACAUGUUGUUCCUUUUCACUGUUUCAUGUGAUGACAGGUUCUACUUCCAAAUCAGGUUUGAGGAGUGUUCUACAUUUUGUGUAAACUAACCGGAAAGAUUCUGUAGGCAGACAUCUGCUUUAAAGAAACAUUAUACUUUGAAUUGGGAAGAGAGAGAGAGAGAGAGAGAGAGAGAGAGAGAGAGUGAGUGUGUGUUAAUAAGUCAACCGCCUGCAGUUCUCCUUUCUCUCUUCUCCCCAUCUUCAGUAUUUGUAUAGAAGAUUAUCAUGAAAUUGGGUUUCUGAAUAGGAAGGACAAAACAGAUGCCAGGGAGAGGGAGAAACACAAGUAUCUGUCAUUGGCAACAAAGCUAGCCGAAUAUUAAGGGACAAGGAAUGAUGGCCUGUGAACACUACCGUAAUUGAAUAGUGCUGAUAAUGGCAAGUAGUCUGUGCCGCAGUUGUAUAUAUUCAACUUGGCAGGUGCAAACACAUGUACAAGUUGUUCCAAUAGCCAUGCACACACAUUUUGUGUUGUAAAUACCUGUAAGCAGUGAAUUAAGACAAAAAAAGAUGAGUGGAGCUUUUGCUAAAUAUAUACACAAAUCUCAGUGGAACUUAAUGUAAUGGUGUAUAGGAUUUUAAUGCUGACUGGUGGGACUUGCACCAGUUUGAGGAAGUCUGAAUGAGAACUCUGAUCCUCAUCUAUACGUAUGCAAGCUGAAAGCAUCUGCCACCCCACCAUCAUUAUUGCUUGUUUCUGUUGUUUCUAUUUAUUUCUAUAUCUUUUGGCCACAAAAGGCCCCCAAGGCAGCUCACAAAGGUAACACAUAAAUACAAAAUUCAAGUAAUAAAAACCCCACAGCAGCUUACAAAAAAAAUUAAUACUUCAAAAUGUUAUAGUUAAGAAACAAUGACUAAAAGCCGAAUUCAUUCAUAUUCCUGACGAAAGGCAAAGGGCAGCCCCCUCCCCCAAAGAAAAAGAUGUUGAGAGGGAGCAGGAAUAAAUCCUUAGGGAGCAGCUCCUUCUUAUAAGGAUCUCUAGCCAAUGGGUUGAGGUGGGACAGUUGGAAAACUUUGACCCUUGAUGGUCUAGCACGUUCUCCCCACUGCAGCUCAUCAUCUUGAGAACUCAAAAACAGAAACCUAGCAGAACCUUUCUGCCUCUUCAACGGAGAUCCUUCUCCAGUUUGGUGUCUUUGCCUCCCAGCUCCUUUUCAUCCUUGCCUUAUGCUCAGUAGUCCUUGUCCUGGUUUCCUAACAAUGGAAGUGGCUUCUUGGAAUUGAUGGCCACGGACUAGAAUUUGUGAACUGCGAUCAAAUUUACACUUCUUGCUACUCAUGCCAUCCUGUAAACCAGGCAUGGGGAAACUGUGGCCUUUGGGCCAAAUUAGACCUUGUAGGGGGUCCUGGUUCGGCCCAUGAUACUUUUUCCCCAAGUCACCUGCCGUACACCUGACAUCAUAGGAUGGGGCAGGUCAAAAUGUGACUGCAGAGGAACCACCAGGAAGCUUGAAGUCCACUCCCAAUUGUGCCUUGGCAAGCAGGGCUGGCUGCCAAGAACCACUGGGAUCAGCUGCCCUGUCACAACGGCUCAUGGGGGGAGCUCAGGCUCUGCCUGCCUGCUAGAUCCUCUUCCCACCCCUGCUGUAAGCAAAACACAACCUAAGAGCAUUAGUCUGAUCCAGCAGCGCUCUUCUAAAGUCUCAUCUAGUCCAGCAGUCUAUUCUCACAGGGGCUGACCAGAUGCUUAUGGGAAGCUCACAAGUAGGAUGAGUGCAAUAGCACCUUCUCCCUCAUGAGCCCCAACAUCUAGGAUUCAGAGGCAUACAAUCUUGCAUCCUCUUUGCUAAUUGCAGAUUCCUGUGCCUCUAUUUUAUGCAUGAUUUAGAAGAACGUGUCAUACAAAAUCAAUGGAACCUAAAUCCAAUGGAUGUGUCAAAGAACGUAGAGUUGGAAGGGACCACCGAGGGUCAUCUAGUCCAGCCCCCUGCAGUGAAGGAAUCUCAACAUGUGGUUCCCCAUCCAGUUUGCCCUUAUCUGUUAAUGAUGCUGAUUUAACUAGAAAACCUUCUUAAAAGAUUUGCCCAGUGGAUGAAAAUAACUCUGCAUUUUGCAUGUAUUCAGUACCAAGAUAAGAUAUGGAUUUUAUGCAUGCACAAUAUUUCAGCAGCAGAUUGUAAGCCCGGUUACUUUGUCUUCUGUGAACAAAUGUUUACCAUUUCAGUGACUUGCAUUGUGAUUAAUAUGCUGUGUUUUCUUGUUCUUGUUUCAGGUGCAGCUUACUGCCAGUUCAUGGAUAUGUUGUUCCCAGGCUGUAUUAGCUUGAAGAAAGUAAAAUUUCAAGCAAAGCUGGAACAUGAAUAUAUUCAUAACUUCAAACUUCUACAAGCAUCAUUUAAACGAAUGAAUGUGGAUAAGGUAACUAUAGAACAUGUUAUGACAUAGUUUUGAUAGGAUAACUUAUAGUCAUAUUUCAGAGAUGUGUUUUCUGGCUCACUAUAUUUCUCAAUUUUUAUUUCAUUGAUUUAUUCGAACAAUUUUUAUCCAGCCCUUCAAAACAUAUGCUCUCUCUGUCUAGCAAAUCUCAAAAGAAGAAGUAGUAGUAGCAGCAGAAGCAGAAGUAAUAAAGUAAUAUUACUCUGAGGAUGUCUUAAGAUGAGGCUGCCGUCUAACUCAGCAAAACAGAAUAAGAUAUAUGGCACUGGAUAUUGUUUGUUAGACAAUGUAUGGUUUUAAAAUCCUUAAAUGAAUUGGCACUGAAACACCUCAGUUAUCACUUUAAAUCACUGGUGUGUCUUGCUUUGUUUUGUGCAGGUUAUUCCAGUGGAGAAAUUAGUGAAGGGACGCUUCCAAGACAACUUGGAUUUCAUACAGUGGUUUAAGAAAUUCUUUGAUGCUAACUAUGAUGGGAAAGAAUAUGAUCCAGUGGAGGCCCGGCAAGGCCAAGAUGCUAUUCCACCGCCUGAUCCUGGUGAACAGAUCUUUAAUUUGCCAAAAAAAUCUCAUCAUGCAAACUCUCCUACAGCAGGUAUUACCAUUGUUGAACUUCUGGUUUUUUCUGCAGGUGGAUUUUGUUAACGGUACAAUAAUACAAUUGUUUUAAUACAGAGUAUAAUUUGAGGGGUAGCUUGAGUUGUAAAGAGGGGACUCUUUUGCACUUCACGUCAUCCAUGGGCACUGUGUCAUAAAUAUUUUGAAACUGAAGGGGGGGUAUGAUGCCCCAUAGUGAUAUAUGAAAUUCCAGUUAUGAUGGUGUAUAAAGGGACUGAUAGUAUUUUAUUUUAGGUAAGCAUAGUAAAUCCAGCCUCGUAGUGCUGUUCUUUGGGAUACUUCAUUUUUAGCUUUUCUCUUGCCUAGACAUGCCCCUAAACCACACACCUGUGCAGUAUCCAUAUGAUAUUGUUGGCAUCAAAUUAUGAGCCCUUAUCUCCCACCACACACACCUUUAAUCUGAAAUGUUUCUUUUUUAAAAAAAAAACCACCCCUAUUUCCAUUGGUAGAAAGCACCUUGCUGAUCAGUUAGCACUAUAGUAGUGUGCCUAUUUUAUUUUCUCAUUAAUUGCUUGCAAUUUAUUUUGUAAAAAGGACAGAAUAUCCGCUAUGAAGCUCCCAAGUGAAGGAUUUUAAAUGCUAAUAUGCUUUAAAUGAUAUAAAUCUUUUGGCCUUUCUUUUUCCGUUCCUUUUAAAAAGCUGUGCUAUGAUUCACUAGAGUACUAAAUCGUAGGUAAUAAAUCCCUUGGAGUCCUUUUGUACUUAAAGGAGAGCAAAUUCCUAGCUAGCGUUCCUGCUGAUAGGCAUAGGAGGUAUUAAGAAAUAGGACGAGUGGCUCCUCUUAUUUCUUAUUCACGUUUAUCCUUACAGGAAACUGCUAGCAUAAUCUAGUUUUAUGGUGAUUGGAAAGCUUCCACAUCCUAAGUGCUGGCUCAGUAAUAGAAAAUAUAUCAAUAUAUGUUUAUUUAAAAUAUGUUUAGAUGAUCUACUGUAGAUAGAUAGAUAGAUAGAUAGAUAGAUGAUUGCUAAUUGGGAUGUGGGGAUUCCAUUUAGUGGUUAUUUUUUUGUCUCUUAUUUUAUUUGUAUUGGUGAUACAGUGGCAACAAUGGGUAAAACAGAAAAUUUUGUGAGUCCAAAGCAUUACUUUUAUACAGGUCAAAUGUGUCACUCAGGAACCACAGGCAGAACGUUGUUUUGGUUUGGUUAUGAUUUAAGUUAAUGAGCCACAUAUAUCAAUACCCGCUGAAAGGUGAAUGGGCAUGUCUUGAGGUAUCCCUCUAAUGAAUUGUUAGGGUACCUGUUUACCUUUCUGAAAUCAGGAAUGGACUGCCAAAGGGCUCAUUUCAUGCUGGUGAGGGGGAAUAGAAAAACCAGAAUAGGUGAAGUGAUGGAAUAACAAAGGAGGGAAGUCUUCCACUAGUGAGCAGUUCAGAUAUUUUACAGGAGCAACCUCUCCUUCCCCCCAGCAGCCUACUGGGUAAGAAGAUUGGGAAGGGGGAGAUACAGAGAAAGAGAUGGGGAGACAGAGAUGAAAGAGGGUGGCAGAAUUUAGGAGGGAUAAAAGGGGUAGUCCUACCAACCAGGGCCAUCUUAAGCAUAUCCGGCGCCAUGGUUCAAAGAUCCCUCCAGCGCCACGGCCCCCCGUUUCCCAGAGUUGUCAACCUUUCCCCAAGCCUCUGCGGGGAUCGCUCUCCUCCCGCGGAGGCUUGGGAAGGAAAUUGCACGCACGCCAGCCAUAUGGUUGACAGGGCACAGCUGGCGUGUGUGCAGGGAAAGGGGAGGCUGCCAGCAAAACCGCGCAGCUCCUGGGGCGCCCCUGAGAGGCCAGCGCCCUGGCGCAACGCGCCAGUAAGCCCAAUAGGAAAGACGGCUCUGCUACCAACCAUUGUCUUGGGCUCCUGUCCACCACUGACAUGCAGUCCCUGACUGGGUGGUGGUGAAGCAUUCCUCAUUUAUGCUGUAAUGAUCACUAAACUUUUCUGGAGAGUUCAGUCACCUGUUGUGCAGCAUAUAGAUCUUCCUUUGUGGAGACAUUCAUUUGAAUGCUGUCUGCAUAAUUUUAAAAAAAGAUUGGCUGGCUCUCUUGCUUUUAAGACCUUUAAUUGGGCCUGAUUGUAGAAGGCUAUUUGUAUUCUGAACAGAAAUAAAUAGGAGUGAUAACUACCUAUAAUGUACAUAUUGUAGACAGUCCUGAAACUGGAACAUUAUUAAGCCACUCGCUCCGCAUCACAAGACGAUGUAAAUGCAUUGGACUAAAUGGAGUGAUAGAGGGUGCCUCUGCAAUUUGCACCAGCUUUUCCCUUCCCAUUAUUCUCCCCCAUGCCAUAUUCCACAAUGUUCAAAAGAUACACCCACCAUUGGAAGCGGCUUUUCUGGGGCACUGGAUGUUCCAGUGUGAGGGAGAUAGGGGAAAGGCCUGCCUUCAUACUUCAUUGCACAGAAGCCUUCAUCCAAGCUCUGGUCAUGGAAAGGGCAAGAGUGUGGAAACAGAAGCUUGCACAUUCUUAUGAGAGUGGUGCUAUGCUGGACUCCCAACUCCCAGCAGGGAUGGCUUUCAUUGGGCACUUAAGCUUUUAAUAACACAAAGAGGAAAAACGAAAGGGGUUCCCCAGUUCUUCUGAGAGAGGGCCAGGCAAGGGCUGCGUAAUAAUAAUAAAAAAGCCUUCUUGGCAUUAAUAAGGCUUUGGGUUAUUGUACUCCUGUUAGUAACCACUAGAGGGCAUGCAAGGACAAGCAAUAGUAAAUAAAGCCUUCUUUUUUGACUGGGGAAGGGGAAGGGAGCUACUCCCCCUUGUCCUCUGCUCUUUCUCUCCCCAAGAGAGGGGCUCUCUUUGAACCUCCACAGCUUCCCAGUCUUUCUCUUUCUCUUGGUUCCCCUUCUGCUUUGAGCAGCUGCUAAAGGAUAUCUCUGCUACCAAGCAGGCUCAAACUGUUUCUGCUUUUGUGUAGCAAAACAGUGUGUCUAAACUGACCCUUUGGCCUCCAGCACAUCAUAGUCCUUCCUUUCUGUUCUAGCUGCAAGCGUUGGUUUGCUGAGAUGAGGGGUGUGUUGGCUUAAGGAAGGGGGCAGCUUGAUGCGAGGGAGACCACUAGUGUGGCUCGCAAGUUCUUGCAGUACUCCAUUGCUUUCCCCUUAGUUAAACUAAUUAGAACAGGGGUCAGCAAACUUUUUCAGUAGGGGGCUGGUCCACUGUUCCUCAGACCUGGGGGGGGGGGCAGACUAUAUUCUGAAAGGGGAAAAAUGAAUGAAUUCCUAUGCCCCACAAAUAACCCAGAGAUGCAUUUUAAAUAAAAGGACACAUUCUACUCAUGUAAAAACACACUGAUUCCUGGACCAUCCAUGGGCCGGAUUGAGAAGGCGAUGGGGCCACAUCCGGCCCCCCGGGCCUUAGGUUGCCUACCCCUGAAUUUGAAGUUAUGACUAAUCAUUUGGUAACCAUGUAAUCAAGUGGGUACUAGAACACCACCAGGCGGUUGUUAUUGUGCUGCAGUCACUUGAAGAGGCAGAAAAAUGCCAUCCUUGCCAUUAUUUAGUUGUUAACAGCUUUAGAGCAACCUCCGAGAGAGGUGUGCCUGGCUCAAUAGCAGUCCCAUUCAGUGGGGUGGAGCCUUCUUCCUGACAGGGGUGUUGCUGCAUCUUACCUGGAUAGGGCAGGGCAGAACAGUGGUGAGGUUGGUGCUGCACAAGUGCACCAACAAAGCCGAUCAGGUGCUCUGGUUGGUGUGUCGUCGUCGUUCCCCCCGUAUGUUGGGAGGGUGAGCCACCUCCACCACACAAGCCCAUCCUGGCCUGGUCCCUUUGAUGCUUUCUUUUCAAAGACAGUUUUAUCCCGGAGAGCCUUUGUGGAAUACUGCUCUUAACUAGGGCUUGGUGGCUGCUGCAACAGCAGCUCCUCCUCCUCAAAAGAUUUGAUCUAAGCUUUUGGGUUUUUUAAAAAGUCCGCUUGUGUUCUGUGGCUUUCUGGACUGGGAGUUAUAAUAUGUGUUCUGCUUUAAUAAUUAUGAGUUGAAGUGUUGCAUGAUUAUCUUCCAAGCGGUACUGGUUGGGAAUAUUUACAUCCCCGGGGACGUCUGAUAAUUCUCUUGCAUAUAUGCACAAUGCACACACAAUAUAAGCUGAUUUGGCUGUGACCUUUCGCUCAGCAUGAUAGCGGUGUUAGUAAAGGCAAAUCCCACUUGAGUAAGGAAUAAAGAGUGCCCAUUUUAAUCAAGGGUAACACCAGGGUUGCAUGUGACAAACUAUACAUACUUUGAAAAACAAACCUGAGGGAGUUCCAGUUCUUUAAUAUUGUUAUCAGCACAAGUAGUGAGGUGUUAAAGCAAUCAUGAUGUACAAAUGUUAAUCUCAUAGUUGCUUCUGAUAGGAAAUUUGUAAAGUGGUAUGGCUCAGUAAUAAAAGAUGCAUUUCAGAGCAUGCUUCCCUGGCUUUUACUCAAAUCUCAGUCUUUUUAUUCUUACUAUGGCCAUUUAUUUUAAAGAGAUAAGGUGUUUUUGAAACAUACAUGGGCCACUUGUAAUUGAGGCAGAAAUAUGUUAUGGCAAAAUAAGGGGGAGACCCUCAAACUUUACUUUGAAAAGCAUUACUGUAUGUGUAUUUAACAAACUUCGCUUUAGCUUCCCAAUAAAAUAGAACUGUGAGACUAAACAUGAGAAAUACGAACUUCACCCACUUAAAUGAAUGAAGAAUGGCAGAAAAUCUCUUGUGCCUUAAGAGGGCAACUGUUCUAGCAAGUCAUUGCAGGUCAGGGAUAAUGCAGCUUGGAAAUUGUAGCAUAAAUAGUUCCUUAGGACUAAUCUCUUGACCACCCUGAUGUUGUCUUGCCUCUUACUUGGAAAGUAGAGUUGACUUGGUGACCUGUGGAUGCUACUGGAUAAUGUUAUUGCUCUCCAGAUUGCCUGUACUAUUGUGAGUUUGGACAAAAUGGUAAAGCAAGAAAUUAUUUAAUACACUACAAAACAUUCCUAAAGCUUCCCCACCCCACUCCACCCCACUCCACCCCACCCCCACCCAAGAAAAGAAUUAAAGCUACAAACAGGAUCUGGCUGUAUGGAGUUGUAUAACAAAAAAUCAUGAUGCAUAUAUGUGAACACCCAUACAGGUGAAACUCAAAAAAUUAGAAUAUUGUGGAAAAGUUCAUUUAUUUCAGUAAUUCAACUUAAAAGGUGAAACUAAUAUAUGAGAUAGACUCAUGACUUGUUUUGCUGAUUUCAUUUAAUAUUCUAAUUUUCUGAGAUUGUUAAUUUGGGGUUUUCAUCAGCUGUACGCCGUAAACAUCACAAUUAUAACAAAUAAAGGCUUGACAUAUCUCGCAUAUUAGUUUCACCUUUUAAGUUGAAUUACUGAAAUAAAUGAACUUUUCCACAAUAUUCUAAUUUUUUGAGUUUCACCUGUAAUUAAAAAUGCAACAUGCAACAGUACACCACUUAGAAAUGAGUGUAUAUUAUUAUUAUUAUUAUACCCCGUCCAUUUGGCUGGGUUUCCCCAGCCACUCUGGGCGGCACACAGCAUAUAUCGAAACAUACUAAAACGUCCUGAUACAGGGCUGCCUCGGAUUUCUUCUAAAAGUCAGAUAGUUAUUUAUUUCCUUGACAUCUGAAGGGAGGGUGUUCCACAGGGAGGGCAUCACUACCGAGAAGGCCCUCUGCCUGUAGUUAAGCUGUUUAUAAAUGGUUCAAACAAAUAAAUCUGUUUCGGGCCACAAAAAUAAUAAGGAUGCCCUCAGUUUGCUUUGAACGGCAUAGGGAAUUAUAUGGCUCAAAUUAUUUCAUUGUAAGAACGUAAGUGAUGGAGCACACCAAAAGCUCCAUCGUCGAGCAUUCUGUUUCCUACAGUCGCCACCUAGAUGCCUGUGGAAAGUGCUCAGGCAGGGCCUGAGGGCAAUAGACCCCUCCCACAGUUUCUUGCCACUGGUAUGGAGUCGCAGAGUGCCUCUGAAUCCUCAGCUUCCGUGUGGCCUUCCUGACUAGACUCCAGUAAUGACUUUGCCUUCCAAGAGUCUAAUCCUCUCUGAUGGGAGCUAGUGGACAUUACUGUAUCUUGUGGCAGCGAGUUCCAUCUGUUGCGGAAUUAUUUCCUUUUGUCUGUCUUCAUUCUCCCACUGAUCAUUUUCUUUUGAUGACCCUGAUGAUGGCAGAAGGAGAAAGGCAUCAUUUUAGAAACCUCUGUCAUGCAUCUCCUCUUAAAUUGCCUUUUCUAAAAAUAAAAAGCCCCCUAUGCAUAACUCUUUCCUUGUAGGGAAGUUGCUCCCAGCCCCCUGAUCAUUUGGUUGUCUCUUCAUUUUUAAGCUGGAGAUGCCAGGGAUUGAACCCAGACCUUCCACACGCAGAGCGUGGGCUCUACUACCAAUCCUGAUGAAAAUAUAAACAUCAAGCUUUUCAAAAGAGCCCAUGUCUUGCAUCAGCUUAGUGCCCUUGUAAAUAAGGUUAAACUGUUUUUGUUUCCCCCCUGAUAAUUUCCAUAAACUUUGCAGAGGUACAAGAUGAAAACUAUUGGAGAUUAAAAACUAUGGUUUUGUGAAAGUCAGGUAUACGUUUACACCAAGAAAUCCUAAUUCAGCACCAAAACAGCAGUAAAUUCAUGGCUAUAUAAAUACUGAACUAUGCAAAUUCUAUGCUGUUUUCUUGGGGGGGGGGUUUAAAGUUUUACAUAAGGAUUGCCCAGAGGUGUUUGAAGGCUAAAAAGGGGAAAGUGACUGAAUAUUAUUAAGUAGUCUUGCCAGAGCAACCUAUCUAAUUGCUGGAGCCUUUAACAGACCCCACUUUGAUUUGCAAAUGUAUCUAUCUAACUAUGGGAGGCUAGCAGCAUUCCUUUCAUAAGAAAAAAAAUGGUUUAUGUUCUAAAAGUGCAUGACAUCACAAACCAAGCAACAACAAAGCUCCUCCAAUGUACCAGCCCACAAGACCAGCUAAAUAUAAAACAUAACAAAGGAUUAUGAGUACAAUAUGGGUGGUUCCUCUGAGCGCCUAUGCAUAGACCAUUUUGUGUAAAUGUCUUGUUCAUGUACUCUUUGCUUGUAGGGAUGUCCUUCACUCUGCUAGUCAUCCCAGUUUUGUUUAUAACCAAUGUAGUUUAAGUUUGUCUCAUUCCAGCAUUUGCAUUUAUUUAUUGUUGUGGGGUGUUUGCACGCGGUCAGGAUUCCUGGUUGCAACUUUGUUUAUUUUUGUGUAGACAGAUCUAUUAAUAUUUAUUGGAGUGUAAUUUUAAAACAAUAGUUUUCAUCUGAAUACUUACGAUUCUGCUGUUAGAUAUGUGUGGAUAAGUCUGACUUCCCUCAGCAUUUGCACUUAUUUAACAAACUUAAGAAUUUGAGAAUCCCAUUUCUAUCCCAUUGUUAGUAUUCAAAUAAGUUAAGUAAGAGCAAACAUUCCUAGAUAUAUUUUAUAUUUUCCUGCUUGAAACAUUGACCCUUAGGCCAGUUGCUUUAAUGGCUAUCACCUCCUUUGGUUCCUUAAUUAGAUUUUACUAGAACUUUUCACAUUUCUUACUACAGUUCCCUUGCAGUGUGGCAUUCUUAAUGGAGUCAACAGUGUGUGUGUGUGUGUGUGUGUGUGUGUGUGUGUGUGUUUAGCCUGAAGUGACAUUUAUACACUCCUUCAUUAACAUCUAAGGAAAAGUGCUGAAUAUAUGGAGGGGAUAUUUUUUUUUUAAUGUACUAAUUGGGAAUACAUUAAUUAUAUAGUAGCUUUAGGACUCCAGCAUGGUAUUCAAUAACACACAACAAAACAGUUUAGCCAAAGAAAGAUCAUCAAGAUUCAGGAGAAAAUCUGGUCCUUUCUUUUGACAUAAUAUUGCAUAUGGUAUGCAAUUUAAAACUGUGUUAAUGGCAUGCUUAAUCCACAUAGCACUUACAGUGGACUGUACAGACCGCAGAUAACAAGCAAAGUUCAGGCAUUCAAGCUCUUGUGACUGUAAUUAUGCAAGGCAGAAGAGUGGGAUCACCCUGUAUGUUGCACUUCACAUUAAGCCCAACCAUGACUUAGCAUGAAUGUCUAAGCAUGAAUGCUCCUUGAGGUGAAAUAAUGGCUGCUGAUUUCCCCUGGUUCCCAUUCUGCUUUUGCACUGCCAUGAACUAAGCCAUGGUCUUUCUUGCUCUAGACAAACCAUGAGCUGUCAGCCCAAGAAGAAACCUAGAUUACAGCUCAUAGUUUGUCCUGGAGCAAGACAAACCAUUAGCCUGGGUUUGGAUAACAUGCUAAGCCCAAACCAUGGCUUAGUUCAGAGCAGCACAGCAACAGGAAGACAUGGUGAAGAGGCUCCACAGUAGCAGUGUCUUCUCUGGGAGCUCAUACAUUCACAUUAAGCCAUAGUUUGUCUUACCAUUAUGUGCAAAACAGCUUUUGCCAUUGGUUAAACUAAAGUAAUACUAAUUUUUAAAUUAGUGUUCUACUCAAAUUUUGGCAAAAGCCAUGCUUAAAUCAAUUAUUGGAAAUCUCUCCAAAUAAGAUAUAUAUAUCUGGGCAGUCUGAUCUAUAAAAGGUAUGAAGCCGUAGGAAUUCAGGCAACAUGAAUGAGUUCUAUUUGGGAUUUUUAUUAUUACUCUAAUAAUUUGUUUUUGCAGCAAGAAAAAUAGAUGCUGCAGGGGGAAAUCUCUUUAAUCCUAAUGAAAGUGAAGUAAUUAUGCUUUUAGGACAUGUAGUAAUAUAAUGACUGUGAGUUUUGUAAUAUGCUUGAAACUUGUUAUAUCCAGUUUAUGUAUCACUUUAGGGCAAAAAAUAAAUUGCUGCUUACGAAAAGAGUGUAGAACUGUUGGGAACAUCAUUUGUGAUGUGAACAAAAUUAUAAGGAAAGACUCGUGCAUCUGAAUGAGUCAAAAGUUAGAAGUGGCUAAUGAUCUGACAUACGGGUCAAAGAAUAUUUUGAGGAAAUUGUUUUAUUGACAGGCAUAAUGAGGAGGUAGGUGUUUGCCACAUGUGAAAAACAGACUGGUAAGAACUAACCUUGGGUACCAUUUAUUGUAAGUGAGAAAAGAGUUUAACCAUGAGACUUGGUUCAGAAAAUACAGUAAGCCAAAUGCUAACACAGGUUUGGCAUUUGUGCAAAAGAGCCCGUAUUACUAUUAUCAUUUAAAACCCACAUAAAUAGUAAAUACAGGCUCAUAUGGGGAAAUAUUUUUAUGAGGAUGACAUCUUGUGGAUACUGCAGAAAACUUGCAUGUGUGAACUGUGUUGAGCCCAUCACAGAGAUGGCCGAAAUUCUCUUUCUUUCUUUCUUUCAAAAAGGAAAUUCUAAGAUUAAAGAAAAGGUUUGUGUUUAAGAGGCACCCAAUGUAAAUGUACCAGGAAGGUUUUUGGGUUUUUUCCCUCAAUUGUUUUCAAUUGUGCAGCAUUGUGCUGGUCUGCUGAAUCAUAUGUACAUAUUCAAAACAUAAAUGAAGGAAUUACUUUGUUUUCUCAAAUAUAAAGUUAAAUAAACUGCAAGUUUGAUGGCUGCUAGAAAACAUACCACUUUGAACAAUUUGGGCAAUUCUGUCGAGUACAUUAAACAUUUUCCAAUUGAAAUGGUAAACAUUGAAUGAAAAUCAAUUCUGCAGUGAAGGCCACAAGUACCAUUUCCAAAACAUCUUAAUGUGUUUUUAUUUUCCCCAGGUGCUGCCAAAUCCAGUCCUGCUUCAAAACCGGGCUCUACACCGUCUCGUCCAUCAUCAGCAAAAAAGACACCACCAAGCAGCUCAGCAUCCAAAUCUGAUAAAGAUUUGGAGACACAAGUCAUACAGCUCAGCGAACAGGUAACGUGCUUAAGCCACCAAAUGGGAAGCUACCAUUUGCCUGAGUGUUUUAGUGACAUUUUCUAGGUUUCCAAACAAGGUGAUGACAGUGUGCCUUUCCUGAUAGCUUUGUGCUGCUAAAUGAGUUCUAAUAGCAUCAAACUUGGCAAGUGCAGCAACAUUGUCCAGCUCUAGCCCAGCUGUCACAGAAAAAUGCCUUAAUGAGAAAAGGGAAACAAUAUGUCUUGCUUCUUUCCUUCCUUACUCACAUUUAUGUCCAUGUUGACCCUCUAGAAGUUCAUAUUUCCUUGCCUGGAAUAUCAGUUGUGAAAAGAAAUACUUACAAGUGCAUAUAGCACUAGUUUAAACACUGUCUUAAAUGGUUCUUGAGGGUACAGGUGAUUAAUUGGGAGAUAGACACUUGUUUUUCAGAGUGUAAGAGAAUAAAUUCAAUUCUGUUUGUGUUUAUGGUAUGUAGGUAUGCAGUGUCCCUAACAAUUAUGCAGACUGACAAAUGCAGCAUAUCCAGUGUUAAGAACUGCUGUGUUUUUGCAGGUACAUUCAUUAAAACUUGCACUUGAAGGUGUGGAGAAGGAAAGGGAUUUCUAUUUUGGAAAGCUAAGGGAGAUCGAGCUUCUCUGUCAAGAACAUGGGCAGGAAAAUAAUGACCUUGUCCAGCGGCUAAUGGAAGUUCUGUAUGCUUCAGAAGAACACGUAAGUCCAAGGCAAUCACUUGCAUUUUUCAUUACAUGAGGAAUGUAGAAGAAGUGAGCCACUCAUGAGUCCACUGCCGCAUUUCCCUGUCCACUUUUUAUGUGCCUGCCUGCUAUCGCUGGGUAAGCCUUGUAUGGGGCGGGGAAGUACUCACGAGUCACUAGAUAUACUCUGGACUUAUACAUGUCAUCAGAGGGGUACCGUGUUCAUGGAAAUUGUUAACUGAGUGUGUUCAUAUCUGUGCAGUGCAGCAGUUUAUCCAUCCUUCAGCAAGCACAAGUAUAUUCAAGAAUAAUUAGCAGUAAAGUGACCAGGAAAAUACUGGAGAGGUGUCAACAUCUUGUGCUACUAUUACAGAGAUGACUCCUUUCCAGGAACAUUCUGGGUAUAUUCCAAACACUUUAACUGUAAGCUUCUGCUUUAUACCUUAAUUCCUUCAAUCUGCUGUGGAAGUGGAUUAAUUGAUUCCGAUGAUCCUUAAAACAGUAGCACAUCUAGUUAAAAAGACAGCUUCGUUUAGCUAUGUUAAGCAAGUAAAGCAGCAUUUUGCCGUGUCCCUCUUUCCGUGCAGUCUACCUCCUGCUCUUAACUGUGUGUGUGACCAUGUCUGGAGAUGAUAAGCAGAUUGCAUUCACAAGUCAUGAAAAUGUACAGGUGCAGUUUGAGACAGAGAAGUUCUCGAAGCCUCUUUUGGCUAGCGAGUAUAAUGUAAAUGUGAUUAACAGAUAGAUGGUUAGAUGUCUAGUACACAAAAGGGCACAGCACCCAUGUGUGAAGACUUUCUAUAGAUUCAGCAGAGCUCUGUGUUUCUGCCUCACCCAGCAAAUCUUCCUGCCUGUGUACAGGCCUCCAUUUGUCCUGUUGGUCUUCUGUGAGUUCCUUUCAUAUCCAUAACAGCUUGCGUUGAGUGGAAGCUGGAUGGAAGGGAAGAUCUGAUUGGGAUAAGAGAGCUGUGCCCAGACCACCCAUUUAUUCUAAGAGCCUUCUGCAUGUGUAUUGGCAGAGGAAUGGUGCAUCCAGUGCCAGACUUACCGUAUUUUUCGCUCUAUAACACGCACCAGACCAUAACACGCACGUAGUUUUUAGAGGAGGAAAACAAGAAAAAAAUAUUCUAAACGAAACAGUGGAUGUAUGAUUUUUGUGGUUCAUGCUGUGGCCACAGACAUGUGAUCUGACGGUGAGUUUGGGGUAGCCCAAUGCAAAAAUCCUGAGGAUCCAUGUGGAUCCAUGCUAAAGUCGCCCUAAAGUCGCAGGGGCGAGUGAACGGGAAGCAAGAGAAGGAGAACGAUGCCUCACACACAGAGAGAGACACACAGAGUAUCAAUCCUAAAGUCGCAGGGGCGCUGGAAGUCGCGGGGGUGCUGGGGGAGUGAACGGGAAGCAAGAGAAGGAGAACAAUCCCUCACACACACAGAGAGACACACAGAGUAUCAAUCCUAAAGUCGCAGGAGAGGCAGGGGCGCUGGGAGAGUGAACAGGAAGCAAGAGAAGGAGAACGAUCCCUCUCUCUCUCUCUCUCUCUCUCUCUCACACACACACACACACACACACACACAGAGUAUCAAUCCUAAAGUCGCAGGAGAGCGCAGGGGCGCUGGGAGGAAGCAGGAGGAGGAGGAGGAUAGCUCAAGCACACACACACACAGCCCCUACAGUGGCUAAUCCAAAAUCGGACAGCAAAAAACUGCAGGCAGGGACAGAGAGCACCAACCCCACUCUGCUUCUCUCCCUCCUCCCGGCUAGGCUGGCUGAAAAGCUUUGCUGCUACUUAGCAGCUCAGUGGGGAGGAGAGAGGGACAUAGAGCACGGGGUUGUUUUAAAGCAGUUUUAAAGCAGCCAACCCCGCUCUGCUUCUCUCCCUCCUCCCGGCUCGGCUCGCUGACAGGAGCCGCUUACACCCGCUUUGCAGUUUCAAAGCGAGCCACGGACUGCUCACAACUGCAGCAGAUUCCCCUGCCAUCUGUAGGCAUUCGCUCCAUAACACGCACAGACAUUUCCCCUUACUUUCGAGGAAGAAAAAACUGCGUGUUAUGGAGCGAAAAUUACGGUACGUAUCAGCUAAACAAGCUAUAGCUUAGGACCCCACUCUCUUGGGGGGCCCCCAAAAAUUUUAAAGGGAAAAAAACUGGAUGUACAUUUCCAAAAUAUAAGAUAAAAAACAAAUAAAAUAAAACCUACAUACAGCAAUAGUGUUUUGUGUUGUGGGCCCCACAAUGAUGGGCCCCACAAAUUGUUAUUUGCACAUUUGUUGUGUGCAAAUGGCUUUAGAUACCUAUUAGGUCCAUAAAUUACCAUAUAGCAUUUAUUCAACACAAGACACAGCGACAAUUUGUUGUUGACAAAGGACAGCUGGACAUAUAAAGGGCCCCAUUACCUUCAGUAGCUUAGGGCCUCAUCAAACCUAAAUCCGGCUCUGUGCAUCCUGUAAUAUUACUACUUGUGUUCCAGAGCAAGGUUCACCCAUGUGCACCACAACCCAGGUUCUUCUUUAUUGAAACCUGUGUAAAACUAUCUCAGGCAUAGGCAAACUCAGCCCUCCAGAUGUUUUGGGACUACAACUCCCAUCAUCCCUAGCUAACAGGACCAGUGGUCAUGGAUGAUGGGAAUUGUAGUCCCAAAACAUCUGGAGGGCCAAGUUUGCCUAUGCCUGAACUAUCUUUACCCUAGUGAGGGGCAGUACAAAGGUGUUCUUUAACUUUGCAUAUUCUUCUCCUAGUUGCAAGCAUGCCAAUCUUUGAGCUAAAUACCCAAAUGUAAAUGGUCUGAAAUGCCACAAGCAGGAAGUGGAUUUUUCGUUGGAUAAAGUGCUUUAAAUCUUUUACAAGGAUAUAAUUUUGUCUCUGUAUACAACCCUCAGUUCUCUUAAGCUUCAAAAACAAGUGCUGCCAAUUUGGAAAAAUGCAUUCACUUAAAUGAAAAUGUUCCAUUGUGUGUAUGUGUUGGUGGUGGCAGUUGUUUAAAUAGCAUCUCAUCCCUAUUCAUAUUCUGCAGAUGUACCACAUCAAUGAAAAAACAUUAUCAAUUAUUUUUUCUUUUUAAAAACACACUUCUGUUUCAUCUAUCUGGAUUGGAGAAAAGGUUAUUGCAUAAUGAAUGAGCACAAUCUUUGCAUGCAGAAGGAACUGGUUUAAUCCACAACAUCUCCAUCUAUAUGAAGUUGUUUGUUACCCCUCUGGGCUGUUCCUGUAGUGCUAUUUGAAAAAAGAAGCUGAUAAUCUUUUUUGAUGGUUAUGUGAUCUGGCCUUUCUCAGAUAGUGCAACCAGUAGGGGGGUGCCAUAUAAGCAAUCAGAUUUGUUAUUUGAGAUUGCAACAAAGCUCAUUCAAGGUGUGGGGCAGGUAGGAUUUGAAUGUUGGUGUUUUAUAAAGGGCAACACAUUAACUUUCAUUUAAUGAAAUAAAGGUGUAGAUUUCUUGUUCAGCCACUGUGCCUCAGCACUGUAACCUUCUCCACAGCUACAUAUUUGGAUUUUAAAGGCUAUUGAAACUUUAGAAAUUAUCUUCUUUCCCAUACAUAGUCCUGGGGUCUGCAUUAAAUCAAUAAUUGAAUGGUGCUGAUAUUUUCUGGUUUUAAUAGUCCUUUGGUUCAUUUAAAUAUACAUUAAUAGCCACCAUUUUUAGCAGACAAGGCGGGGUGGUAAAUCUCAUUUUGGUAUUUUCAGUAUCUUGUUGACUUGGCUAAGAUUUCACACACACUCAUUCAAUGGUUGUAAUUUUCCCCCCUAUGUUAAACACACAGGAGAGCCACACAGAUGAACAUGAAGCUGAGGACCAGGUUCAUGAACAGCCCCAGCAGCAGGAAGAAUACUGAAAAAGCCUGGCACAUUUGCUACUUUUUAAUUUUGUGUGGGAACUUAUCUUCUGAAGAAUGGAACGUGUGUGGCCUCAGACUUGAAACCAAUCACUCUCAGUCUGCCAUUAACAUAAAUGUACCAUAGUGAGUGUCAGCCAGCAGCUGCAUUCUGUACCCAUCCUUUGCCAACAUGUGUUUGCAGAAGUCUCCUUUCAGGAUAUGCACCUGAGAAGGUCUCCGGGCUCUGUCCCCAUUUUCUACCAAUGCAACUUCAAAUAUUUGGCUGCUUGAGAUUUGUUCAGCUUUUAAAAAUAUAUAUAUAUAUAAAAUAUAUAUUUAUUUUUUUCCUUUUGUCUUAAGUAUGAUACAUUUGUAAUUUGUUCAAAACUAUUUAUAUGGGCAUCUCUUAUGACAAAAAGUACUGUUCCGUUUGAUUUCUCCAAUUUCGUGGUAAUUUUGGCCUUUAAUAGGGCAUAAAUUUGGUCAGACUGUGCAAAGGAGAGGAAACUAUUGAAACCACACUCAAAUUAUACUGGUCCCCGUCUUUUAUCACAACACACAAGUGAGCAACUUUUUCCUUUUUUUUAUUUUAAAAAAGCAGAACUGUAACCCUCCUGAUGUUGUACACCAAAGCAUGUUAGAAAUCUACACAGUAUAUGUUUUAUUUCGGAAUAUGCAUACAUGCCUGCCUAAUUCUUACACUGAGAGCUCUGUGACACUUUCCUUGCUACUGUAAAUGUUCUUUCCCCCCAAUUCCAUAUUCAGUGUCUUGUUGGUUCAAGCAUUCGUGAAACUUUCACCACUGUAGCUGCACCUGCAGAUUUCACUUGGCUACAAACUUCCACUGUUGGAAAUGGCAAUUAUGUGAAUCAACCACUUUCCUCUUACUUGUGUGUACAUGAAAUUGGGGGGAAAUGUUUUUUUUUAAUUGUAGGAUUGGACAUGCCAAAACAUUUACCAGCACAAUCGUACAUGGUUUUUCCUCUGAAGUCUUUAUAGUCUUCUUUGAAAUGUAUUGUUCAUUGAGCACCUCUUUUCCAUACAGAUGCUAGUGCCACUUUUCAGGCUUAGCCUGGGAAGUAAAGAUACAUUACCCCGAGACGCAAAACAGGAAUGGUUCUGUGGUCUGCAACUCCUGAAAGCAUUGGCAGAAUGCAGGAACAAAGUGUUAGUUUACAGAAUUGUUUCAUUGCCACAGGUUUUAAUAUUACCUUUAUUUAUCUUGCAGUUAGAUGGUGACAUUUUGUAGUAGAAAAAUAGCAAACCAUGUAUUAAAACAUUCCUUAUUUCCUAAACUUAAAUUGCACAUUUUCUUAGUCCAGUUGUAGGUUUAUUUGUUUUUAUUUAUUUGUGGGGGGUUUUUUUCCCUUGCUACUUCAUUCCUCAUCCUCAGUUUGAUAUUUGACUGGUUAUUUGGCUAGGCAAGUACAGCAACAGAAAUCUAAUGGAAUAUCAACCUGCAGGCUACAAAUAUUGAAGGUGUCCAUGUAGCCUUUUGAACUCCAGAAGAUGAGCGCCGCACCCCAUAGUCGCCUUUGACUGGACUUAACCAUCCAGGGUUCAUUUACCUUUAUCUUUACCUUUUCAUUGAUUCAAGCAAGAAGUUCUCGCAUCUUUAAAUUGCUCCUUUUUUGCAGUAAAGUGGCUCAUAUGUAGUCAUUCAGCUCAGGCAGCAUGUAUAAUACAGUUAAACAUUCGAAGAAAUGUUUGCAUCUCCUUAGCUUAACCCCUUUGGCUCAACAGAGCUGUAAUCAAUCUCUUCAUAUUGGAAAUAUUUACACAGCUUGGCCCCCCAUCCCUUUCAACUUUAUCACCAUGAAAAUCAAUGUGCCCCCCCUUUUAACCCUACCCUUUCUUAAUUGUUCAAGGUGAUUUGGUUUCACUUAAAGGCUUUAUACAUAAAACAAUAAAAGAACAGUUACUUUCAGAAGGAUGUAAUAUGCUAUCAUGAUGCAGAAUAGGGAAAAAAAUGCAUAUUCUGUUUUACAGUGCCCACAAUUGUAUUAUUACUUCUAGUCUUGCUGUCUCCCAAGAUUCUAGUUUUGCUGUUUCCAAAAUGCCCAUUGUGAUCAAAGGGAAGAUUGGGCAGUUCCAAGUUUCCUGAACCAGCCUUUAAGUACCCAGUCAUUGUCACAAAUGCAGUUGUAUCCGUUUCAUUUUUCCUCUUGAGCAAAUUUUCAGAUCACUUCCUUUUGAAGUGCUUUCUGGGCUUUUCUGGGUUUCUUUGUUCUCUGAUAGUUCCCAUCAAAGCCUCUUUGCCCCCUAGUCCUGUCACUUAGCUUCUAUGUGUGUAUGUGUGUGUGAAAGGGAGGGGGGUGGACUGUGUCUGAUUUUCUUCUGUUGUUUUUGUAUAAUUGACCUGUGGGGCAGUUUCACUCUGCCACUUUUUUGUUAGGAGACAGAAAGUGGCUGGCCUAGGAGGCAGGAGGAUAGUCAUUUAUAAUGUACACAAAUAUAUAUAGGAGCCUGAUCUGCUCAGUUGUGCUGAGGGGAGUGAGAGACUCUGGAAAGGGAAAGAGGACAACCCCCACCGUGGUGAGUAACCCUGUUAUUCCGUUAUGGUUUUAAUAUGCAUUUGUAAUUACUUUUACUAAAUAGCACACCAUAAAGCUUUGGUUAUAUAUUAAAUGUAAACUGAAAGGAAUGUAAACAUAUGUAUUGUUAAUUAUAAAUAGAUAAGUAAUGACUUAAUAGAUGCAAAAAGUCUUAUUCAGAUGUAUCAAUCAUUUUACGUUACCCACCAAUUGUCGCAUGAUAGAGUAGACUUUUUUUGGUCUCUGAAUAUGUGAAUAACUUGACUUGCGUUAUCUUUUUACAUAUUUAAUAAAAAAAAGUAUAUGUUACAAGGUGCCUAGCUCAAUAGACUUUCAUGAGGCUAUAUGUGUUCUAUUUUCUAAUAGAUAAACCGGUUUCAUUCAGGUACUUUGAGUUGGGUUAAAGCCAAGUACUUUUAAAAGUAAAAGGCUAUUUAAUCCAUGUACAUGUCUUUCUUUGCAUCACAUUUUGAAACAAAGCGAACGGCAAUAAAAAUAAAUUGCUCCUGAAUCUACUGUGAACAUAUUAAGAAACACAGACUGAGAGAUGGAAUGCAGUCCAAAGCUCCACAGAAGAAGGCCCAAUGCAUUUCCAGAACUGCAGGUGGACAUAAAUGCACACAGCAGGAAAAUGUGUUGGGACAGUCCUUAAGAGGGUAGCAGCUGGGCCAAGUCUUGAACGCCUUGCAUGUGUACUGGGCCUUCUGAGUAUACAAGGUGCCUCUGUAGCAGAAGAAAAUCUUUAGCGCAUGCUCACACUAGAGUGUUAUAUUUUAAACACUCAUUUAUUACUUAAAGCCAAUACAAUAUAUCACUGUUUUAAUGACCUUCUCCAAGAUGGCCUUGAUUUUGGAUUUUAGCCAUUCACAUCAACAUCUGGUGAAGCUUCCAGAAAAAUUUACACAAAGCAGGUCAUGUGUUCUAUGAAGGGCCUAAUCAAGUUCAGAAGGAACUUCCUGGUUACUAUCCGAAGGAGGCUUUGGGGCUUUCAUCCUUUCUCUGUCCAUUAAUGCUAAAUUAAAUAAGGUGCAACAAUAAUUGUUCCAUGUGGGGAAGUCAACCCUACGGCUCCAGUUCAAUGCUGUCAUUUUAUUAGAACUUUUACAGGUAAUUAAGAACUGGGAGGAAAGCUCAGUGCUGUUUCACUCCAAGAGUAAAUACCUACUUGAAAUUGUUCUCCCCAUUUUAACCCCCUCCAUGGCUCCUUCCCAUGAUCUCUCAGUUACCAAAGGUACUUCUUGUUUCCUUACAGGUGACAGAGGAAAUGAGUUUAAUUUUACAGUAUUAAUAUUAUUCAAAGUAAGUGUGCUUAAGUUGGGUCCAGGCUUCCUACCAGCAGAAACAGGUCCUGCUCAGGGCCUGAUCCACUGGCUGAUUGAGAGGAUGUAUGAUUCUAUUGCAUGCGUUAAACAAUAUGCUCUUUAUAAUGCAACUUUACACAUGCAAUCAAGCCAGAAUCAUUGGAAAAUAACAUGAAGUUAAUUUCACAAUAAUAUAUUAUUCUAGUGAUCGCUAUUCAUGAAUAUGUUUUGAAGCACAGGUUAAACACUAGCUGCUCCUUGCAGAGAAUCUGGUACAUUCCUCAAAAGGAAUGGAGGAAAGUGUGAAUGAUUUAUUUGAGACCCAGCAAGAUCAGCCUGGACAGGUUGAGGUGGAGAUGUAAGACUAGGGAGUUGUAUUGGUGCGUUGUUACUUAUUUGAAACAAAGUCCCACAAAACAGAUUAAGAAAACCCAUUUCAGGACUGCGCUGCAUUUGAAGAGUGGAAGGUGUACCAUUUGAAUAUAUUUUGUCUAAUGUCAGUGCUGCCAGCUCCUUCAGAUGACCUGUUUCUUGAUCAUUCAGCACGAUUUGCUUGCAGAAGAUUUAAAAACCUAGACUAUGUCCAGUUUUCAUUGAGUAUUUGUUAGAUUUGCUUACAGGCAGUUGCAUGACAAUGAGACCUUGCAUUCAUGCUGAUUUGCUUGUGGAUUUUUUUACACAUCUUCCCAUUAUUUAUUUAUCCCACACUUUCCAAUACAUUUUCCUGUCACUUUCCAAACAGCAAUUUUUAAAAAAAAUAAAUCAUUUUUUUAAAAAGUGCAUUUGUUAUGCCAAGGCAACAGAGUGUUUUAAUCCACUUUGUGCAAACCUAAAAUUCAAAAUAAUGACAGUCUGAAGGCACCCUCUGUUUUUGUCCAAAUUCUUGAAUAUAAUACUCUCUCUGAGGAUCAAAUAAAAUAAAUCUAGCAUGUAGUAUUAUGAAAACAUAAAACAAUUUGAGAUAAUUUGAUAAUUUAUUGCAUCAUUUCCGUAUAGUCUUUCUUAAUUUAAGAUGUACAGUAUAUAGCAAAUGGAUAUACUUAAGCACCAAUAAUUUGUGAUGAUGAAACCAUUUGACAUGAGUUUUUUAUUUGCAGAAGAAAGGGAUAGCAGUUUCAGAAGAAAAACUAGGGAUGGGGCAGAAACAGCCAAAAUAUCUAGCUAGCAGGACCAGUGGUCAGGGAUGAUGGGAUUCGGAAACUUCAGCUGGUGCAGAAUUCAGUGGCUGGGUUGCUCACCGGAGCAAGAUGGUUUCGGCAUAUUACACCGAUCCUGGUCCGACUGCACUGGCUACAAAUUAGCUUCCGGGCCCAAUUCAAAGGGCUGGUUUCGACCUAUAAAGCCUUAAAUGCCUCAGGACCACAAUACCUCAAGGACCGCCGCUUUCCAUAUGAACCUACCCAGACCCUGAGAUCAUCUUCUGAGGCCCUUCUUUGUUUGCGUCCUCCAUGAGAGGUCCGGAGGGUGGCAACACAAGAACAGGCCUUCUCUGCAGUGACUCCCCAUCUGUGGAAUGCUCUCCCCAGGGAAGUUCGCCUGGCGCCUUCACUAUACACCUUUAGGCGCCAGGCAAAAAUGUUCCUUUUCAACCAUGCCUUUGCCUGACUUGAUCUGCAUCCUAUACCCUUUUUUAAAAUGCUGACUCUUUUGGGGUUUUUUUUUAUUGGGUUGUUGCGUUUUGUUUUGAUUUUAUGUAUUUGAUAUUUUAUGAGAACUGCCCUGAGACCUUCGGGUAUAGGGCAGCAUAGAAAUUAAAUAUAAAUAAAUAAAUGAUGGGAAUUAUAGCCCCAAAACAGCUGGAGACCCAAGUUUGGGAAAUCCUUAAUUAGUGAGAGCAAAACGGAACAGUCAUCAGGAUGAUCUGCAAUAUCAGCUAUAGAAUCACAUCUUAAACCCUUUUAGUUAGAGCUUCUGAUAAUUUGUUGCUUCACUUUGAAUACACCUACUUUUUGUUUUUGUUUUUUUAAAAAGGUGCUUUAUUCCAUAUUUCUACAAAAAAAGGUAUAUUUGGUAGUGUUGAUACUGUGCGUACGGCAUUGUUUCUUGUUCACUUCUUGUAGAUGUUGAAAUGUUGGCUCAAUUGUUUCACUUAGAAACAUAAAAAUAAUGGACAUCUUUAUUAGAAAAUGGAAUGUAUACAUCAGCCAAUAGCCAAACUGUUCUCCUAAUCACGUAGCAUUAAAGGAACUUUAGAUAAAUGCUACUGUCCUCAUUGAAAUUCUUCUUUACAGAAAAUAUGUUAAUGAGGUAGAAUGGUUAGACAAGACUGAAGGAAAUUAGCUUCUGUUAUCUAUGCAAGCAUAAAAUUUGACCCAAAUAAAUCUCUGUUAAUAACUGUG